AUGCCGGAGGAAGGGACCAAGACCAAGAGCAUGUUCCUGUCCCGGGCCCUGGAGAAGAUCCUGGCCGACAGGGAGACCAAGAAGGCCCCCAGCUCCCAGCUCAGGAAGGCGUGUGAGGUGGCCCUGGGUAAGGCUGUCACAAGGGCCCCCGGGAGCGGGGAUACAGACUGACAGGGGCCCCCCCGGGGAGCGGGGAUACAGACUGACAGGGGCCCCCCCGGGGAGCGGGGACAGAGACUGACAGGGGCCCCCCCGGGGAGCGGGGACAGAGACUGACAGGGGCCCCCCCGGGGAGCAGAGACUGACAGGGGCCCCCCCGGGGAGCGGGGACAGAGACUGACAGGGGCCCCCCCGGGGAGCGGGGACAGAGACUGACAGGGGCCCCCCCGGGGAGCGGGGACAGAGACUGACAGGGGCCCCCCCGGGGAGCGGGGACAGAGACUGACAGGGGCCCCCCCCCCCCGGGGAGCGGGGACAGAGACUGACAGGGGCCCCCCCGGGACAGAGACUGACAGGGGCCCCCCCGGGGAGCGGGGACAGAGACUGACAGGGGCCCCCCCGGGGAGCGGGGACAGAGACUGACAGGGGCCCCCCCGGGGAGCGGGGACAGAGACUGACAGGGGCCCCCCCGGGGAGCGGGGACAGAGACUGACAGGGGCCCCCCCGGGGAGCGGGGACAGAGACUGACAGGGGCCCCCCCGGGGAGCGGGGACAGAGACUGACAGGGGCCCCCCCGGGGAGCCGGGACAGAGACUGACAGGGGCCCCCCCGGGGAGCGGGGACAGAGACUGACAGGGGCCCCCCCGGGGAGCGGGGACAGAGACUGACAGGGGCCCCCCCGGGGAGCGGGGACAGAGACUGACAGGGGCCCCCCCGGGGAGCGGGGACAGAGACUGACAGGGGCCCCCCCGGGGAGCGGGGACAGAGACUGACAGGGGCCCCCGCGGGGAGCGGGGACAGAGACUGACAGGGGCCCCCCCGGGGAGCGGGGACAGAGACUGACAGGGGCCCCCCCGGGGAGCGGGGACAGAGACUGACAGGGGGAAUGGGGGCACGGGAUGGUGAUGGCACAGGGGGUAGGAGGAUUGGGGGCACAGGAUGGUGAUGGCACAGGGGGUAGGAGGAUUGGGGGCACAGGAUGGUGAUGGCACAGGGGGUAGGAGGAAUGGGGGCACAGGAUGGUGAUGGCACAGGGGGUAGGAGGAAUAGGGGCACCGGAUGGAAAUGAUACAGUGGGUAAAAGGAGUGGAGGCACAGGGUGUUGAUGGCACGGGGAUAGGAGGAAUGGGGACAGCGGAUGGUGAAGCUAAAGUCUUUCAGUGUUAAGAAAUUUGCCUUAGUAGUGAGUAUAAUCAGAGCUCACUCCGCAAGGCUUUAUUACACAGUAAGAGCUAUUUACCUUCUGGUAUUUACUUGUCAUUUGAGCAAAGAAAUACCAUAUAGGCUCAAUUCUAGGCGUUACGCUGAUGGGUGGCUGUCACAUUCACUGUGUGGAUUAUCUGUUAUGGGAUCAGUUUAGCAUAUGUUACCUGAAGGGUGUUUUUCAUUUUCACCUUGCCGGUGUGUACAUAGAGAACUUUUCUGCAAGACGUGUUUCCAGGCAGCUAGGAGCUUACUCUGUGAGUUAAUUAUUCAUACAAGUUUAUUGAGAAGAUAUUGCUUGUGUGCCUAAACUAGUCCUAUAUUAGUGUUAUCAGAUUUCAAGCAUAUUAUGACCUAUAUUACUGUUGUUUAGUAAUAAAAUAGCGAUGGGAGGGUAGGAAAUUCUCCGUCCCCCUUAUUUAGAUUUAAAGAUACACAUAACGGAAAUGCUGCCCUAGCCACCUUCUUGAAAGCUGUCUAUUGACUUAUUUAUUUUUUUAGUGGUGGAAUUUCCACGAUAGCCAGGCUGCUCAUCAUUCCAGUUUAACCAGUCUAUCAAGUGUAUUUUAAUGGAACGCAAUUAACUCUGUUUGGUUUUAGAUAUCAGCUGUCAUCAUGCGUUACAGCAUUCUAAAUAUUUUAGGGGUUUUGUUGUGAGGUUUACAGUGUUGUUUGGGCUUUUAUAUUUUAAUGUUAUUAACAUGCAAAGUCAUUGAGACAUCUCCAAUCAUUCUACUUUAAGCCCAGAUCCAUAAACAUCGCAGAUUAGUAUUUAACAUGUACCUAUCAUGCACGGUCGGGCAUGCAGCUGAUCUCUACAUUGUGCUGGCAAAAUCACCAGCAAAAUGAUUUCUGGGAAUGGAGAACCACCAAUCGACACGCAGCUUGCCUCUCCUGGAAUUGUGGGAUAUUUCCCAGUCACAUUGUAGAGCCGUGGGUUGCUAUCCUUGGAUGUCAUAUCUGUAGUUUUAUCUCUACUAGAUAACAUGAGGAUACGUUCAGAUAGGAAAACAAGAUAUAAAUCCAUGCAUUUGCAAACAAGUUCCAUGUAUAGUGACACAGACAGGGUUCUUUACUAAAGUGACAAUAGUCGGCAGUUUAUAGUGAAUCUCAAAAUUAAGACCAAAAUAGCCUCCAACCUAAAUCAACUAUACAUCCAGUUCAGCUAUUUUUGUCUGCAAUUUGCAAUUCACCUUAGUAAAUAACCCUGCAGGUCAUUUUUUACAACAGGCAUAGGCGUGUGCAGCCUAUUGCAUUAGGGUGUGCACCCUAAAGCACAAACACGCCGUGUGUGUGUGUGUGUGUGUGUGUGUGUGUAUAUAUAUAUAUAUAUAUAUAUAUAUAUAUAUAUACAUACACACUGCUGUGUGAGGGUGCUGUUAGUGUGUGUGUUUGUGACUGUGCUGUUUGUGCGAGUGUCGUGUGCUGUGUGUGAGGGUGUUGUGUUUUUUUUAAAGGUGCUGUGUGUGUUUGUGAGGGUGCUGUUAGUGUACUGUGUGUGUGAGCUGUAUGUGUGUAGGUGCUGUAUGUUUGGAGAGAUUGUGGAGGUGGUGGCAGAUUAGUAAAUCCUUGCUGCCAUGUGCCAUCCCUGGUGGUCCAGUGGAGAGUGAACUCUAGCCUGCGGGGCUAGAGUUAACUCUCGCGAGAUCUGAGCGUUGCCGCAACAACGCUCAGAUAUCGCGAGAGGAACCUGGCGGAACUUCUGUCUAGAGCUCCCUGGGUCCUCUCCUGCCUCCCUCCAUGCUGCUGUGGGCCGGUGAGGUAGAUCUUUGGUCUCCCCGCCGGCCCAUGGAGGCUUAGAGCAGAGCCGGCACUCAGAUAGCGCCGGCUCUGCGUGAGCCGACAGGGGAGAUCGGGAUUCCCACCCCCCCAAAAAAAUAAUAUACACGUGUGUGUGUGUGUGUAUGUGUGUAUAUAUAUAUAUAUAUAUAUAUUUAUUAUGCGGCGUACACACUCACAGACACAUUCAGACACACAUACACUCACACUCACAGACACACACUCACACACAUACAAAUUAUUAUAUUUUAAUAAUACAAUGUCCACCCAGCCUCCCUACCUGGAUUGCUGGCGUGGACUUUUCCCUGGGGUCCAGUGGGGCGGGCGCCUCUCUACAUCUCAGCCGCGGCGAGGGAGAUGUAUGCUUUCUGCUCCCUCUCGCCGCGUGGGCUGUCUGCUGUAGCUGUGAGCCGGAAUAUGACGACAUAUUCCGGCUCCCGGCAUCAGCAAACGGCGCGCGGCGAGAGGGAGCAGAGAGCAGACAGCUCCCUCGCCGCGGCUGAGAUGCAGAAAUGGGGGAUCCAUCACCUCUUGCCCCCCACCCAUGACAGGGGGCGCUGAGUGCCUGCCGGAACAGCGUUCCUGCAGGACUCAAACCAUAGGCGUGCCAUGGGGAUUAGGGUGUGCCCAGGCACACCCGGCACACCCCGUGCGCACGCCUAUGACAACAGGUACACUUUAAAGGGUAGGGAAUGGCAUGCCACUUUAAAAUAUGUUAAGGUUUUUCCCCCAUCAGACAAACUAUUAACUCUAUUCUUUUAACAUCUCAGGGAAAAGGCAGUGAGAUGGCUAGGUAUUUAGGGAUUCAGCUGCGAUCAUAUGUUUGAUUCGUUGAACGAUCAGUCUGCUAUCCCUUCCAGAGCGAUGGAUACAAACCUCUAGAAUUGACAAGGAAAUUACUAAUUUGGGCCAAUGUAUCUGAGCUGGGUAAAUAGACCAUUAUGGCAUGCAUAUAUAUAUAUAUAUUAUUAUUUUUUUUUUAAUUUGUAUUUUACUUGUCAAUUCUCUACAUUCCUUGUUAUAACAAAUAAAACCUAAAGUGAUUACUCCAGAACUUGGAUUUUUUUUUGCUUUUCCUCCUUUAUGAAGUUAUAAAUGUGUUCUUUUUAAGCGUGUAUGUGUAGCAGCUCUGUGUUUGUCGGCCACUGUAAAAACCCCCAGCUUGUGAGUCACAGACACUCACAUAGUGGUUAUUCACCAUGCAAGGAAUCGUGGACAGUUGACAAAAAAAACUUUACAUUUUAGAUCAGUUUGGUUAAGACGCCUGAUGUUGUUCGUGGUGAUAUUUAUUGUGAGUAUUAAUCAUUCAUAAUAGGAAUCUUUAACCCCUUAAGGACCACGAAGCUCAGGGAACCGCUAGUUUUUGUCAAACCUUUCAUAAAUGGAUUGACUGAGAAAUGGUGGAAUAUCGGCAUAUAUCCAUAAGGGGUUAAGCCCGUCCUACAUUAUAUAAUGAUGGGGAUAUAUCCAUAAGGGGUUAAACCCGUCCUACAUUAUAUAAUGAUGGGGAUAUAUCCAUAAGGGAUUAAACCCGUCCUAUGUUAUAUAAUGAUGGGGAUAUAUCCAUAAGGGGUUAAACCCGUCCUAUGUUAUAUAAUGAUAGGGAUAUAUCCGUAAGGGGUUAAACCUGUCCUGUGUUAUAUAAUGAUGGGGAUAUAUCCAUAAGGGGUUAAACCCGUCCUAUGUUAAAUAAUGAUGGGGAUAUAUCCAUAAGGGGUUAAACCCGUCCUAUGUUAUAUAAUGAUGGGGAUAUAUCCAUAAGGGGUUAAACCCGUCCUACAUUAUAUAAUAAUGGUGAUAUAUCCAUAAGGGGUUAAACCCGUCCUAUGUUAUAUAAUGAUGGGGAUGUUUCCAUAAGGGGUUAAACCCGUCCUAUGUUAUAUCAUGAUGGGGAUGUUUCCAUAAGGGGUUAAACCAGUCCUAUGUUAUAUAAUGGGAUCUAUCCAUAAGGGUUAAACACGUCCUACGUUAUAUAAUAAUGGGGAUAUAUCCAUAAGGGGUUAGACCCGUCCUAUUAUAUAAUAAUAGGGAUAUAUCCAUAAGGGGUUAAACCCGUCCUACGAUAUAUAAUGAUGGCAUAUAUCCAUAAGGGGUUAAACCAGUCCUACAAUGAUGGGGAUAUAUCCAUAAGGGGUUAAACCUGUCCUAUGUUAUAUAAUGGGGAUAUAUCCAUAAGGGGUUAAACCCGUCCUAUGUUAUAUAAUGAUGGGGAUGUAUCCAUAAGGGGUUAAACACGUCCUAUGUUAUAUAAUCAUGGGGAUAUAUCCAUAAGGGGUUAAACCCGUCCUAUGUUAUAAAAUGAUGGGGAUAUAUCCAUAAUGGGUUAAACCCGUCCUACGUUAUAUAAUGAUGGGGAUAUAUCCAUAAGGGAUUAAACCCGUCCUAUGUUAUAUAAUGAUGGGGAUGUAUCCAUAAGGGGUUAAACCCGUCCUAUGUUAUAAAAUGAUGGGGAUAUAUCCAUAAUGGGUUAAACCCGUCCUACGUUAUAUAAUAAUGGGGAUAUAUCCAUAAUGGGUUAAACCCGUCCUACGUUAUAUAAUAAUGGGGAUAUAUCCAUAAGGGGUUAAACACGUCCUAUGUUAUACAAUGGUGGGGAUAUAUCCAUAAGGGGUUAAACCCUUCCUAUGUUAUAUAAUGAUGGGGAUAUAUUCAUAAGGGGUUAAACCAGUCCUAUGUUAUAUAAGAAUGGGGAUAUAUCCAUAAGGGGUUAAACCCGUCCUAUGUUAUAAAAUGAUGGGGAUAUAUCCAUAAUGGGUUAAACCCGUCCUACGUUAUAUAAUGAUGGGGAUAUAUCCAUAAGGGUUAAAUAUGUUAUAUAAUGAUGGGGAUAUCCAUAAGGGGUUAAACCCGUCCUAUGUUAUAAAAUGAUGGGGAUAUAUCCAUAAGGGGUUAAACCCGUCCUACGUUAUAUAAUAAUGGGGAUAUAUCCAUAAUGGGUUAAACCCUUCCUAUGUUAUAUAAUGAUGGGGAUAUAUCCAUAAGGGGUUAAACACGUCCUAUGUUAUACAAUGGUGGGGAUAUAUCCAUAAGGGGUUAAACCCUUCCUAUGUUAUAUAAUGAUGGGGAUAUAUUCAUAAGGGGUUAAACCAGUCCUAUGUUAUAUAAGAAUGGGGAUAUAUCCAUAAGGGGUUAAACCCGUCCUAUGUUAUAUAAUGAUGGGGAUGUAUCCAUAAGGGGUUAAACCAGUCCUAUGUUAUAUAAUAUGGGGAUAUAUCCAUAAUAAACCCGUCCUAUGUUAUAAAAUGAUGGGGAUAUAUCCAUAAUGGGUUAAACCCGUCCUACGUUAUAUAAUAAUGGGGAUAUAUCCAUAAGGGAUUAAACCCGUCCUAUGUUAUAUAAUGAUGGGGAUGUAUCCAUAAGGGGUUAAACCCGUCCUAUGUUAUAAAAUGAUGGGGAUAUAUCCAUAAUGGGUUAAACCCGUCCUACGUUAUAUAAUAAUGGGGAUAUAUCCAUAAGGGGUUAAACCCUUCCUAUGUUUUAUAAUGAUGGGGAUAUAUCCAUGAGGGGUUAAACACGUCCUAUGUUAUACAAUGGUGGGGAUAUAUCCAUAAGGGGUUAAACCCUUCCUAUGUUAUAUAAUGAUGGGGAUAUAUCCAUAAGGGGUUAAACCAGUCCUAUGUUAUAUAAGAAUGGGGAUAUAUCCAUAAGGGGUUAAACCCGUCCUAUGUUAUAUAAUGAUGGGGAUGUAUCCAUAAGGGGUUAAACCCGUCCUAUGUUAUAAAAUGAUGGGGAUAUAUCCAUAAUGGGUUAAACCCGUCCUACGUUAUAUAAUAAUGGGGAUAUAUCCAUAAGGGGUUAAACCCUUCCUAUGUUUUAUAAUGAUGGGGAUAUAUCCAUAAGGGGUUAAACACGUCCUAUGUUAUACAAUGGUGGGGAUAUAUCCAUAAGGGGUUAAACCCGUCCUACGUUAUAUAAUAAUGGGGAUAUAUCCAUAAGGGGUUAAACCCUUCCUAUGUUAUAUAAUGAUGGGGAUAUAUCCAUAAGGGGUUAAACAUGUCCUAUGUUAUACAAUGGUGGGGAUAUAUCCAUAAGGGGUUAAACCCUUCCUAUGUUAUAUAAUGAUGGGGAUAUAUUCAUAAGGGGUUAAACCAGUCCUAUGUUAUAUAAGAAUGGGGAUAUAUCCAUAAGGGGUUAAACCCGUCCUAUGUUAUAUAAUGAUGGGGAUGUAUCCAUAAGGGGUUAAACCCGUCCUAUGUUAUAAAAUGAUGGGGAUAUAUCCAUAAUGGGUUAAACCCGUCCUACGUUAUAUAAUAAUGGGGAUAUAUCCAUAAGGGGUUAAACCCUUGCUAUGUUUUAUAAUGAUGGGGAUAUAUCCAUAAGGGGUUAAACACGUCCUAUGUUAUACAAUGGUGGGGAUAUAUCCAUAAGGGGUUAAACUCUUCCUAUGUUAUAUAAUGAUGGGGAUAUAUCCAUAAGGGGUUAAACCAGUCCUAUGUUAUAUAAGAAUGGGGAUAUAUCCAUAAGGGGUUAAACCCGUCCUAUGUUAUAUAAUGAUGGGGAUGUAUCCCUAAGGGGUUAAACCCGUCCUAUGUUAUAUAAUGAUGGGGAUGUAUCCAUAAGGGGUUAAACCCUUCCUAUGUUAUAUAAUGAUGGGGAUAUAUCCAUAAGGGGUUAAACCAGUCCUAUGUUAUAUAAGAAUGGGGAUAUAUCCAUAAGGGGUUAAACCCGUCCUAUGUUAUAUAAUGAUGGGGAUGUAUCCCUAAGGGGUUAAACCCGUCCUAUGUUAUAUAAUGAUGGGGAUGUAUCCAUAAGGGGUUAAACCCGUCCUACCGUUAUAUAAUGAUGGGAACAUUACAAAGCUUUGCUAAUUUGACACUUUGAUCCAGUGUUGUGUGUAUUACUGUUCUGACACUGUGAUGAGUAUUUCUCAGUUCUAUCGGCCUGGACUGAAUCCCGCUGGCAGUUCUGUUAUUUGUUCUGAGGCUGACAGAUUGUGUCACACAUUACUUGUGUUUACUUUAAGUGCACUUUGUUAUUUAAUGACCUUUUAGGUUAAUGUCAUCCCUUCCAGUUCUGUGAACGUCAGUCCCCGUGCCAGCUGGGCCCGCAGUCCAUGUUGCCGCGUGGUUAUUACUUUAUACGAUAUGUAAAACCCAUUCUCCAAUAGAACUUGGAACCUGUUUGGACUUAGAGAGGUCGAGCAGAUAUGAUCGCAGUUCAAAAAAGGGAUUAAAACUGAAAGCACUUUGAAAGGGAGAAAUUCCUUUACUGUUUGCAUGGAUAGAAUGUGAGGUCUUGGUCAGUCCUACCUGUUAGAUGAUCUACUUUUGUUCUGUUUUGUGUAUUUCUUUGGCUGAUUAUACUUUCAUUCCGAGCUGAGAUGUUGCUGUAUAUUCAGACCAUGUGUGAAGUGCUAAGACUUUCCUACAUUGAAUUGAUUUUUGGCAUGCCUUGAAGAGUUGUUGGCAGAUUGUAAAACUUCAUCAGCAAAAAAAAGGAAGCCAAAUGUGUCCCUGGAGCAAAAUUGCACUAAUGUACAAAUAGUGUCUGGAAGCACCUAAAAAGUGGCUGCUAUUUAGGAAUAUAAUUAUUAUAAUAUUUCACCGUGCUGUAUACAAAUGUGUAAAUAAACACAUAUGGCGCAGUAUGUAAUGCAAAAUAUAAAGCAUAAAGCAGCAGACGGGUACUCACAAAUAAAACCAUAAUCCAAGUGUGUUAGUAUCGCCUUGCCUCUUAGGGCCACUUAUCUCUAAUCAGUCCCCCUCCUUGUAGUCCAGUUGAUCUAUGUCGUACAGGGGCGUGCAGAGCGGGUUGGGGUGUCAUGCCUUCACGUACCCCACGGGGCGUGCAGAGCGGGUUGGGGUGUCAUGCCUUCACGUACCCCACGGGGCGUGCAGAGCGGGUUGGGGUGUCAUGCCUUCACGUACCCCACGGGGCGUGCAGAGCGGGUUGGGGUGUCAUGCCUUCACGUACCCCACGGGGCGUGCCGAGCGGGUUGGGGUGUCAUGCCUUCACGUACCCCACGGGGCGUGCAGAGCGGGUUGGGAUGUCAUGCCUUUACGUACCCCACGGGGUGUGCACAGCAGAGGGGGAAGCAGUCUGAGCUGCCAACUAUGUCAGCAGAUGUAAAGAGCGCAAUGCCAUUGUAAAUGCGGUCAUGGUGUUCCUAUUGUGAAAAAAAACAUGAAAUAACCCAGUAAGGCAGUACAGGUUCCCAGCCAAGUCAGGAAAGUGGAAAGCAUGCUGGUCUCUCGCAUUGCAGAUUGCAUAGAAUAAAGGCCAGAAGACUACAUUAGUUUAUUUUUUAGUGCAAAAAUAUUUUGCAUUGUAACCUAUUUGAAAUCAGAAAUAGUUCUUGUGGAAUGAUUUUGUUAGUUUUUCACACAGUUUUCCAAUGCAGUGCCCACUUCCUUCACACCCCCUCUGUGAUCACCUUAGCAAACACUAAAGUAAAGUCGCACCAGCUUCCGUUUGAUAUUUGUAGGAGGUUUUCCACCAAGUUAUGACAAAUGUUAAAUGAUCAGUCGCUGGGUUUAUCUCUGUCUGUUAUUAUAUUACGCUUGCCAGAUUAACAUCACUUUUUCAUUAGCUAAGGAUUCUAUUUUGGUGUAAAAUUUGCUGCUUACGCACAUUAACUGUAAAAAGGUCAUGUUCAAAGUGGAGCUUUGGAAACCAACUUUUCACCACUUUCUCUGAGAGUUUCAACUGACUUCUGAAGGAGCAGGGUCAGUGUAAUUAUUCCAGUAUUACCAGGUCUCUUUCUUGUGCGGUGAGGCGAGGUCUUAUCUGCGGUAAUUUAGCGAGCAUGCAAUUAUAAGCUUGUUUUACCUGUGCCUCAAAAUUUGCUGGUAAGAAUCCCUUGAUCGCGCUUCCUCAGGUAUUUCUAUAAUUAGCAUAAUAAGAUCAUAGAGCGGUCCUUCUCGCAUAUCUAGCUUUGUAUAUGUUACAGAGGUCCUGAUCUCUGCGGGCAUGUUUUAUUAGGAAAGGUAGAACAUUGUGAUCAUUGAAUCUCCAAUUUAAAUGCCCACAAAGGCUGGUGAUUCCAUUUCACAAUAUUCUACCUUUCCUAAUAGAACAUGCCUGCAGAUACCAGAUCCAUGAUCUAUUUACUUGCCAUUCCUAGAAUGCCUAGCGCAAGGCUGCAAAGGGUGCAACGCUUGGCAUUGUGGGAAAUACUCCCACACCUCGUGCAGACAGCAUAUCUUAUUAUUUAUACCAAUAUAUUGAUACAAAUCACAAAAUGGAAACAUAAUUAAAUCCACGUUUGCUAGUGAAUAAAUGUCACCACAAGCUAUGUGGGGGAAAAAAGGGAAAUAUUAAAGGGAAACUCCCGUGCCUGGCACUGCAGGUCCCCUCUCCCUCCCACCCCCCAAUCCCCAGUUGCUGAAGGGGUGAAAACCCCUUCAGUAACUUACCAGAGGCAGCGACAUGUCCCACGUCGCUGCUUCUUCCUUCGCACUGCUCCUCACCUUCAUUACGUCAGCCGGCGGAGGAGACUGAUCCUGCCCACCGGCUGGGGAGACCUAAUGCGCAUUAGGGCUUCCCACAGGAAAGCAUUGAAAAUGAAUUUCAGUGCUUUCCUAUGGGGAAAUGAGCAACGCUGGAGGUCCUCACACAGCAUGAGGACGUCCAGCGACGCUCUAGCACUCUUUCCUGUGCUAGAAACCAGGAAGUGCUCUCUAGUGGCUGUCUAGUAGACAGCCACUAGAGGUGGAGUUAACCCUGCAAGGUAAUUAUUUAUUAGUUUAUAAAAAAAACUGCAAUAAUUACACUUGCAGGGUUAAGAUGCAACCGCAGGUGGUUCCCUUAUUUACCACUAUAAUGUCUUAAAGCAUAGAACUUAGUAGGGCUAACCAUACAGAUAUCUUAGCCAUAAUUUUAUAUAGUUGGUAAGAGAUACUCUAUUUAACAUAUAUAAGUACUUUUUAAUACAAUAUAAAAUAAGGAUGGUCUUGGAAGCAAUAGUUUUGUCUUUUAGAUAUUUAUUAUAUAAAAAUAUAAAUAGACAUAUAAAAUCCAUUAUAGCAGAGUUUAUAAGAUUAAAUUAAAUGCUUGCAAAUAUCAUUAAUAGGUUAACAUACCCUUCUGAACAUGUCAUCAUGUCAGCCUCUCUGUCAUUUUAAGAUGGAGCAGCGUCUGUCUCCAAGUCUCUCCUCUGUGUCUUAACAUUUAAAAGUACACCUAUUUAUACCUUAGGUGUCUCCAUUUUAGGGUUACCGUAGUUCAUAUAUGAAAAAGUAACACUUCUUUUACUUUAUUCAUUUUAGGACCUCCCUUAACUUGGCAAACGUACAAGGCCAUAACUAAAGGGUGCAUACGUCAUGGAAAUUUUCCUGACUUAGUUCAAGAUGGCAUCUUAAAGUCUGAACAUCCUUAUCUACUUAAGGUUACCACAGUAGCAUAGCCUUGAAGCUUGGUUAUGCAUUAUUGUUAUUGUAAUUCGUCCGGGACAAAAUGGCGCAAACAUAUUAUGCACUGAGGUUAUUGCUUAAAGAAACCUCUAUGAAAAACAAUAUGUUCCAUUUCUAACACCUUGUCAAUUUGCAAUAUUUCUUAAAGACAAAGUACACAGUUUAAGAAAUACAACAUUUAAUUCUAAAACUUGUAAUAUUUGCAUUUGCCCAUAACAAAGAGUAGUGGGAGUUGGCACCCAGACCACUCCAAUGGGCAGAAGUGGUCUGGGUGCCUGGAGUGUCCCUUUAAGGCAGGACUGUCUCUUCUCAUGAUUUUUUAUAUUGUUGCUCUUCCUUUAUAUUUAACAGAUAUGUGUUUAUAAUAUCUGGAAAUGUAAAUAAAAAAUGUAGAAACCCACACAUUGCUAUAUUAUCUCUGGGCGCCUCCAUCUUGGCCCUGUCAGUCCUUGUUAUAAGCUUUCUCAUUUCAGUCAGCAUAGAGAGAGCUUAUGGCGAGGAGAAGAAAUGGAAACGGGGCAAUGUGUGGCUCUGCCAGGACCGAACAGGAUUGUGAUGGCCGUUGUUAAAUGUUUAAUAUACAUUUAAGUGAAAAGGGCAGAAUCUCAUGAAAAUAAUGUUAACACAAGUUGUCAGUGGUUUUCAGUGUUCUGUUCAGUGGUGUAAUUUCCUGAGAAGUGACUGUUCCCCUUUAAGGAAACUCGCUGAUUAGUUCUAAUGAUAACGCUGUCUGAAUGUGAUGGUUUAACAGACAGUUCUUAUCACUACUGUCCUGUUACUGUACUACAUGUGGAAAGACUCGAUGCAGUGUAAAUAAAAUGCCUCAAUCUUGUUCUCAAUAAUAUUCACCUUUACAUUAUUAGCUAGAAGCAAAAUGUCCCCUCUUCCCCUAAUAAUUGCCUUCUUUACUAACCUCCUAAAGGAAGCCAUUUAAUACUAGCCCACCCUUAUAUAUAAAGCCAUUGACUAGGGAGCUGCAGGGUAGACCUGUCUCUGCAGGCAGCCCCUCUGAUAAAUGGAGCUUAAAUCUACACUAUUAAUUAGUUGUGUUUACUAGAUUAACUGUUUCAUAGGGUAAUGAUUGUAUUAGGGGAAACCUGUACUGCAGAUCUGCAGGACCACAUUUGACUCAGUGCUAUAGUUAAUUGCCAUAUAUGCUGGGAUAGUCCACAAGCUGGGUUCUAUAAGGUCGGUCAGUAUUAUUAUUCCAGAGCAGUAAAUGAACCCACUGAUUCUUUACCUCUGGGUUGGCAGUCGGUGCCAUGUGAUUUUAUUGGCUCUCCAAUGGUUGGAAGAGGCUCUGAUAUUGACCCGAUCACAUGUAAAUGAGUAUGAUAGUCACUGCCUUCUACGGUACUGGGGAGAGACUAGUGAAGCUGCUAUUACAGAUUCUUAUAUUUUGUUCUGUAUAUUCUAAACCAGCUCCUGAGUUAAUUAUAUAAUUAGGUAAGAAUGGAUCCGCCAUGUGAAUGCUUUGCAUUUUAUUUAGGUGCUAAUCAGAAACGGUAAGCGCUGCCAAACUGAACCCUAUGUUUUUGGUUUAGUUAAAAGGUGCAUGUUUUGAUAACUCAUUAUCUUGCGCUUUAUAAGAGCGCUCCACGGCAGAGGCUUGUUCAGUAAAUAGAGGUACGGUGGAGUGUCAGACAAUGAAUUGUAGUUUAUAGGAGUAGCUGCAUUAUAGAAUGUUCCCAUUUCAGCUAAUAAACCCUUACCGUGCCACACUUUCUUUAUCCUGGACUUCUCUCGGUUUGGCUGCUUUUGUCUCGUAUUUAUAUUCCUCUAACAUUUUAAUUUUUUUUCAUUGCAGAAGAGAUCAAGUGUGAAUUUGGCCAGCAGAAGUAAGUAAAGAACCAUGUUUCCAAACUAAGACAGUGUCUUUGUGUAAUAUGUGGUUAGAAGGUAAAGCAUUGCAAAUAUGUUAAAUGAGAACUCGUGUGAAUAGGCCUAUUAAAUUCAGUGUGAAUUUUCAGGAAUUCAAAGUUCAUUUUACACUUCAGGCCAAUGUAGUCAUACUGAAAGAAUUCUCAGACACCGCUUCAAUUUUGAAAUUCACUCUUAAUUCUCAGCCUUUCAAUCCGUGAUGGUUUGAGUGGAUUCUUAAUGCCUCAAACGAACACAGUUGAAGAACAAUGCAGAAACACAAUGAGCUUAGUCUACAAAGCGUUGUGAACAAUGAAAGACACAAAACAAGCUUUUGCAGCAAUGAAAAGGAAAAAAAACAUAACCACUUCACAAGCAAUGAGAAAAUACAAUUCCUAAUGACAAUGCAAAAUACUUGACAUCUGAAAUUUCAUCACAAAAUCAGUUCACUUAAAUGGUUAAAGGUAUUGCUACGCAUUGCUAUGGCAAUGUUUCUCAAUUUCAAGUGUCUCUAAAACCUAUUACUCUAGUGAGUGCCCGGGAACCAUUCCGCUGUAAGAUGUCAAACAUACCUGGCUCCCACUGAACACCCACGCCAUUGCAUGUGUUCUUCAUAGCUAGCGUACCUGCUGGAAAGGCUUAUAUAUGGCAUUGGUAUCUGCGACACUCAGGUUAGUCUUCAAACAGUGCUCAAACAGUUUAACGUCUUACGGUGAAUGGGCGCCAUGGCAUUCCUGACACUAUAACCACUACAGUGGCUAAUUUAGUCUAGAUUUAAUUUUUCUACAAUUUGGUGUUCAGUUUAUAAAAUUCCCAUGACUACCAUAAAGUUCACACUCUAGUAAAUAACCACGUAAUUGUAUAUCUGUGUAAUCUACAGGACAGCACCCUGACUUAGUGAUGGUUUACUCUGAUAGGGAGAUCUUGUUCACAAACACGCUGUUUGCUAUAGAGCAGCUUGUCACAUGUAUUGAAUGGAAAUGGCAAGCAAUGCUCGCUCCAUCAGUCAACAUGUCUCGUUCACACACUGCAUUCUUGUGGAUUGUGCAAGUUGCCAGAGUGCAGAUACAGGUUCUUGUUGCACAUUUAUUGUGGACUUACAAGCUAAACCUGUUUUGCAACUACAAAAAUAACACCGGACAUUCAAGGAAAUAUUGUACUUUUUUUCUUUUCUUCAUUCAUAUUCCAAGCAACUACAGUAUCUAAAUUAAACAUCCUCCUUGCAAGGCAGAGAUCGUGUGCUGAUUGAUAGGAUUACCUUUAAUGUUGUUUGAUAGCCUUUUGUGUCUGCUGCUCUGGGUUAAUUGUUUGCGUAUAAGGGUGCGACAUGCAGAACUCGCUUGCUCCCUUUUUAGAAAGUUCUUGGAACUGCAUCGCAGAGUUUAAAACCCCUUUGCUCAUAGGUUUCUUUUUAAUCCAAACAUGUUGGUCUAAAUUGCUGUAAUGAUAACAUAGCUGACUUAGAGAUUCUGAAUUAAAAUGUUGAAAUUCACUUUGAACUUCUCACGUUUCACCGUUGGUUUAGGAUAGUGUAGAUGAGCUGCUCAUACUUACCGAUUUAAAAAGUCAAUGCCAGGCUGCUAAUUUUACCUGUGAUUUCUCCAAGUUGAGCUGAUUAGCUGUCUGGGUGGGAUAGCAAGUCUACAACAUAUGCCAGAAAUCUAGAUCAGUUAAAAAUAUUUAAUCUGUUCUGAUGUUUAGACCCAGUUAAAUUAUCAGCCCAAGAUAUGAAACAUAUAGUGAUCAUUUUAAUUUUCUUCAAAGAGGGCAAAGCAGACCUCCUGUCCUAUUGUGUUUUACACCCCACCGCCUAUAGACUGUAAGCUCGUUUGAACAGGGUCCUCUUCAACCUAUCGUUCCUGUACGUUUUUUGUAAUUGUCCUAUUUAUAGUUAAAUCCCUCCUUUUUAUAAUAUAAAGCGCUACGGAAUCAGUUGGCGCCAAAUAAAUGGCAAUAAUAAUAAGUUAACCAUUGUGGAAUCCUGCAGCAUAUGAAUUCUGCAUGCAUAAAGGAGGUACUUUUCACGCUCUGCCCAUCAUUCUGUAUAAGGGACAUGUUUACAGGAAACCAGGCAUGCUCUCCCAUCUCGAGCCUAUCUAACAUAGUAAAUGCUAUUAGUGAUUAUUUAUUUUAAAAUGAAUUAUAAUAUAAUUUGUGUAUUUUUGCCUGUUUUUAUUCUUCCAGAGAUGGCUCCUCAAUACCCUCCAAACCUCAGUUCAUUGAAGCCGAUAAGUAUUUCCUUCCAUUCGAGUUGGCAUGCCAACAGAAGUCUCCACGCAUUGUCAGCACCUCGCUGGAUUGUUUGCAGGUAAUGAGUGUGUUCAUCAAGCUUUGCUGCCAUGUGACAUUUCUAAUUCACUGCCUUGGAGAUAUCCAUCCAACUAUGGGGUAAGCAUGGGGGUCACCUGAAAAGCAGGCCGAGAAUCCCUGUAAUUGGGCAGAGCCAGAUAGAGGACAUGUGGGGCAUGUUUGUUUUAGUCCAAGGCUAGAUAAUCCAAGGAGAAAGGUAGUCAGGGUUUUAUUUUUUUAUUUUUUCUUGCUAUGUGAAGUGUUGGCAUUUCUUGCUAAAUUCAUCGUUUUUGGUGACUAUAAUUCUGUCAGGUCUGAAAUUGCACUUGGUCAUAGCUGCUCAUGCUGGAAGGACAUCAGAUGCCUGAUACAGCAAGAUCAUUCUAAAAUGGGAACUUCUAGCACCAUAAUCUUGCAUUUGUUAUGGUGUUUAAAGUGUCACUUAGCGCAUCACUCAAUGAGCCAUUUGCUGUUACUUCACUUUUAUUAAGGCCUUAAUUCACAGUGUUAGAAGCGCUUUGUAUUUAGGCCUUAACCCCUUAAGGGCACAUGAUGGAAAUAUUCCGUCAUGAUUCCCUUUUAUUCCAGAAGUUGUGUCCUUAAGGGGUUAAUUAACAGUGUUAGAAGCGCUUUGUAUUUAGGCCUUAAUUCAGAGUGUUAGAAGCGCUUUGUAUUUGGGCAUUAAUUAACAGUGUUAGAAGCGCUUUGUAUUUAGGCCUUAAUUCAGAGUGUUAGAAGCGCUUUGUAUUUGGGCAUUAAUUCACAGUGUUAGAAGCGCUUUGUAUUUAGGCCUUAAUUCACAGUGUUAGAAGCGCUUUGUAUUUAGGCCUUAAUUCACAGUGUUAGAAGCGCUUUGUAUUUAGGCCUUAAUUCACAGUGUUAGAAGCGCUUUGUAUUUAGGCCUUAAUUCACAGUGUUAGAAGCGCUUUGUAUUUAGGCCUUAAUUCACAGUGUUAGAAGCGCUUUGUAUUUAAGAUGCUACUUCGGAUCUGGUGCAGAGAGUCUGUAAAAUAAUUGGAAAGACCUUGUUGACUUUAAAAUUGUCUAACAUUAAUCAAUCUUCUUUUAAAAUCCCAUUGUUCCAUGCAAUAAAUAUGGAACAAUAACUUGCCCUGCUUCAGUUUUUUACUUGGAAUGUAGGAUCAGAUUUUAUUUCCAGCAUUAAACUUUAAUAUUUUCCGUGUACUUUCAGAAACUCAUCGCGUAUGGCCACAUUACUGGAAACGCACCAGAUAAAGGAGCCCCUGGCAAGCGCCUUAUUGAUCGCAUUGUUGAUACAAUUUGCAACUGCUUUCAAGGUCCUCAAACAGAUGAAGGGGUACAGCUACAAAUUAUCAAGGUAAAUGAAUCAUUCUAGCUGUGUUCGUCAUCUCAACGUUCUUUGGGCAAGGCGCUGUUAGAAUUCGUGGCCUGCUGGAGCAUAUUGACAGCCAGUUAACAUGGGGCACCGAGACGUGCCGAUCAUGCUGGGAUGCUUCCAUUAGUUUGAUAAUAGUGAAUCGCCUUGUUUUAAUUUUCUCUUUUGCUUUGCUGUUAAAGGCUCUUCUCACUGUGGUAACCUCACCAUAUGUAGAAAUCCACGAAGGGACAAUCUUGGAGACCGUUCGGACAUGUUAUAACAUUUACUUGGCAAGCAAAAAUCUGGUCAACCAAACUACUGCCAAGGCAACACUCACUCAGAUGCUGAACGUCAUUUUCAUCAGGAUGGAGAAUCAAGCGGUAAGUAAUCUCAUGGCUGUGUAUAACAAUAACCAUCUUACUCACUGGAUCACUGUGAACGUGCUAUGGAUACUCUAGGCUUGCAAUGGCAGUAUCUUCUAAAACCUGGCUAGUGAUUUAGGACUUGAAAUUGGUCUCUGCAUUGUUAUAUCCAAGUUUAUGGUAGGGGAUUUGACGUAAAUGCCAUAAUGGCGUCAUAAAGUUGGCUGGAGUAAUCUAUAGUUAUGAGUUCAAGAUGACUAAAUAACAACCUACAGGAAGAGGUUGGUUGUGGUGUUCUGAAACUGAUGUGUGGGUGAGUCAGUACAAAAAGAGGACUACCCUAAGGUAACACCCAACCGGUAGCUAGAAUAAUUUGGUUAAAGGAAUCAGCUGAGCAUCACUACUACUGGCUGUGAAGAAUAAAUAGGCCAGUAAACCCCUCCCACAACUCUAGGCUUACAGCCUUUCCAUAUAUGGAUUUAUUUUAAUUUCGUAUACAGCGCUGGCUCCACUAAAACUAACCAUACAAACUACUAUUUUGGCAAGUGCAGGCAUGGGAUUUGUAUCUGUUACCCAUAAUCCUCUGUUUAGGAGCAUUUAGGAACACAAAAGUAUGUUUGCACAUUCACACUUUAAUGAAUAACUGACAUAAGGGAUUACUGGAACAUGGAUUUAAAGAAAACACACUCUUUAUUGAUAUGAUCUUUAUUAUAUAUUUUUAUUUCUUGUCCUUUUUAAUAUACAUAUAUUAUUUUUUUUUUUUAUUAUUUUUUAGCUUCAGGAAAUCGUGAACCACGAAAAGCAGCAACAAAAACUACACUCUCCCGCCCUCCGCAAACCAGCAGAAUCCCCGCGGGCUUCGCUGCACACUCUCAACUACCCGGAAGCAGUGCCUCCGUUACCGCAGAACUAUAGUAAUGUUGGCAACGGUGACCAAGAGAGGGGCAGCAGAGCAGAACCGGAGGGCAGCGAGGAUAGUGUAACUGCUGAGCCCAAACUGAAUGAGUACAGAACUGACGAUGGACCCAAAUACAGUGAGGAUCCUGAAAGAAUAGAGGACAGAACCGAUGGCGGACCCAAAUACAGUGAGGAUCCUGGAAGAAUAGAGAAGAGAACCGAUGGCGGACCCAAAUACAGUGAGGAUCCUGGAAGAAUAGAUGACAGAACCGAUGACGGACCCAAAUACAGUGAGGAUCCUGGAGGUUACAGAGAGGAUCUUGGAAGGAGAGAGGACAGAGAUGAUUCUGAGAUUAAAUCAGGAUCAGAUCACACUGAUGAUGGUGACAAGCUCAAAUCUACACAGGAAUCUGAUCUCUGUGAAGAAAGAAUGGCCAUGGAACCCAAGGGCAGCACGGAUGAAAUAGUCACAGAACUAAGUUCCAACCUGCCUGGUAAGACUUCUCUUAGAGAGAGACGAUUCUCCCCACCUCAAACUUAAGUGUUCCAGCGUUACCUAACGGGACACUCCAGGUACCAAUACUUCUAAUGCAUUUUAGGUUUUUGGACUCAUUCAUUUGCUGGACUUUGUUGCAUGUUUAAAUCUUUAUAGUUUUUGACUGUCUGUAGUCAGGCUGUGAAGUAAAAAAGCCGCUCACUCAGUACUGUCAGUGGCUGAGCUGUGUACAUACAUUUGAUAAGGAAGUAUUUCUGGCAUGAGGGGGUGUGGCCAGGGAGGCAGGCUUAGGGUGCAACAUGUGAAGGUGUGCAACCAACCCUCUAAAUUAAAUGUCUUCUUUAAACCACCCUGUAACUGAAGCAUGUGUGUUUUAUAGUGCUGUUCCAUUGAAUGCACAGUGAAUACCAUGUAUCAGCCAAGUCUGGAGUACCUUAAUACCUGUACACCUUGAUGAAAUGAUCGGGAGCUACGAGAGCCUUACAAGUCUCUUAGGAAUUGUCACAGUCCUUCUUUAUAAAAAAAAUAUAUAUAUAUAUAUAUAUAUAUAUAUAUAUAUAUAUUAUAUAUAUAUAUAUAAUUUUCUUUGACGUCUGAAAAUAAAUAUUGGUAAUUAAUAUAUUUUUUAACACAAAUAACGGAAGAUGUUUCUGCUCCUGAAGAUAGUAUUCGGGAUCCAGUUGAGCCUGGUGUUAGAGGUGCGUGUUACCAGCUCUGUGUAGUUUACCGUUCCACAGAAAGCUCUUGGAAUAUGUACUGGGGUAAUAGUAACAGGUGAUUUGCAGUGACUGAAGUCACUCAACGGAGCAGCUCAGACUCUUUAAGUGUAACGUGACCACAGACGUAGUAAAUUAGAAAUGAGCUCAAUAACCUGUUUGGUUUUGAUGUGACACAUUGCAGGAUAGAUUUAUUGCCUAUUUUAAUUAUGCAUCACAAAAAGAAUUCAUAUAGAAACACAAAAGGUGGGGAAUUCAGCCAUCCUAGAGCUUCCUUUAUAUUUGUUUUUCAUUGUUUUGAUCAGUAACUUCCCUUUCAGGUAAAUGAGACAGGAUUUUCACGCUCCGUAGACCUGCAUGUGGCUGCUUGUGCACAAUAAUAAUAUCCACAAUUACUCUCUUUUUAUUAUUAAAGUAAACUGUGCUGUUCUGGAUAGAUUCACAUUUACUACCUGUGUAACGUAUGUUUUGGAUUUAAAAUGUCCUCUAGUUCUCAAACAGUUGAAAUGAAGUUUAAAAUGAUAGAUAACACCUUUUAAAUGUCCUCUCCUCCCACCCUCUAUCCAUUCCUCAACAUUGAACACUUCCUUAAAAGUUUGUUUCUUUUAUGUUUGAAUUGGAAGGUCCCGGAAAUGUUGAUGAAACAGUUGCAUCCGAAAUCCCCCCAUCUGCUGAAAGGAACCAAACCAACGGGAUUGCAGACGAUGGGCAGUCAGUGUCCUCUACUGAUAUUAUGGUACUGAUUCACCAAAAUCUUAUCCUUUCCAUUUGCGAAAGAUUUCUGCAGAGCGCUUGACACUGAACGUACAUAGAGCAUCACUCCUCUGCGUUGGUGGUCUUUUCUAAUGAAACGUGGACUGAUGCUACGCUGGCAUUGGGGCUACACGACAGAGGAUAUUCUCUGAGGACCUGUCUCUCCUCUGAUUUCCCCUGUCCUGCAUUAACCAGGACUACGGUGUAUAUAUAAUGUACACUGCUGGUUGUUUCCUGACAGUUUAAUAAAUAACGGUUUUAAUCCACGUGGAUGGUGUUAUAUCUCUUUUACAUUAUUUCACGUUUCUGUACCCUAACACAAACUGUGUCAGACUUCCUUCUCAAUAAAUAAAAUUACUUUUUAUUGCUCCAAGAGAAUAGCAUAACCAGGUUCUGUUCUAAUAAUAUUUGAAGAUCAGCGCAGGUCUGUCCUUGGCACCUCUCCACAGAACUCUUUGCAGACCAUAUAGUAAUAUUUCCACAAGUUAUUUUAUUAAAGAAACACUAUAGUGUCAGGGAUACAAAUGUGCAUUCCUGACACUAUAGGUCUAAAUAGCUAUUUAACCCUCUCCAUCCCCCCGUCUCCCUUUUCACCAGUUAAACUGGUGUUAAACUCCCCUUUUUCCAUGGCUGGCCCUGCCCCUUGGGUGAGAUCAUCAAACUUGAUGAUCUCAGCCAAUCCAAUGCUUUCCCAUAGGAAAGCAUUCGGAGGCUAUCGUGCAUUGACUCAGUGCAUCUCUAUGAGGAAUGUUCAGCGCCUCCAUGCAGAGCGUGGAGACACUGAAUGUCCGCACUGCCCCAGGAAGCUCCUCUAGUAGCCAUCUGAGUGACAGCCACUGUAGGUGUCCCUAGGCAGUAACGUAAACACUCUUAUCUUUGAAUAGGCAGUGUUUUAAUUAAAAUGCACGGACAGGAUAUAGACACCUUAACAACUACAUUAAGCUGUAGCUCUUGUGACUAUAGUGUCCCUUUAACUACAGUAUCCAUUGUAUGCUUGGUGUUUGCUGCACUUUUUAUAUCUGUUUUAUUUUUUUUCAAUCAUGCAAGUUUAGGGAAGAAAGUUUAAAUUUUUUUUUUAAUUUUUUUUUAUCAAGUUUGCCUUCUUUGUGUGUUUGUUUGUUUUUUUGUCUCUAAGUGGAAAGUUUGCUGAAGAAAUAUACCACGUUAUUUUAACAUAGUUGUUUUUUUGUUUAGGAUUCAGAGUCCGUCCACGGGCACCAGUCCGGAGCUCGGUUCUCUCACAUUCUGCAGAAAGACGCAUUCCUGGUGUUCAGAUCUCUCUGCAAACUUUCAAUGAAACCACUUGGCGAGGGCCCACCUGAUCCCAAGUAAGCAACUGAUCAGAAAGAAACUGGAAGAACUUCACAACCGUUUGCUUUUCAAUAUUAAUAAACAGAUUUGAUGUCUUUGGGAAGCUGCCGAGCACUGAGCCAGAAUGUGUAAAGAACGGACAUUGAUUUACAAAGAUAAAUAAGAUCAUAUAUUAAAAAUACUUAAAGUGCAGAAGGUUACACUUUUUAACGUUUGAUUCCAAGAGUACCAAUGAAAGAAGUGGACCGUUGAUGUUUCACUCUAACACGUCUUUCUGUUAAUUUCAAGGUCCCAUGAGCUGCGCUCGAAGAUUAUCUCCCUGCAGCUCCUACUGUCAGUAUUGCAGAACGCCGGCCCUGUAUUCCGAACGCACGAAAUGUUUAUCAAUGCAAUCAAGCAAUAUCUCUGUGUGGCACUGUCAAAGAAUGGUGUGUCUUCUGUGCCCGAUGUGUUCGAACUUUCUCUUGCCAUAUUCCUUAGUUUGCUGUCAAACUUUAAGACUCAUUUAAAGAUGCAGGUAGAGGUAAGUUCUGGAAAGAAAAGCUUUUUAAUAACCCGUGAUUUAGUAUCCUGUGAUUAGUGUAAUUUGCACAUUUGGUUUGAAAUUCUCUUCAAACCACAGCAAGGCUGAGCCUGAGGAACAAAUCUCCAAGAUUUUAUAAUCAUUUUCUUUUCAUUCACGCAGCGUUUGUGUCAUUUUAUGCAGGUAUUUUUUAAAGAAAUCUUCUUAAACAUACUGGAGACUCCAACAAGUUCCUUUGAGCAUAAAUGGAUGGUUAUCCAGACACUGACAAGGAUUUGUGCAGGUAUUGUUAAAAACAAAACAAAACUUUUAAUAAGGGAUGCAUGUAAAUCUACAAAACCGAUAACUUUUCAUUUUCUUUCUGCUUUAGACGCCCAAUGUGUGGUGGAUAUAUAUGUGAACUAUGACUGUGAUUUAAAUGCUGCAAAUAUAUUUGAACGACUUGUUAAUGACUUGUCAAAAAUUGCUCAGGGGAGAAGCGGGCAUGAACAUGGAAUGACUCCAUUACAGGUAAAAAGAAUGAAUGGUUCACGGCGUUUCUCAUUUAUUUGGCAUUUCUUGGUCUGUGGGCAAUGUUACAAGAUUUUUGAAGACUUCAUUCAUGACCAUUAAAAGCACCCACUCCAUCUUAGUGAGAUGAAGUUUUAAUCAUGCUAUGUAAAACACUGUAGUUUUGUAGAAACUGUAGUUUUCUUUCUUGUGGGUAAACAGCAUGGCUUUUUCCCUGACUGCUACUAGAGGUGAUUCCCUCUGAGAACUGAGUCAGACACAGCUCUCAUUCAAAUGCUGCUUUUAAAGAUUUGCGCAGCAGCGAUAUGCCGCACAUGGGCACAAACCUUCUAAUGCUUUCCUACGGGGGAAAGCGUUGGAUUGGCUGAGAUCAUCGAUCUCGGCCAGUGGAAGGAUCAGCCAUGGUGAGACCAUCGCUCACCUUUUAAACCCUCAUGAGGGUAAGUAUAAUGUUAGGAAUACAUAUUUUAUAGCAUUACUUUAAGUGCUUAAUUUUCUUGUUUCACUUCCAGUUUUAUUCAUUUGUUAUCCUUGUUCAGGUUUGCACUAGUUGCAAGUUGCAGCUUUUAUUUCUUUAUUCAGCUGUAGCUAAGCUGAUCUUUCAUUUGUCAACAAGUUUAGAGUCUAUAGACAUCAGUAUUGACUGGAAGCCCAUCAUUUGUAGCCAAACACCACAUAUAUUACCUGUAUGAAUCUGUUUCUAUCCGAUUUUUAUCAAACUGACAUCUUAUUUUCCUAAUAAAAGUUAGAUCAGCAUACUUACAUUGUGUCAUCUCCAUUGUUUGCAGGAGAUCAGUCUCAGAAAGAAAGGCCUGGAGUGCCUUGUGUCCAUAUUGAAGUGUAUGGUAGAAUGGAGCAAAGACCUUUACGUAAAUCCCAACCACCAGUCCAGCCUUGGUAAGAAACAAUGACUCUCAAAGCUUCUAAACCAUGUCAUGACAUUUCUUUAGUAUUCAGCUCCAUCACAGUGAAAUCCUGCUCAUUUGAAAGGGAUAAGCUCUGUGAAUGGGAGGCUUGUGAAGAUGUACCUGGUAUUAAUAGGGACGAAUCUUGAUGCUUCACGUUGGUGUCAUUUUUUCAGGUGUAGAAUACCAUUUCCGUGGUAACUUUUAAUGGUUUUAAUUAAUUGACUUUGUCAAGUCACACAAUAACGAAUGUUAAGAAAUAACAUUGUAAUUACUCUAUGUAAAGCAUGUCAUGCUUGCAUGAUGGGUAAAUAGGUUUUAUGUUUUCGGUUACAGCCUCUGAGGCCUUUCUAGCUCAUGCUUAAAAGAUGAAAAAAGAAAGUUAUAUGUUUUGGAAUUGUCAUAAAAAGAUUAUAAAAUAAACCCUGAUGUCAUAUUUUUAGUUUAACGGUUCUCUGAUUCAUUUCUAGGUCCGGAAAAAACAUCCGAUGUUGAAAGCAGUGAGAAUAAACCCUCAGAAACAUCAGGGAGGAGAAUUAGUAUCAGUUCAAUGGAUUCCACGGUCUCCUCUGGAAUCGGCAGUAUCAGCACCCAGGCGUCUGUCCCUGAUGAUCCUGAACAGUUUGAAGUGAUCAAACAACAGAAGGAGAUCAUUGAACACGGCAUCGAGCUGUGAGUUUAAUCCCCCUUAUCACACAGCUCUUGUGAACUGCGUGAGGGUUAGCUAUAUAGAGCUCUUCAAAGCUGUGUUAUAACCCCGUGUGCAUAAUAAAUGUAACAUUACCUAAAUAGAGCUCUCCAUAGCUGUAUUAUAACCCUGUGUUCAUAUUAAAUGUAACAUUACCUAUAUAGAGCUCUCAAUAGCUGUAUUAUAACCCAGUGUGCAUAUUAAAUGCAACAUUACCUAUAUAGAGCUCUCCAUAGCUGCAUUAGAACCAUGUGUGCAUAUUAAAUGUAACAUUACCUAUAUAGAGCUAUCCAUAGCUGUAUUAUAACCCUGUGUGCAUAUUAAAUGUAAUAUUACCUAAAUAGAGUUCUCCAUAGCUGUAUUAUAACCCUGUGUGCAUAUUAAAUGUAACAUUACCUAUAUAGAGCUCUCCAUAGCUGUAUUAUAACCCCGUGUGCAUAUUAAAUGUAACAUUACCUAUAUAGAGCUCUCCAUAGCUGUAUUAUAACCCCGCGUGCAUAUGAAAUGUAACAUUACCUAUAUAGAGCUCUCCAUAGCUGUAUUAUAACCCUGUGUUCAUAUUAAAUGUAACAUUACCUAUAUAGAGCUCUCCAUAGCUGUAUUAUAACCCUGUGUGCAUAUUAAAUGCAACAUUACCUAUAUAGAGCUCUCCAUAGCUGUAUUAUAACCCCGUGUGCAUAUUAAAUGUAACAUUACCUAUAUAGAGCUAUCCAUAGCUGUAUUAUAACCCUGUGUGCAUAUUAAAUGUAACAUUACCUAAAUAGAGCUCUCCAUAGCUGUAUUAUAACCCCGUGUGCAUAUUAAAUGUAACAUUACCUAUAUAGAGCUAUCCAUAGCUGUAUUAUAACCCCGUGUGCAUAUGAAAUGUAACAUUACCUAUAUAGAGCUCUCCAUAGCUGCAUUAGAACCCUGUGUACAUAUUAAAUGUAACAUUACCUAUAUAGAGCUCUCCAUAGCUGUAUUAUAACUGUGUGCAUAUUAAAUGCAACAUUACCUAUAUAGAGCUCUCCAUAGCUGUAUUAUAACCCUGUGUUCAUAUUAAAUGUAACUUAACCUAUAUAGAGCUAUCCAUAUCUGUAUUAUAACCCUGUGUGCAUAUUAAAUGUAACAUUAUCUAUAUAGAGCUCUCCAUAGCUGUAUUAUAACCCUGUGUUCAUAUUAAAUGUAACUUAACCUAUAUAGAGCUAUCCAUAUCUGUAUUAUAACCCCGUGUGCAUAUUAAAUGUAACAUUACCUAUAUAGAGCUCUCCAUAGCUGUAUUAUAACCCUGUGUGCAUAUUAAAUGUAACAUUACCUAUAUAGAGCUAUCCAUAGCUGUAUUAUAACCUCGUGUGCAUAUUAAAUGUAACAUUACCUAUAUAGAGCUCUCCAUAGCUGUAUUAUAACCCCGCGUGCAUAUGAAAUGUAACAUUACCUAUAUAGAGCUCUCCAUAGCUGUAUUAUAACCCUGUGUUCAUAUUAAAUUUAACAUUACCUAUAUAGAGCUCUCCAUAGCUGUAUUAUAACCCUGUGUGCAUAUUAAAUGCAACAUUACCUAUAUAGAGCUCUCCAUAGCUGUAUUAUAACCCUGUGUGCAUAUUAAAUGUAACUUAACCUAUAUAGAGCUAUCCAUAGCUGUAUUAUAACCCUGUGUGCAUAUUAAAUGUAACAUUACCUAAAUAGAGCUCUCCAUAGCUGUAUUAUAACCCCGUGUGCAUAUUAAAUGUAACAUUACCUAUAUAGAGCUAUCCAUAGCUGUAUUAUAACCCCGUGUGCAUAUGAAAUGUAACAUUACCUAUAUAGAGCUCUCCAUAGCUGCAUUAGAACCCUGUGUACAUAUUAAAUGUAACAUUACCUAUAUAGAGCUCUCCAUAGCUGUAUUAUAACCCUGUGUUCAUAUUAAAUGUAACAUUACCUAUAUAGAGCUCUCCAUAGCUGUAUUAUAACCCCGUGUGCAUAUUAAAUGUAACAUUACCUAUAUAGAGCUCUCCAUAGCUGUAUUAUAACCCUGUGUUCAUAUUAAAUGUAACUUAACCUAUAUAGAGCUAUCCAUAUCUGUAUUAUAACCCCGUGUGCAUAUUAAAUGUAACAUUACCUAUAUAGAGCUCUCCAUAGCUGUAUUAUAACCCUGUGUGCAUAUUAAAUGUAACAUUACCUAUAUAGAGCUCUCCAUAGCUGUAUUAUAACCCUGUGUGCAUAUUAAAUGUAACAUUACCUAUAUAGAGCUCUCCAUAGCUGUAUUAUAACCCCGUGUGCAUAUUAAAUGUAACAUUACCUAUAUAGAGCUCUCCAUAGCUGUAUUAUAACCCCGUGUGCAUAUUAAAUGUAACAUUACCUAUAUAGAGCUCUCCAUAGCUGUAUUAUAACCCAGUGUGCAUAUUAAAUGUAACAUUACCAAUAUAGAGCUCUCCAUAGCUGUAUUAUAACCCUGUGUUCUUAUUAAAUGCAACAUUACCUAUAUAGAGCUCUCCAUAGCUGUAUUAUAACCCCGUGUGCAUAUUAAAUGUAACAUUACCUAUAUAGAGCUAUCCAUAGCUGUAUUAUAACCCCGUGUGCAUAUUAAAUGUAACAUUACCUAUAUAGAGCUCUCCAUAGCUGUAUUAUAACCCUGUGUGCAUAUUAAAUGUAACAUUACCUAUAUAGAGCUCUCCAUAGCUGUAUUAUAACCCCGUGUGCAUAUUAAAUGUAACAUUACCUAUAUAGAGCUCUCCAUAGCUGUAUUAUAACCCAGUGUGCAUAUUAAAUGUAACAUUACCAAUAUAGAGCUCUCCAUAGCUGUAUUAUAACCCUGUGUGCAUAUUAAAUGUAACAUUACCUAUAUAGAGCUAUCCAUAGCUGUAUUAUAACCCUGUGUGCAUAUUAAAUGUAACAUUACCUAAAUAGAGCUCUCCAUAGCUGUAUUAUAACCCCGUGUGCAUAUUAAAUGUAACAUUACCUAUAUAGAGCUAUCCAUAGCUGUAUUAUAACCCCGUGUGCAUAUUAAAUGUAACAUUACCUAUAUAGAGCUAUCCAUAGCUGUAUUAUAACCCCGUGUGCAUAUGAAAUGUAACAUUACCUAUAUAGAGCUCUCCAUAGCUGCAUUAGAACCCUGUGUACAUAUUAAAUGUAACAUUACCUAUAUAGAGCUCUCCAUAGCUGUAUUAUAACCCUGUGUGCAUAUUAAAUGCAACAUUACCUAUAUAGAGCUCUCCAUAGCUGUAUUAUAACCCUGUGUUCAUAUUAAAUGUAACUUAACCUAUAUAGAGCUAUCCAUAUCUGUAUUAUAACCCUGUGUGCAUAUUAAAUGUAACAUUAUCUAUAUAGAGCUCUCCAUAGCUGUAUUAUAACCCCGUGUGCAUAUUAAAUGUAACAUUACCUAUAUAGAGCUCUCCAUAGCUGUAUUAUAACCCUGUGUUCAUAUUAAAUGUAACUUAACCUAUAUAGAGCUAUCCAUAUCUGUAUUAUAACCCCGUGUGCAUAUUAAAUGUAACAUUACCUAUAUAGAGCUCUCCAUAGCUGUAUUAUAACCCUGUGUGCAUAUUAAAUGUAACAUUACCUAUAUAGAGCUCUCCAUAGCUGUAUUAUAACCCUGUGUGCAUAUUAAAUGUAACAUUACCUAUAUAGAGCUCUCCAUAGCUGUAUUAUAACCCCGUGUGCAUAUUAAAUGUAACAUUACCUAUAUAGAGCUCUCCAUAGCUGUAUUAUAACCCUGUGUGCAUAUUAAAUGUAACAUUACCUAUAUAGAGCUCUCCAUAGCUGUAUUAUAACCCCGUGUGCAUAUUAAAUGUAACAUUACCUAUAUAGAGCUCUCCAUAGCUGUAUUAUAACCCUGUGUUCAUAUUAAAUGUAACAUUACCUAUAUAGAGCUAUCCAUAUCUGUAUUAUAACCCCGUGUGCAUAUUAAAUGUAACAUUACCUAUAUAGAGCUCUCCAUAGCUGUAUUAUAACCCUGUGUGCAUAUUAAAUGUAACAUUACCUAUAUAGAGCUCUCCAUAGCUGUAUUAUAACCCUGUGUGCAUAUUAAAUGUAACAUUACCUAUAUAGAGCUCUCCAUAGCUGUAUUAUAACCCGUGUGCAUAUUAAAUGUAACAUUACCUAUAUAGAGCUCUCCAUAGCUGUAUUAUAACCCUGUGUUCUUAUUAAAUGCAACAUUACCUAUAUAGAGCUCUCCAUAGCUGUAUUAUAACCCCGUGUGCAUAUUAAAUGUAACAUUACCUAUAUAGAGCUAUCCAUAGCUGUAUUAUAACCCCGUGUGCAUAUUAAAUGUAACAUUACCUAUAUAGAGCUAUCCAUAUCUGUAUUAUAACCCAGUGUGCAUAUUAAAUGUAACAUUACCUAUAUAGAGCUAUCCAUAUCUGUAUUAUAACCCUCUGUGCAUAUUAAAUGUAACAUUACCUAUAUAGAGCUCUCCAUAGCUGUAUUAUAACCCAGUGUGCAUAUUAAAUGUAACAUUACCUAUAUAGAGCUCUCCAUAGCUGUAUUAUAACCAUCUGUGCAUAUUAAAUGUAACAUUACCUAUAUAGAGCUCUCCAUAGCUGUAUUAUAACCCUCUGUGCAUAUUAAAUGUAACAUUACCUAUAUAGAGCUCUCCAUAGCUGUAUUAUAACCCAGUGUGCAUAUUAAACGUAACAUUACCUAUAUAGCUAAAUUCUACCUGGAAUAUUGAUGCCAACUCUCUGCCAGCUUAGCCAUUAUUCAUUUUUCUGUUAAUUUUUUUUAAUCUAUAUUUAGUUAUAACUUCCUACAUGUAAGUUGGCAGACAUUUUGUCCCCAAUAUUUUAGGUAGCAUUUCUGUGGUCCGCCGUUCCAGUCUGAAUGUAAUAAAUAUGAAUCUAAAAUGCACUGAACCUAUUUAUCUGUUUUCCAAAAUGAGAGAAAUGUCAACCCUUUCCUUUAUAGAUUUAACAAGAAGCCAAAAAGAGGAAUUCAGUAUCUUCAAGAACAGGAGAUGCUUGGUGUAACCCCCCAGGACAUUGCACAGUUUUUACACCAAGAGGAUCGACUAGAUUUUGUAAGCAGAUUCUUCUUUCAGCCUCCCCCCACUACUAUAGAAGCUGCUAAUGCUAAUAAUUAAGUCCUUGAGUGCCCAUGUCACGUAUUCCUGAUUAAUGUUUGAUAUAAACUGGGUCUCUUCUCAGCACCCAUGCACCAACCCCUGUCUUGUCCUCAUUGCUAAUUCAGAAUAAGCAGUACUUCCAUAUUAUCCGUGUUUAUAUUCUCCAACGUGGAUGGCCUUGAUUGGCUAAGGCAGGGGACAGUGCCAUGGCAAUCUAGGCACCAUAACCACUACAGGCUGAUCAAAAUAUGCAUGUUAAAAUGUUUUACAGACUGUGUGAAAUUACCAAGUACAGGCUAACUAUUCACAGCAACAAAUGACACAUUCUUUGACUUCAGUAGAAAAUAGAGUUCAACCAUGAGAGAAUCUGAUUUUAACAACUUUAUUUUCAGACACAAAUUGGAGACUUUUUAGGGGAGAAUAAUAGAUUUAAUCGUGAGGUGAUGUACUCCUAUGUGGACCAGCUGAAUUUCUGUGAUAAAGACUUUGUGUCGGCACUGCGCAUGUUUCUGGAAGGAUUCCGCCUCCCGGGAGAAGCUCAGAAGAUUGACCGGCUGAUGGAGAAAUUUGCUGCUCGCUAUUUAGAAUGUAAUCAGAGGUACGUUUUAAACACUCCGUCACAAACACAAGCUAGGUGUAAUGUUUGAAUUGGGUUACAAUGAUCGGGAAAGCUUAGAAGUGCUUAGUAAGUAUCAGUCAGUAUCCGCUUUUUUUUUUUUUCCCCAAAAUCUCAUUUUGUUAAAGGAACACUAUAGCGUUAGGAAUACAAAACUGUCUCUCUGCCGGCAUGGCUGAAUGUCCACAUCUUUCCAGUGUCGAUGUCCAUCUGUUCAUAUUCCGGCUUUGCCUCCUCCAACAUUGGCAUUGGGGGGACAGAAUGUGCAUGUGCGUCGAGUGCAGUGCGCGCGCUUCAGGCCUUCCCCAUAGGAAAGCAUUAAAAUUUGAAGACACUACAUGUCCUCAUGCAAAACGUGAGGGUGUCCAGCAUCAUUUCAUGGAGAUUAACUCCAUGGUAAUGCAUGAGGCGCUUCUAUUGGCUGUCUAGUAGACCGGCACUAGAGGCAGUCUUAAACCUGCAACGUUUCUGAAACUGCAGUGUUUUACAUUGCAGGAUUUUAGGGGAGAGACACACUGCAUGCAGAUCACUUCAGUGCGAUGAAGUGGUUUGGGUGCCUAUAGUGUCCAUUUAACAAUUUGUCAUUUUUAAAAUGUAUUUGUAUAAAAUUGGCUGCUUUAAAUUAUGGGCUUUGCUUCCUAACUGAAGUUAAUAACGCUGCUGUGUAACCCAGUUAAUGGCAAAAAUUAGAGAAAAAUCCUUCUCUUCUUAGCUUCUGUUUGGCUCCUAUUUUGUUGCUUUCCCAUUUGAAACCUAUUUUCAUUUUACAUUCUGCAGACAAACCUUGUUCGCCAGCGCUGAUACGGCGUAUGUCUUGGCAUAUUCUAUUAUAAUGUUAACAACAGAUCUACAUAGUCCUCAGGUAUGGUUUACUAGUAGAUUGGUUAUGUCUUUCCUUUUAAUGGCUAUUUUAUUUUAUGCACAGACACCCAUUGACUGCAUUGUUUUGACUGCUUGUCGGUUUUAAUAGGUGAAGAAUAAAAUGACAAAGGAGCAGUAUAUUAAAAUGAACAGAGGCAUUAACGAUAGCAAAGAUUUGCCGGAGGAAUACUUAUCUGCGAUCUAUGAUGAAAUUGAAGGCAAGAAAAUUGCAAUGAAGGAGACCAAGGAAUUUACUGUUACAACCAAGUCUUCAAAGAGCAGUGAGUACUUGGGAUAUAAAACAUAUACAGUAUGGGUUUCUAGCACAUACAGAUAUACUCCUGUUGCAAUAAAUGCAUGCAUUAUUUCAUUGGAGGUAUAUAUGAUAAAUUGUAAAAAAAGUGUACUAAGAGUACUUUACUUUUUUUUUUUUAAGGAAUGAGGGAAGCUACACUCUGCCUUUAUCAAAUCACUGCUUCAUUGGGAAAAUGCUUCUCCCAUUUUUCUAAAACAGCGUAGACUAAACCUGCUUAUUAAGCAUCCAAAAUCUCUUUACAGGGCUGAUGGUAAAGGAGUGGGUUAUUCAAAGAUUCAUAAUAAAAAAUGUAAAAAUCCAUUGAUAAUUUUAUUCAUCCAUUUCAUGGGAACAACACACAGUCUAAAUAAAAUUACAGGGCAUAUGUAGUGAGGUCUGACACUAUCCUUCAAGCUGUUAGUGGCUGGCAAAGAAUCAUGGGAGUUAUACUGAAAUAGGUGGAUGGCUUCCUCACAUCCUCACGGUUGCUGCACGUUCUGAUCUAAGAAAGCAAUGUCACAUUCUCCUAACUGCACGCACAAUGCCAUCUUACUGUGUCUUCAUAGGUGCGACUAAUGAAAAGGAGAGACGGCUGUUGUAUAAUAUGGAGAUGGAGCAAAUGGCAAAAACCGCCAAAGCACUUAUGGAAGCUGUGAGCCACGCUAAGGCGCCAUUUACUAGCGCAACUCACCUGGACCACGUGCGACCCAUGUUUAAAGUAAGUCAAAAUUGAACUGAGAUAUCAGACAUGUUAAAAGGAAGCCAGCACUUUAUGAUUAUAACAAUUUCUAAUUACCAUGUGUUCAAAACGAACAAGCUUAGUAUUGGUAAAUGUAUCCUUAGGUCAGUGCAGAUGUUUGAAGUUUGUUUUAUAAAGGUAUUUUAUGACAUUAAUGAUGUUGAAAAACUGAUACCUUAAACAGAAUAUUUAAUGUGUUAACAUUGGUCAUUGAAUGCAUUCAUUAUGCAGUUUAUUGUCGCACUCGUAUUAUUAUUUUAUUAUUUAUAUAGCACCAUUAGAUUCUGUAGCGCCGUACAAUGGACCGUAGUAUGAAUAGCAAUCCACUUGCCCUUUUAAUAUGUUUUAAGAAACAAUAAUCCACUUUGCUAAAAUUAGCUAAGCUUGGUGCCUGUGGUCUUUCAUUAUAAUUGUAUAUAAAUACACACUGCUUUUCAGUUAUUUGUCUAAUGAACUGAAUUCCCGCCUUGAAACUAACUCCUAAUAGCUUUUAUUCCAAACUGGGAAUUGUCUAUAAUCAACAAGGGAAUUGCAACAUUUUAAUUCCAGGCAUCAUGAUUACUCUUGUUCUGGGCUGGCUAAUGACACAGCCAGAUGUGGAGUUACACCUCCUGCAUCUGUGUGGUUAAACAUUUCAAAGUGUAUUCUGUACAAGUUGCAGGCACCAUAACCACUUAAGGUUAUGUGGUCACGGUGCUUGAAGUAACGCUUCCGAAUAGCCUUGUUUAUUCUUAAUCAGAUUAAAUGAGAUAAUGUUGGGAUACGUCAAUAAAUUUGUAAGCAGGGAAUGGCUCCAUAAAAUUCCAGGUGUUGUAAUAUAUGAUGAUUUAUUUUUCUGUAGCUAGUCUGGACGCCAUUGCUUGCUGCCUACAGCAUCGGCCUUCAGAACUGUGAUGACAGCGAGGUGGCUAAUCUGUGCUUGGAAGGCAUUCGCUGUGCAAUCCGAAUCGCGUGCAUCUUUAGUAUGCAGGUCAGUGCUGGACCGACAGGAAGCUGGUCAUUUAGAGAGUGAAUGUAUCCAGCAUUCUGAUUGCGGAAGGGACAACUUAAAUUAGGUGGUGAAAACCUGGCAUUGAUUGGGAUGGGGCAUAGUGUUCUGUGAUCUUAAUAUUUAUUUAACCCUCUAGCCAUAUACGAUUUCGCUCUCACAGUAUCUUCCUUGUCGAUUGAAAACCUGUUAAAGUGGGUUUGUUACUAUCAAAAGGUUUCUUGAUUAAAAGCAGGGGAAAAAAUAGAUUUUUGCAAUUAAUAAACUGUUUGUUAUUUGAAUACACGGCAUUGGACAAAACUUUUUGUACCACGUGAUUUUGUGCUGAAUUAAUAAAUCUGUGGCAAUGCUGUAAUUGUGCAGCAGUAACAAUGGAAACUGACAGAAUACUUCUGCCGAUUGCUUUGCUAUUAGAACUUUUCCUGGUAAUGUCUUUAUACACACAGCCUGCUCACUUUGCUGAUUAAUAGUAUUGUAUGGCAAGAGUGAUCUAUACAAGCAACUACAUGGGGGAAGUCAUUAAUAUAAUGUUCUGCUUUUUUAUGUCUUUAUUCUAGCCUUUGUGUAUUUGUUUUAAGUAAUGUUUUAUCAUUUAUGGUUCUGAUAGAAACAUCAAUGCUUGCUAAGUGUUUUGGCAGCUAAAGGAUGAUUAGUUUGUCUCACUGGCUGAUCCUUUGUUAUUUUGGUUGGUCAGCUUGAAAGAGACGCCUAUGUCCAGGCUCUUGCGCGAUUUUCUCUGCUUACGGCGAGUUCCAGCAUUACCGAAAUGAAGCAGAAAAACAUAGACACCAUCAAGACUCUCAUUACAGUGGCUCACACGGACGGAAACUACCUCGGAAAUUCAUGGCAUGAGGUAAUGCCUAUUUAUUCUUUAUGUUGACCCCGUCACCCCCUAGGUGAGAUCUCUAUUUGACAGAAUCUCCCUCUGAGCUGUAGGGAAGGGCAAUUAACAGUCUGUAAAGAAUAAACUCACCUGCUAACAGAUUGUUUUACACUCACUGCGGAGAAAUCCUGUUCAGUUUCACUCCUCUUCCUUAAAACCAUCACCCUUUUUUGUGUUUUGCAGAUAUUGAAAUGUAUUAGUCAGUUGGAACUUGCACAGCUUAUCGGCACAGGUGUUAAGACUCGGUACAUCUCUGGAACUGUGCGCGAUCGGGAAGGAAGCAUUAAGAGUUACACGACGGGAGGAGAGGAGUUCAUGGGGCUGGGAUUAGGUGAGAAAACCGGUAGUAAUCUGGAGCAAAGAUCAUCUCAAAGUGGCUUAUUGACAGUGUUGAGCUGCAGUGUAAUCAAGUUAUGAAAGAGAUUGGAGAGUAAUUCCCUAAAGUGAGAAUUGUUGGGAAUUCAGAGGGAAUUUCAGAAUUCAGACCCAAAUAGCUGAAUUGGAAACCUUUUCCUAGUCAGUUUAAUUUUGAAUUCACUUGGUAAGUCUCGUGGGUUCUUUCAUGGAUCCCUGUUUUGUACAUUUGCACAAAAGUACAACGAUUCUGUGGCCCCAUGACCCUUCGUCUGCCAGGAGCUGGAGACCCAAAGAUGGCCGUGUGAGAGUCUUGUGCCACCAUGAAAAUUCACCCCAUGCACACAAUACGUGCAUUUGAUAGAUUCUGGUCUCCUAUUCAAGUUGUGUUUUUUUUCUACACAUUCAAAUAUAAUUAGUUCUGCUAAAUAAAGAAAUAGUUUUGCAAUAGUUGUACUUGGCAUGAAAGCCAGAAUAUUCUUGUUCUUUUCCAACACAUAGUAUAAAUGGGAUAUGUGUUUCAUGAUUGUCUGUAUUCUGCACAUUUGUCCCUUUAACAUCUGUCACAAAUGGCUUCAUUUUGAAUAAAAAAAAAAAAAAUUUUAGCUAUGGAAGUUGACUUUGGUACCCUAAUUUAUUGACCCCUUGUGGCCCCAAAAUAGUUUUAAAAUGCAUCGAGCAGCCACCAACAAUUCAGGUGUCCAUUAUUGCUCUCUGGAGUCACUGCAUUUAUCGCCACAUUUCAUCUAGACUGUAUGUUCUCUUCCAGGGACACUGGUUGGUGUUGGAGUAGACAAGAAGCAGAUGGCCAGCAUUCAAGAAUCUGUUGGAGAAACUAGCUCGCAGAGUGUUGUUGUAGCUGUGGAUAGGUGCGUUUUAUAUGACUUACAAGAUGAAUGGUGCAUCAGACUCUCAAAACAGACUUGGUGAUGAAACUGAUAGGAUGAUGUUAGUAAGGCCAUGAAACCUCACAGGGUUUCCUGUCUCUAGCCGGCUUACUGACAACUUUCAAAAAUCAGCACGUCUUUAUGCAUAAUUUGUGUUAGGGUUGUUAAUAUACUAUUUAUCUCUGUGAAUAUUCAGGUGACUGGCAUUAAUGGUUAGCUACAUUGACAUUUCUCCUUUUUUUUUUUAAAUAUAUUUUUAAUUACAGGAUAUUUACGGGGUCAACUAGACUUGAUGGAAAUGCAAUUGGUGAGUAUUGCAAACUUAAUAGAAAUAUGUGGGUAUACAGAUUAAAUAUAACCAAACCUACCGUAAAUAUUUUGUGACCUGUUAAUCCAUCUUAUUUUUGGGUUCAAUAAUUUACCUAGCUAUACAUUUAGUUAUGACUUUUGACGAUAGCUUGGUGUAGACGAACAGGUUGGCCUCACCAAGAUGGCGUUUUACCUUUUGUCUCUCGCAGUCGACUUUGUCCGCUGGCUGUGCGCAGUCUCCAUGGAUGAAUUGGCAUCUAUACACCAUCCGCGCAUGUUCAGCUUGCAGAAAAUCGUGGAGAUUUCUUAUUAUAACAUGAACAGAAUUCGCUUGCAGUGGUCGAGAAUAUGGCAGGUGGUUGGUGACCAUUUCAACAAGGUAAAGCUGUUCUUUAAACUCGUGCAGAGGUUGGGUUAUCCUCCUCAUAACUCGGACUUCCUAUAAUCAAGAUAAAUUAUUUUUUUUUACAAUUAUGUAAAACCACUCACAUGCUGAGAUACCGAUUUAUCAACCCUUUUAUCUGGUGAAAGCUGAAAUAGCUUGGUAACUUUAACAGCUGUAACUGGAAGUUUGAUCCUGUAUUGACUCCCAUAGCUUAUCCCAUUUUCUUUGCAUUGUUACUUUGGUUUCCCUCUCUCUCUCUAUUUACCAUGGUAGAAUAUUAAGCCAAUGGCUAGUUAUCUUUCAUUGGGAUGAAACCAGUUCAGUGAUGAUACCUUCACUAUAAAUGUAAAGCCCAAACCAGUAAUAUUUAGUAACUUCCCUAUACUUGAUUCCUUCCAUAUGGCGUUAGCUAUUGGUUUAAGUCUCUGGCAUUGUGCACUCAGAAUUGAUCGAUAAUACUCUUUUAGACACUUUUUCUACUAUUGGAACUUUGAGAACACGACAGGGAUGGGAGUCUAAUGGACCGCUACCUUCUUCCCAUUCUUCUGUCUAUUACAUCCAUAGUUGAGUGAAUGUGUUCUAGAGGUUAACAUGGUCAAGUGAAUAUCGCGUUUAGUGCUUUUUAUAUUCAUGUUAAUUGUUUUGAUCCAUUUUUGCUGUUUCAUCUCGUUGAUCCCAGGUUGGCUGUAAUCCCAACGAAGACGUGGCCAUUUUUGCAAUUGAUUCCCUACGACAACUGUCCAUGAAGUUCCUUGAAAAAGAUGAGUUGGCGAAUUUCCGUUUCCAGAAGGAUUUCUUGAGGCCUUUCGAACACAUCAUGAAAAAGAACAGGUGACUGCUUGUUGAAGGUUCUGUCUAGGUCCUUUACCAAUCUAAUUUUCAGACUCUUUCCUAACUCCCUGUGUUAUCUCUGAAGGUCCCCUACAAUUCGGGAUAUGGUCAUUCGCUGCAUUGCCCAGAUGGUGAACACCCAGGCUGGCAACAUUCGCUCAGGGUGGAAGAAUAUCUUUGCUGUGUUUUACCAAGCAGCCUCUGAACACAACGCAAAUAUCGUGGAGCUGACCUUCCAAAAUGUGGGCCACAUUGUCAGUGAGUAUUGUAUGUGCAGGAUUUCUGCUCUCUCAAGAAGAUAAGUAAUGAGGGAGUUAAUGCCUCCAUUGGCUGCCUGACUCCCGCAUGUUGUACCUCCGGUAGCUAAGGGGUAAAUCUCUGUGCAGCAUUUCAGGGCAAAACACAAUAAAAUGCUUUCUUUUUGGCACUGUGGUCAAAAUCCUGUUUGACACAUUGCUGCAGAAUUGUUGGCACUUUGUAAAUCCUUCAUCCUUAUCCUGUAAAAUAAUAUUCUCUUAAAGGAACACUGUAGUGUUAGGGAUGCAUGUUUGUAUUCCCAACAAUAUAGUGCUGGAGUAUGUUUGGAAGAGAGUAAAAAGGUACUUUGCUCACCUUUUUCCCCAGGUUGUGCUGGCUUGCCCCUCCUCCAUCAGUCUUGAUGGUCUCAACCAAUCCCAUAGGAAAGAAUUGGGAGGCUAUUGCACUGCGCCAAUCAACAUCUCCUCAUAGAUGUUUUGAAUCCGUGCAUCUCUAUGGAUAAUGUUCAGCACCUCCAUGCAGAGCGUGGAGACGCUGAACAUAGGUGCUGCACAAUGUGCAGCACUACCCCAAGAAGAACCUCUAGUGGCCAUCUGAGUGCCUGCACCUAGAGGUGUUACUAGGCAGCAGUAUAAACAGGCAGUGUUUACAUAGAAAAGCCUGCAGGAUAUAAGACACCAGAACAACUACCUUAAGUUGUAUAGUGCCCCAUUAACUGCAGACAAGUGAUGAUUAUUCACCAUUUCUCUAAGGUACUUCUAGGCCAGUGCUAGCCGAACGGUAGUUCUCCUGCUAUUGCUGAACGAUUCCCUAAUAUCUCAGGGUUUUGGAAGCUGGAAUGGUGUUUUGUUUUAAUGUAGUUAUUAUACCCCAUGUUUAAUGAGUUUUCUUGUUUAUUUUUAGCAAAUGUUUUCCAGCAUCACUUCCCUGCAGCGAUAGACUCCUUCCAGGAUGCAGUAAAAUGUCUGUCUGAAUUUGCCUGCAAUGCCGCGUUCCCAGACACCAGCAUGGAGGCAAUCCGACUAAUCCGCUACUGUGCAAAGUAUGUCUCUGAAAAGCCACAGGUACGGAGAACAAGUUUUAUUUAUCGUUCUUAUUAUGGCUUUUCUAUGCUUUCUGCAAAAGUACGCUGAACCAAUAAUGUAUAAGAUUUCAUACAUGUUGUCUGUAACUGUCAUAAUAACAUAUGUCCUCUUAAAGGAACACUAAAGUUUAGGGAAUACAAAAUUGUAAUCCUAUCACUAUAGUGCCCUCUGCCUUCCUUUCCCUGCAGUCCCUACAGUGGCAAAUAAAGGAUUAAAAAAAAAAAAACAUUUUGACACCUACCCAAUUCCAGAGCUGAUGUCCCUCGGUGCUGGGUCAUGCUCCUCUGAUUGCUUAUUUAAUUUCCAUCCACUUACUGCAAACCAAAGCAUGCGUAAAGGGACACUCACUGCCCAAAUAAAUAACUAUUUAGUAGAUUUAUCCUCAAUUAAAACACACGUAUCUUUAAUUAUCUAAAAUCAUCUUGUAGAAACUGCAGAUCUAUUGCCUCUGCUAGUCCUCCCUUCUUACGACGCCCAGACUCUUUCCAAUCACAGACUUCCCAACUCAGCUCGAUGUCUCUGCACGGCAGGUGCUCUGGGCAAUUUGCACAGUCUAACUUUUUAUAUUUGAGGAAUUUGGUGUGAUUAACCAUUCUCUUCCUGUGUUCCAGGCUCUGAGAGAAUACACUAGUGACGAUAUGAACGUAGCGCCCGGUGACAGAGUCUGGGUCAGAGGAUGGUUUCCUAUCUUGUUCGAACUCUCCUGCAUUAUUAACAGAUGCAAACUGGAUGUAAGAACAAGGUAACUGUAUCUAUUUGGAGCAAGUGACUCUCUAUAAUCAUCCUUCCAUUCAGGUUUUAGUGGAGAGAAAGGGGUAUUGUGUUGAGUGUUCACAGAGCGCAAUAGGAGGAAUCCUGGGACAUCAGUCUGCCGCAAUGUGAAUUGAGCUCUGAUAAUAAUCGCAUGAUGUAAGAAGACAUUUUGCAAGUCUUUCUGCAGAUGGUGUACAUUUUAUUUGGGCUAUUAGUGAUAUGAGUACAAAAUAACCAUAAUCUUACCUGUGUUUUUUUGUCUACCCAGAGGCCUCACGGUAAUGUUUGAAAUAAUGAAAAGUUACGGGCACACAUUUGAAAACCACUGGUGGCAUGACCUGUUCAGAAUUGUUUUCCGGAUUUUUGAUAACAUGAAACUCCCAGAACAGCAAACAGAGGUGAGAACUAACGCUUAAAGACCCAAAUGGCUGUCUGCAAUAAUUUAAAGGUACUCUUUGUCCUCCACUCAACAUGACAUUUGAUAUGACACCCUGCCCUCCAGGUGGGAUGUUGUCCUAUUGGAUCAGUUUGCUCCUUGGACUUUCCCAGCCCCUAGAUGUAAGAACAAAAAGUAGUACAUUGGACACUCCGCUGCCCACUAAACACUGUGUACUCUUAAAAUGGGGAAUUGAGGGGGCUGACAAUCGCACAAAACAACCUUAGCGUGAUAAUAGCCAUUUAUGCUACUAAUCAUUUGGGGCUCAGUUUACGCCAUGCUUUCAAUAUGUUUUUUCCAGAAGUCAGAAUGGAUGACGACAACCUGUAACCACGCACUUUAUGCAAUCUGUGAUGUGUUUACGCAAUUUUACGAAGCUCUGAAUGGCAUUCUACUGUCAGACAUAUUCACGCAGUUACACUGGUGUGUGAAACAAGGUAUGUUGGAACUUGUGUGGGCUGUUUAAACCCAAAUAAAGAUUUUCUCUGGAGUCACAAUGUGUUCUAAGGCACUAGCUUUCAUACGAGCCCUACGGGAAGUUUAUAUUCUGUCUAUUCUGUAUAUUGCAGAUAAUGAACAGCUAGCACGCUCUGGAACAAACUGCCUGGAAAAUCUCGUUAUUCUUACUGGAGAGAAGUUUAGUCCCGAGGUGUGGGAUCAGACGUGUACCUGUAUGUUGGAUAUCUUCAAGACCACCAUCCCAAGCGCGUGAGUGUCUUAUCCUGCUUUGCAUGUAAUGUUUUAUUUCUUGCUGAGUUCUAAUACUAGAAUUCUGCUCAGACUAUAUUCUGUUUGUCUUGGCUCUCAGCAGUCUGACUGCAUUAUGAAAAGGGAAAACAUUUGAAUGCAAACACUAGUGAAUAGCGAAAGGUCGGCCCGUCCUGGGAGUUGCAGGUCUUGGCAUACAUUGUUUGCCAAGUGCAUAAAAGUCCAGCUCAGCUGAGUCCCCAUUAACAUUAAAAACCCCUAAGGACACAUGAUGGAAUUAUUCCGUUAUGAUUCCCUUUUAUUCCAGAAGUUGUGUCCUUAAGGGGUUAAUUAACUUUUUUGUACAGCUGGGUUUUGAUAAUUGGUAAUUGCCUGAAUUCAACUCACCAUGGACUUUACCUAACAGCAGGAAUUAUUUUGAAGUUCAGCUUAGACCCGCCUCCCAUUUAGCCCAGCCACCCUGUUUGCAUAAUGAACUUCUAUUGAAAUUUCCGUCAGGUUACUGAGCUGGAGACCAUCUGCGAUGGAAGAUGAUACGUCAGAGAAACGUUUUGUAAGUUACUUUAUUCCAAGCAUUCCUAUUCACUACCCAACGUGCUUUAAAUAAAAACUUUUAAACAUUAUACUAAGAAAUAAUUCUAUUUUAAUCUCCUGUUUGAGUACUUGAAAAUAUAUCUUAAUAAAAUCCUCAUUAUUGACUGUAUUGAGCCAGAAUCCUAUUACUCAUGGCUCUAUGUAGAUGGGAUUAACAUGACGCCAAACUCACAUGCGCCAGGAGACAGGCUUAAUAUAGACCACUAUAGACAGCAAGCAAUGAGUUAACUCUUCGCCGUGAUUGAUAGCGCCCUCUACCGGUCAUCGCACAUGUUUUUACUUACCUUGUUUGUGUUCAGAUCCGUUGUAAGCCCUGUAAACCCCUGCAACAUUUUGACUUGCGUCUGUUAAUAUCUUAUUCUGUUUGUCAGGAUUUAGACAUUGAUCGCCAGUCCAGCAGCAGUCUGGAUCGAAAUCCCUCUGAGAGAGCUCAUAGCCAGCUCUCCAACACUACAGAGGAAAACUGGAGAGGGAAGUCUAGUGAGAGUGAGUAUUAAAGUGAACCAUCUGUGCAACAUUUCUUUAUCUACCAUAACUUGGUUACAAAACGGUGUUUAUUUACAGAGCAAAAGAUUUUGUUUGUUUUUACCUGUCAGCAUCAUAGAGGAGAGUAAAGUGCUGCUGAUGUUGAUAUAUUUAGUACUUUUCGAGUGUAUUAUGGGGGUGCAGAAGAUUCUCCCAAGGAAUUGUACUGAUUUCUUCUUGUUGUGCAAUGCUGAACACACAGGUUAUGAGGAACAAUGAGAGAAGCAAAGAAAGCCUUGAGACUAAUAACUUAUGUGUAACUUCAUUCAUUUUUCUGUUCUUUAAUCUUUUCAUGAAUGAAACUUUCACAGCAGUGUCUGUUUUGCACAUAUACAGCUUUGGUACACGUUUUAUAAGAAAUCAGUAAGAGUUGCACUUAUCCCUUAAACCCCAAAAGCACAAUCUCAAGUGUGCGUGAAAACCUCAGACUGGACUCUUCCUUGUCCGCACAGACACCACAGCCAAUGCAAACAGAGUUGAUGCUUCUGUUAAAACUGUUGGAAUGUCGGAAUCUUGGAUGGUCUCUGUGACUAGCAAUCAGUGUUCAUAUUAGAUAGUUCUCUGAUAUGUGUUGUUGAGUGAUCCCCUAAAUUAAAUGCUUCUCCCCUUUCAUUUAUUGGUUUAGAGUUGGCUGACCAGAAACUGUUUGCUGGGCUUCUCAUUAAGUGUGUGGUGCAGCUUGAAUUAAUCCAAACGAUCGAUAAUAUCGUUUUUUACCCGGCUACUAGUAAGAAAGAGGAUGCUGAGCAUUUGGCAGCUGCACAGGUAAGUGUUAUAAAUCUGUAGGUCUCCGUGACUUCCUGAGUUCAGACUGUAAGCUUUUUGGACUAGCCAUGCUCAGGCAGAACGUUAUGUUUGAAUAGAGUCCUUCUCGUCUCUUGUUUCUUUAUGCUUUAACGUGUUUAUUGUAUGCCCACAGUACUGCGCACCUAAAUAUGUUGGUGUGCUGUAAUUAUUAAUAAUCAGAAUUUGUUCUUAUUUUUAUAUUUAAAUCCCUCCCCGGCAUUGCAUUGAAUAUUGACUUUGUGGAGGUCCUAACUGAGGUUUAACAAUAAUACAGAGAAAUGUUUUGAAGUCACGUUCAACCAUUUAUUUAACAAUUUCCAAUCCCUCCAUACAGAGAGAUGCUCUGGAGAUGGACAUCCAUAUCGAGUCUGAGGACCAAGGAAUGUAUAAAUUCAUGUCAACGCAGCAUCUCUUCAAACUGUUGGACUGUCUGCAAGAGUCGCACUCCUUCGCAAAGGCCUUUAAUUCCAAUAACGAACAGCGGACAGCACUCUGGAGGGCAGGUAAACUAUUGGAUGAAUUGAAGAUCUUUGUUAGACAAAGCUGAAUUUUACAUUUGUAUCCUCUGAUUGGGGACCGAUUUACAUCAGCUUGGCUAUAUGCAAUGCACACACAUGUACAGCAUGGUAAUUACUGAAGACAUAAUGCCAUACAAAGCGCGCAAGACAUGUUUUUAUUCUCCUUUUACAUUGCAGCUUUUUAACAAUCCUUACAAUUUUAGAAUUUGUUUUGUGUUUUUUACUUGGUCAGUCUUUUGUGUUUUACCACAAAAUCCAAUCUUUGGGUUUCCUUUAAUGCCAUUUGAUUGUAAAGCAAGAUUAACUUUAUUUUAAUAAAGAUUCCAAUUUCCCAAUCCCUUCCUUCCUUUCUUUUUCCCACCUUUGUGACAUCAGCUCAAAAGAAAAACAUGUUUGUUUAUAUAACAAGAAGUGGGCGUGUUUCAUUUUUAUUUCUUCACUAAAUAGGAUUCAAAGGGAAAUCGAAACCUAAUCUGUUAAAACAAGAAACCAGUAGCCUCGCCUGCUGUUUGAGAAUCCUUUUCCGAAUGUACACAGACCAGAACCGCCGAGAUUCGUGGGAGGACAUAGAAUCACGGCUUUUAAAGUAAGCGUAUUAUUCUGUUAGGACUUGUAAGCAUUAAUAAUAUAAAAGAGAGAUAUUCUUUACAUCUGGAACCUGUUGAUCCAUACAAUUUCCAACAACUUGUUAUGGGGGCCAAUGGUAGCAGAGCUAAAAAGGUAGAAUGCUUUGUUUCGGGCGCACAUACCCUAUAUUCAGCUCACAUUCUGCUGGCCUAUUAGAAAUAAGCGCCUAGAGUAGGUAUAUGCAUUUGGCACCCUCUGCAGGCGAAGGGCUAGGACUAGUGAUGUUAUAUUUACAGUAAAUGGAUGAUUGACUGUGCAAUCUGUGUUUCUUGUUUUAUCUGUCCAUAAAGAAUAAGAAUGUCAUUAAGUUAUCACUCAUUAAAUCUGUUAGACAACUCACGAGAUUGAGGAUCAUUUUAAACUCAUUAUCCGCUGGUCAUAUUUCUGUGUUAGACCAUUUAUCAGCAGAUUGGCGACUUGCUGUAUUCAUAUUUUGGUAACAUGGCAGUCUUUGAAUUGUUGUGGGUAAUGGUUGAGGGAAGUAAAGUACUCGUACUGCAAAUCACUGUCAGUUCUCCGUGGCUUGUCUUUCAGUGUCUGCAGUGAAGCUCUGGCCUACUUCAUUACUGUCAAUUCUGAGAGCCAUCGGGAAGCCUGGACCAACCUGCUGCUCCUACUGCUCACCAAAACCCUCCGAGUCACUGAUGAAAAGGUACCGCAGCCAUAAAAAUAAUCAUUUUACCUGGGGGUACAGCUCGAUUACUUCAUGGCCGUACUGCCCUGUUUCACAGAGAAACAAUGCUGAGAGAAGCAUGUCACAGUAGAAGUAUCAUCACAUAUCAGCAUUAUUGGUUAUAAUGUCCUCCAACGUGAUCCUAUAGUAGCCUUGGGUAUAGUAAUAUGUAUUUGAUUGAUAUGUUGUAGAAGCGGUGGAUAGAUACAAUGUAUAUUAUGGUAACUGUAUGACCAUUAACAUGGAUGGCAGCUGUACAGUUAUUAGUGUAUAUUUUAGCAGCCAUAAAGCCAUUGUCAAUUCAUUUAGGAAUUUGAGUCAAAACAAUGGACCGGCCAUUUUAAAAAUAAAAUUCCAUUAUUUAUUUUAUUUAAUUUUUUUCCUUUUUGAAAUGACCCAUGAUUAAUCUCCCAAGACUCUGUUCUAUGUACCUGCAACCAAUUCUUUUUAAUUUUUUUUAUUUACGUGUCAAAUCCUAUUCUGAAAUUUGGCCCACCUUGUGUUCGAAGCUCUGUUCCUAGUAUUAUUGUGAAAUUGUUAUUUUCUGUACAUUGAUAUAUCAUGUAGAACAAUAAUGUUUUGAAAUUUUACUGAAUUUUUUUUAUUUUAUUUUUUUCUCUCUCAAAGUUUAAAGCUCACGCUUCAAAGUAUUACCCCCACUUGUGCGAAAUCAUGCAGUUUGACCUCAUUCCAGAGCUGCGUGUUGUGCUGCGGAAAUUCUUUCUUCGUAUCGGAGUCGUUUAUAAGAUCUGGAUGCCGCAAGAGCAAACGCGAGUUGCUGAAUCCUGUUUAUCAGUGUAACGUUUAUUGACAAUGAGUGUGUGCCCCCUGACUGCGGGCAUUUUACCCUCCAGCUCUGCCUGGCUUUAGUGUAGCAAACCCAGUGCUGCUAAUUUGGGAGUUUGUGCGCUGGAGACCAAUGUUUGACAUGAAGGUUACGGUUGACAGCCAUUCUUAUUAUUCUCAGAAGUGGCCCUUUAUUGUUCAGGGUCACUCUUUGUGUUGAACAUGUCGUAAAAGAGAACAUUCAUAAUGUCAUUUUUCUUGUCCAGGCCGAAUGAAGAGAAUGCAGCGAAUCCAUGCAUUUAGUGCUUCAAUGGGUUAAAUUAAACUUUGUGUUUGCGGUUUGGAUUUUCGUUGUUCCUUUUUAAAAAAACAUGUCAUCAAACACGCUUUACAUUAAUCAUCAGAGCAUCUAAACAGCUUUACAAUAAUCCCACAGUUUUUAAUUUGAUUUCUGCGUAUUACAUUUUACCCUGUCUGAGUAUGCUGGGGGUUCUUUUAAAUCGCCUGCUCCAGUUAAAAAAACAAAAACAAAAAAAACCUCUGCAAAUUUUAAAGAGAUCGCCAGUCAAUCAGAAGAUCUCAGGUUCAUGCUGGGAAAAGAUGUUGUAAGCACUAGAGACAGGUAAUGUAGGAGCAGAUAUGUCAAACGCAACAUGUUGCUUGUUGUGUGACAAUCAGCUGUGGCAAAUAAUUGCUGUUAAUACAGACUACUGUGGACUGUAUAUGCUCUUCCGAUUAAUCUAAGAUUUAUUUCAGGCGAGGAGUCUGCUCUACAAAAUACACUUUAAUUUCUUUAAUAAUGGACUAUUUGUCAUAUUGAUUUUUAAAUGGAUGAGGUUAAUCUGAUGAUAUAUUUUUAUUUUUGUUACUCGGUUGAAUAUUUGGGGGAUUUUAUUUAUAUUUUCCGGUUUACCUUUCCAGCUGCAGAGUUUGGUGAGCCGUGCUUUUUUCAGCAAUGGCUUCUUCCCACCUGCAGCCCCUAAUCCCGGCAGCAUUCCGUCUCCUGUAAUUUGCACUUUCUUUGCUAAAAUAAUUUUCAGAAAAAAAAAGAUGUUUAAACCUCAGGGUCUGCUGUUCCAUCACUAGAAGGGUCAUCUGCUCAGAAGUCCAUAUAAUGAGUUUACUAAUAGGAGCAUCUUUAACCCAGGACAUACUUGAAAAUUAGUCGACCCUAAAUGUUUCCUUUUAAUGCUCUGUGGUAUUUAGAGGAAAAACUGUGAGCGAGAUUAAAUUUCGGCUUGCUUUUUUUCUGUUUUCUCUCUUUGUAUUGAGGCUAAACUGCUCCAGGUGUGAGGAUGUAAGGGCUGCCAAACAAUAAUAAAUAAAAUUCUGUGAGAUCAGUAAGGCAAAUGUAGGUUUUCCCCAGUGAGCAGGGAUUUUCUGUUGUGAGCAGAAAUUUCAAAGAUACUGACUUAUUGGCAGUGUGAGAAAUAAGUCAGUGAGUGUGUGUGUAGACCCAGGUUGGGAAUCCACCGCACCACGGUGUGAGUCUCAAAUUAAACUAGUGCGGGAACCGGUCGGCUUGGGUAAUGGCAUAGAAACUAAUGAAAGUGGCUUUUCUUUCACAAAUGUCAUAUAGGACAUGAUAAAUCACAGGCGUCAAUCAGUAUUAUAAUUAGCUUCCAAUAUCCAUGCAAAAAAUAUUUGGUUUACUAUUCCAUCAAGGUAUUUAAAAUUUAUUACCAAAAAUUUCAUAGUAUAAACUGCUCCUAAUAUAACGCCUAAUAUUCCCCCUCUGAAAAUAGUUUUUUAUUUAUAUAAUUUUUUCUUUUUUUUAGUUUGCAGCUGAGGUAGUGUGAGUGCUUAUAUGCAGUCAUAUAAAACAAAAUAUUGCAAUUAUUAUUCACAAAAUACCAUUUCUAGUGGUCUGACAUCUAGUAAGAUGGUGGUCAUGAUUCAGUCUGUUUGUACGAUUUGUUAGUAGGAAACACAAUGUCUCUUAAAGUGGUUCUGUCGUUUUUAUUUAUUUUCUUUCCAUUUUGAUAUUCUCGUGCCUCCUCUAUCAUAAUGAUUAUACUCCCUCCUUUGCAACUUGUCUUUAUUUAGAUUUCUUGUCUUCCUUGUGCUGGAUCUCAAUACCUGGGUGCAGCCAUUUUACUUCCCUCUGUCAAUGUCUGCUGUUUGCCUUCUUUCACAUUAAUUUUACUGAUGGAUUGUGGGUGAAUGUGAUUGGUAACUGAAUCGAAGCCUUACUUUAAUUCCUGCUCACCCUCACAUUUUGUCAACUUGAUUUCUAUACAAAAGAAAGUGAUCCCUACAUUUCUUUAUAUAUUUAAUAAAAACCAUGGCACUCAGAGAGGAAAAACAAUCUAAGGGUAUAUCUUCAGACACAGAGGCGAUAUAAAAGCAGAUUUGAUAAGGUUUAUUUACGACAGAGCUGCUUUAAGAUUACUGAGCGGUGAGCUUGGUUGCCUUUGUUAAUACCAAUACUGUAAGAACGUUUUAUAGUAUAGGAUUGUUCGUCAGGCAUUGAUCUUGUGAUUGGAUGGUAUUGUCACGUGACCCGCUGUGAUCCCUCCAACAUGGCUCCUCACAUCACAUGACAUCACUGUAUUAAUGGGCUCUUGCAUCCAGCAUAUAAUACGUGUAGAAUCCAUUGCCUGUUACAGAAUAUAGCUGAUCUCGUUUUAUUUUGCUGCAUUCUGGGAGAUUUGUUGUGGGUGGAGGGAUUGAGUAUUUUGUUUCGGGGGGAGGGGUUUUUUGUUUUGUUAACGUUGCUGAGCCAAUGCCAGGUCACAGUUGUUUGGUCUUUAAUAUACUUUUUUUAGUUGACAGACCUUAUGUUCCACUUUUGGGAGCAGAGAUUUGGGUGGGUGAUUACUGCAACAGUCCCCCUUGAUUAACCCUUUCCUUUCUCACAUCCCUGCCUUCUCACUUAGACACCAUGUGCUAAUAACAGGUGUGAUUAGAUCAUCUUAAAGAACUAUUUAUAUGUGCACACUGCGUAGAACUACCAUCUCCAAACCCAUCACUGCGUUUAAAGUAUUGUUACUGAGAAAAUAAGAAGGAAAACAAAGUAUCUUUUUUUUUAAUCAAAGAUGCUGGGGUUAAUUCUCUAAACUGAGCGUUUACAGAGAAAUUCCACCUUUUAAGCCAGAAUAGUGUUGGACCAUUUCUCAGCAUGGCUCGUUUACCCUAAAAUGUGCUUUUUUGCUAUUACAUGGUCUUAGCUACAAGAUUUCCUAUUUAAUGAAUAAACAGUCUAUCUAGGAUUGGAGGUAUGGAGGGAAGCAAAUUCAUAUUUACUAGUAAGAGGCCUUCCUCUAAUAUAUGUACGUCCUGUGUAUAUUUUGCUCACCAAUCUUCUGUUUAAAAUAUCUAAAUAGUAUCCUUUCCUCUAUAAAUUAUCCACGCGUUUUAGGAUAUGUCCUAUCAGCGUUGCUAUGUCAAAGAUUUUGAUUGGAAAAAGUUCUCUGUCUGCUGGAUGUAUACAUUUUAAACAACACAAUUUAAGAUAUAUAUGAAAAGCUCUGUAAAGUUUUCUAUGUAAUAUAUAAUGUACUAUAAGGGUAUAAUCUCAUACUUUAAUCAGGUGGUAAAUCAAUAAAGUUUUAACGGUGAUUUGUGUCCAUUAUUCUGUCACGUGUCAGAUGUUAAUGUUCUUCAAGCUUUAUUUUAAUUUUUUGUUAAAAAGUACCUUUUUUCCCAGUGCCAUGCGUGUCUGCCGGCGCCGCCCAGAUCAGCCUCUUUGGCUGACAUCAGAACUAAUUAUCUCAGCCAAUCCAGUGCUUUCCCUAUGGGAAGGCACUGGAUUGGCUGAGAUCGCCAAGGAGGCAGGGCCAAUCCACGGCCAGGCCAAUCCGCAUCUCCUCAUAAGGAAAGAUCAGAGUCUCCAUGUAGAACGUGGAGACUGUCUCAGGAAGCACCUCCGGGGGCCACUGGGGGAGUCCCUAGGCUUUAAUGUAAGUAAACACUGCCUUUUCUCUGAAAAGACAGUGUUUACAAAAAAGCCUGCAGGGACUGUCUAUACUCACCAGAACAACUACAAUGGGCUAUAGUUGUUGUUGUGCUGUCUAUCGUGUCCCUUUAAAUUAAAUGCAAAACGUUUCAAGAUAUCCAUUUCACAUAUAUCAUCAGUACUUAUUUUAUAAACAUUUAAAAACACAAAUCAUACCAACAUUAUUCUAAAUACUAUAUGAAAAAAUAUACCACAUUCGGUCAAGUCUGGGAAGUAUUAGAUAUUUAUUUUUUUCAAACCAUCUUGUCCAAAUGUUAUAUUUCUCCAAGAUGUUACAAUUAUUUAUAGAAUACUUCUUUCCAUCUGUAAUUGAUAUUCUAAUUGGUUAAAAAUGUUUAUAAAUCACACUUUUCAUUACUUGUGCAUUUUCUGUCAAAAGUGUUAAAGGACAUAUGGCUGACCAGGUGGGCUGAGUGGCAUCUCAGGAUCUCACAAAGCACAUUUCUGUCCAAUUCAGGCACCAAUCUCUCGAGCAGAUCAUCCUCCUCCCUCCCAGAGUCAAGAGGGCAUUAUCUUGGUGAAGAAAGAAUGAACAUCUGUUUGUAGGAUUUCCUCUCUGAGAAAUAGCCUAUAGGGGCUGAAACUCAGGUAGCAGGGUCUGAUUUCCUAAACGGGUAACGCUAAUGUUUGCCCCUUUUGGCAGUUCUGGUUAUGUGUUUUUUGUCAGUGGCCCACCCUUAGACUUCCUGCUUUACUGGACACUGUUGUUAGGAGGUAUGGGUUUACUUGAAAGAUGAAAGCGUGAGAUUAGCAUAGGGUAUGUGUUUCUCAUAGCUGCAUCCUAUGAGUUUCCCUCCAGCACCAUCUCCAUCAGAUACAUGACGCUUAGGAGGUAGGACUGUUUUAGUGUUUUUGGUCAAUAAGAUUUUGUAACAAGGCCCAUCAUAAUUGUCAGCACUGGGCUCUUAAUCUUGCCUUGAACUCCACUUACAGUGAGAAAACAAAUCAUUACGCCAAGGGAGGCAAAACUAAACGUGCUGAUUUAAACCAAUCAUUGCACGUCCUUCAAACCUCAAAUGACCAACAGGGUCUCACUAGCUCAGCAGAAUAAAAUGUUCUUCAUCAGAUCUCUGGUUACAUUGUGAAGGUCUAUUUCCAUGCUGUGACCUGUCCAUAAUGCAUAAGAUGUCCUUGUGGGUUCAUAUGGAGCCUUUAUGCAGUAUGUUGGGUCAAACUCCCACCCACAGAAGUAGACCGUUGGCACAGAACAUUUGGGCUUCUUGUAAAAUGUUGUAGUGGGAGCCUUAAAAAAAGCAUAGUAUGAUGACAGGGUGGUUUGAGGAAGGUAGGGUUGGUUAUUUAUUUAACAGUUUUUAUAAAGUGCUCUUAUCCAAAGCGCUUUACAAUUGUAGAUUAUGCUAACGUAGUGUACCUAUAAUCUUAAUUUUAAUAAUGACAGGAGGCGAAUAUUUUGCAUAACUUUCUUUACUUUAUGCCUCCAGCAGCACAAGUCAAUCAAUAAACUUUAAACCAAUCAGUAACAGGCAUCACAUCCAUAUAUAAAGCCCUGACAGACACAUGACUUCCUCUUUCUUUGAUGCGAAAAACAGUCUAUUAUAACGUCAGGGAAUUCAAAUAACAGUCCUGAUUAACGUGUAGCACAUAACUUGAAACGAAACUUGAAACCUUCCAGCUUUAUCUUGUCGAAUCCAUCUAUGAUGAUUACGCUGAAAAGAACAGAAAUAUGUGAAAGGAGAUGGAAACCAACUGUUGUCCACAUUAAAUCCAGUACUAUAUGUGUCUAUAUUAAUAUUAAGUUAAUAUACUGAAACAUUAAACAAACCAUAGUAUACUUAAUAAUCAACACGGAUCUAACACAUGUCAACCAAAUAAGCAUCCCAUAAAUAUACUGAAUUACCAAAACCUUAUAAUUUACACUGAGAAAAUGAUAAACCAGAAUAUAAAAAUUUUCCAGAGUAUAGGGAGGGAAAAUAUUCGCCUCCUGUCAUUAUUAAAAUUAAGAUUAUAGGUACACUACGUUAGCAUAAUCUACAAUUUUAUCACAUGACAGGAGGCUUCAUAUUUUGCAUUUUUAAAGCUGUGGUAUGAGCGAGAAGGAUGCGUGUGUGGUUGACGAAAAUAAAUAUAUGGAAGUAGUCUAUCCGUGUCCAAUUCAUUGCUGAAAAUAUAGAGGCCCCCUCGUGAAGGCCUCAGAAGCAGCUGCGCCUCUUACCGAAUGAGUACCCAAACACGUCUCCACCCUCGCUAGCGAUUACAACCAAUGAACCCAUCUAGACAGAGUGUUCAUGGUAACUGGCUUGUACGGUUGGUAUAAGACCAGCAGAUGUCCUGAAUGUGACAUUCUAAGUGUUGUCGUGAUCUCCAUGUAACAAAGUACCGCUUUAACUGCACAAAGACUGGGAAACCGUCGGUAACAGGGAACGAUACGGACGCGGAUAAGAUAUAGUUCUACGAGACACUGCAGAAAUCAUUCUUUCUGGUGAUACCGAAAAGACCGUCUACGUCGAACUCCAGUACAUCUGAUACCCGACGAAAAGACCUAAAACUAACGUGACUCUGGCUAACGGCUGACUGAGGGAUAGGACCGUGAUAUCUGACUAGCUCCAAAAGAACCAAAUCAAAGUCCCACACCAGUGAUACUUUGACGCAUGGUUCUGGACGGUUUGAUACCCCGCAGAAAAUGGCAUAUCAAAGGCUCUUGAUUGACCGGAGUGUCGUGAAUCGUGCUAUGCGUCGUCGAAAUCGCGGAACGUAGCCCGUUAAUGGAACGUUCCGAUCGGCCUGUAGUGAAAAGGUAUGAUAAAGAUCCAGCAUCGUGGAGAUAGGGGUAAUAAAGGGAUCGCAGUCCCUUCCCAUACACCAGCGAACUCCAGGUGUUCCAUGCGGAUAAGUUAUUUCAGGGAAUACCUAGUGUCCAUGAGUCCCAUAGUAGGUCUCUAGUUGGUUGCCAUACCAGUCUCCCCGGGAAGACACCAAUCUACCAACUCCAGAUGCUUCUGCAUUAUCAAUGGAUGAUGUUCUCCUUUUGGAUCCGCCCGAAGGCAAGUUAAAACGGAAGGAGCAGAGGAUGAUCCUGAUUAAGGACAACCCUUCUGGGUGUCACACUUGACUCCUUUACCGCAGUAAUGAGUACUAUCGAAGUCUUCGCUAUUCUGAUCCCAAUUUCAUAGGUGUGUCCGUAUCUCAGGCAGUGAGCUUUAAGCCACUGUCUGGCCCGGUAGUGAAGCAGUCCUGGGAAAUAGUCAAAGGGUUAUGGUGCCUUUCCGCCGUACCUCCUUACGAAUCGUCGCUAUCAAUGAUGUGGGAAGGUGUAAUCCGCCCAAGGUGGAAUCUAUUCUGAAGUAGAGGAACUGAAUCACUCGGAACUGGGAUCGAACCGACUCCUCUCUGUUCACUAUGAAUCCCAACAAUUCCCGAAACUGUAAACAUAAAUCUCGUUUGUAAACGUAGUCAUGAAUUGGAUUUGCAAAAAGUAAGUCGUCUAGGUAUGUGACAGCAGAUACCCUUUGCUUUUCAGUGCGCCGUGACCGACUUCAGAAACUUCAUGAGGCACCAUGUGAACCUAUAGGUAAGUGCCCUUCAAGUCCAACCUUGUAGAUCCCCUAAGAGAUGGAUACCUUCCUUCUUGAGUUGUCGGUACGCCCCAAAACCAUUGGGUUGGCAUAGGUUGAUGACUGGGUGAUAGUCUCCUAUCUUCUUCCUUACUACCAAACCGUUGCUGAGAUAAAUGGUUCUCCAAACGAUAGUCCGUCCGCCUGAGGUCCUCGCUCUUUCGUCCCUAACUUCAAUAGUUUGAAAUCCAUCUUUAAUCGGGCUGCUUUGCGCCGUUCUGUGCACCUGUCUGCCUUGCGUUCCCCAACCUACAUAUUGCCCUUUGCACCCAUUCCCUCACAUCGUGAGCUUCUAGAGGUGAGUCUUGUGUGGGGUCAGGUCCGCAAAGUAUAGAAUUUUUUCCCAGGCUGAUCAUAUCCAGUAUUUCAUCUUAACUCGUUUUGAGUCCUCCUCCUACACCUUUACAUGGACCCCGGCCUGAUCGGGACAUACAUAUCACCACGAGCUCCAUAGUGAGGACUAUCUUGUUCGGACAUAGAGGGCGUGGGCAUUCCAUCCAGAGCCUGUCUCGGAUUUCUUUUCCCAUAGGCCUCCUAAGCCAGAAGUGGGCCCGGUGCUCCGGUUAACCCCAUUCGGAUGACCCUGGUUGUCGGAUGGUGCGUGAGUCAAAACAGGAGUGUCCAGUGUGCCAAAGAAAAAAACCUUUCUUGCUAGGCGGGUCUUGUCACUUUUACCUCUUCUGCCCUCCAUUCUUUCAUAAUCUCCAGAGAAGGGGGUGGAGGAUGAAGUCCUCGUCCCCUGAUAAUGGGUGUCCGACCUAAUGUCGGUAUCUCAAUCUUCCAUUGGUGUUGCUGCCGUUGCACCCGCUCUGUCGGAUGGGUUGUUAGCCAGCAUACUGGAGAGGACUUCUUCCCCCGGAGCUGUCAUGGUGGCCAUAAUCCUCGCCUGAAAAUCGGUCGGGGAUAUUGAGGUAAGUCCGACAUGUUGGUUCACACCCUUUCGGUCCGUGGGAGACAGGAUCGUACAACAGUACACUUAUUGCCACUCAGUGGGCCUCCGCGUAUAACUGGGGGUCACCCAGAAUUUUGAUCAAUCAGUAUCAUUUUCGCAGGAUCCGGGGAGUGGUCUGAGAAUGAGGACACCCUCAGUAAGACCGGGAUGAGCGGUCUGCAAUGUCGGGACGUAGCUCGAGUCUGGGAGACGUGAAAGCCUCUAUAAUAUAGUCCACGGGGUUCAUCCUUAUAUGGUCUAGAAUUGUGGAGUUUUGGCAGCACUGUGAGUUCUCCUUCUCAGUUAAGGGAAGGGCGUACAGAACCCCAGUUGAAGCAUAGAGGUGCCAGAAUACAUGCAUCUAGUGCGCCCUGGUCUGUGCAUACAAUGACAGAGAGUACUCUGAAGGUAGAAGCCCUAGAAAGGGUGCGGGGGGUCACUAGCACCAGAGUAAGACUCGCUUGGGGUUCACCCAGCAUAGGGGGGUCACCCCUGUAUGAAUGUCUCUUAUGGCAUGUUGGGACACUCUUUCGGUCUAUGGGGUACCGAACAGGUGUCAGGUACGGUAGUACACUUAUUGCCACUUAGUGGGCCUCCACGUACGGCUGGGGGUCACCCAGAAUUGUUUCAAUCAGUACCACUUAGAGAUUUCCUGGGAGUGGUCUGAGGAGGGGAUCACCCUCAAUAAGACCGGGAUGAGCGGUCAGUAAUGUCGGGACGUAGCCCGUGUAUGGGGAGGUAUGGUAGCCUCCAAAUUAUCCAAGGGGUCACCCUUAUAGGAUAUAGUACUGUGGAGAAUUGGCAGCACCGUGAGCUCUCCUUCCUGGCUCUGUCGAUAUACAUGUAUUCAGUGUGACCCGGUCUGUGCAUACAGUAACAGAUCGUACUCCGUGGAUAUGAGCCCGCCCUAGGGCGUGGGGGUUCCCCCCAGUAUAUGUAUGUCACUAGUACCGGAAUAAUAUUCGCUUGGGGUUCACCCAGCGUAGGGGGAUCACCCCAGUAUAUGUAUGUCACUAGGACAGGAACCAGAUUCGCUUGGGGGUCACCCAGCGUGAGGGGGGUCACCCCUGUACCACAAUGUCACUUUGGAGAGGUGUCUGCCACGCUUGGGGGUCACCCCUGUUAAUCACUCCAUUAUGUGCCUCCACUACUGUGUCCUGGGAGGUGUAUCCCUGUGGGGAAGGAGUGUAUCCAAUGGUUGUGAGGUCCAGUGGGAGUAGGGAGCGGAGUAAGAUAUCAGCUCUAUUUAAUUUCCCUGCCAGUAGAUAGAGUAAUGCAUCCACUAUAUGCCCACAGCAGGGGACAGUCCAUUCAUAAUCCUCCAGAUGUACAAUAAAACUGUUAUUCAACAUGUCAAUUGUAUAGAACAGAAUAGAGCAAACUGUCAGCAGAUGCACACAGCAGGGAUCAGUCCUACAUAUUCAUGUAGAGUUACAUAUAAAACUUUUAUUUCACAUGCCAAUGAAAUAUGACAGUAUAGAGCUCAGCAGUGAACAGUCCAUUCAUAAUCUUCCAGAAAAGGUACAUAGAAAACCUUUAUUCCACAUGCCCAUGAUAUGUAACAGUAUUGAGCUCAAAAGUACUUGUAAAACUUUUAUUUCACAGGGAAAAUAUAUGAAACAGUAUAGAACUAGCUGCCAGUUCGUGGGAAUCACGAACUGGCCAAACGACGUGGCCGACGUGAAUCUUGCGAGUGCCGCGAGAUUCAAGAUGGCCGCCGUUCACGCGCAAAAGUGCUGUGCGGCCCGCGAUCGAGGAUACAAUCGCGGCCCGCCGGCAUGGAAUAGAGUCCCCCCGACACCCCCAACCCCCAGAGACCUGCCCUGAAGUCCCAGCACCAAUGAAUAAAAAGCGCGCCCGCGGUAAAAUGCCGCGAUUGCCGAGACCAGAGUAAAGCAUAGGAAAGAAAAGGUGCCAGCAACAGAAACAGGUUAAUAAAGCAGAAAUACAGGGUUAAUUCGGGGGAAGAGUAACAGGGGAAGAAUAUCACAUUAUACAAGUUCAAAUGGAAGGCAAGUGCAAAAUAAUGAAAACAUUUAGGCCAAAAUUGCAGGACAAUCUAAUAAAGUUUAACAAAAGUAGCCAUGCAUAUCCAGAAACAGUUUGGAGCAAAAACUGAAUGUCUAGCAUUAAAAAUCUAACUAAAGUUACCAAAGCAAAAUAGUUGGAGCAAACUGAAAGUCAAGUAAUAAAGUUUAAUUAAAGUGGUAUCCAGAAAAAACAGUUAGGAUUAAAACUGAAUGUCUAGCAUAAGGUGUCUAACUACAGUGACCAUAGCAAUAUUAAUAAAAACAAACAGUUUGGAGCAAACUGAAAGUUAAGCAAUAAAUGAUUAACUAACGACAAUUGCAAUAUUCAGUAAAACAGUUUGGAGCCAAAUACUCUGACCUGUGCCUUGGCUGGUAAGCAGCAAAGAAAGAGGAAGUCAUGUGUCUGUCAGGGCUUUAUAUAUGAAUGUGAUGCCUGUUACUGAUUGGUUUAAAGUUAAUUGAUUGACUUGUGCUGCUGGAGGCAUAAAGUAAAGAAAGUUAUGCAAAAUAUGAAGCCUCCUGUCAUGUGAUAAAAUUUAUACAACAUUGGUAAUUGUGAAGAAACAAAAUUGUAUCCAUGAUUGAACCAAUACAAGUAUUACUGUUUAAUAGUCAGGAUGAGACAGUGAUCAUACAGUAAGAGUAUAGAAUACAUACUAGUAGUACAAUAGAGCAUAGAAUACAUAGAGACAGAGUUAGAUAGGAAGUCAGAUGUGCCCCUUGGCCAGAGAUCUAAAGACAAGGAAAGGUGGGUUGGAGAAAAGUGUUUUACCUAGUUGGGUCUUCUGCCUGAAAUAAAUUUAAAUUUGUAUGAAAGAGUAGCAUCUGGGGGUAGCUACACUCAUGGAGAGCAGGGAUAAUUGUCAUAUGGUCUGAUAUGUUGAUCUGCGAGGGGCGAGGAAAGGAUUGUGUUAGGAAGUGACUGGGAUGGCUUCAUUGAAUAGGUGUGCCUUUAGAAGUUUGUGGAAAGGUAAUAGAGAGGUGGCAGAUUGGAAGCAGGAAGCAAGCUUAUUCCAGUGGUGGGGGGCUAAGUGGGAAAAUUUGUGGAUUGUGAGAGUCCGCAUGGGUGUGGGGCAAGAGAGUAGGAGUUAAGGGAGCGGAGAGGACAGUUUGGAGUGUAGUGUGAGAUAUGAAGGAGCAAGGUUAUGGAUGGAUUUAAACACGAGGUUAAAACAUUUGAAGGACACCGCUGGUGUACCGGAAACCAGUUGAGCUUGUUGGCAUCACAUGGACAUGUUGGUACACCCGAACAUUAGCCAACAAAGUAAUAAACUAUCAGCCUAUUACAAGGGAGCCAGUUUUGUUAGGGUUCCCUUGUUUCAAAACAUGUUGUGUAUAUAUAAAGGAAGUGUUACUGGUAAAAUGAAAGUUCUUUUGGUGGGAAGAUGGACAUGUGUCCCCUGUACCUGCCAUUAACAUGAUUUAAUAUGAUUCACCCACAAUAGCACCAUGUAAUAACACGAUAUAAAAUGUAUAGCACCAUUCGCCAGCUGCGUCACCGUACAUGGCUGGUAAGAAAAUACAUACCAAAUAACCAAAAUACUAAAUUAGGGGGGCGGAGCUUGCUACCACACUGCACCAGAGGCCAUUUCCACUAACUCUCGACAAAACUAUCUAAUCUGGGCAAUAUCAAAGAAACUGGCACCCAUCCAGGCUUACCAACCACACAGCCAGAAGCAGCAAGACAAGAGGCACUGAUAGAUGCCGUUUUUUUCAACCCCACAAGCUGCCUAAGCAGAAGCACAAAUCCAGGGCCUACCUCACGCCCGUGAUCCAGCACCUGCAGGAACUCCUGCUUCGGCCACGAAUCGAGAGACAGGGGCUUCCACCAAACCCCUCACCGACCGAAACACCAGCUCAUUUGCCGGCAAUGGGGCGCAGAUUCCAGAAACCAGUGUGUAGCGGAUGGUACUAUGGCUGUCCUUAAAGACUAUGAUGCUACUGCAAUUCAUGUGUUAUUUCUUCUGUUUAGUUAAAUUGUAAGUAGGAUUUGUGUGAUUGUUCGGUAGUUUCCAUUCGUAUUCCAUAGAGAGCUGGUCUUUCACAGAUUAACUCCACUCAAGAUUCCAAUAAGGCUCAGGAACAAGUUAUACCAUAGGAUAAUAAUCACAGCAAGCAAGGUAAUCCACGAAUAUCCCAGUAUGGAUCCCAAUGACUGGACGACACACAGCAUCAGGAGCAGAACUGACUUUUAAUGCACACAACUUCCUUAUAAAGCAUUCUCCCAUGCAAGGGAGGGAUUUGCAAUAAUUAGUACAGUAGCCAAUCCUCCACGAGUUGCCACCCACACAUCCCCUCCCCUUAGUGUGACACAUAAUCCCCUUAUACAGGACACAAAUUCCCAGAGUUUCUGGAUGUACCCUAAAUGUAGGGGUACCCCUUUAAAUGUUACAUCCCCUGGUAGCCCUGAUCUGGGUGAGACACAUAUCCAAAAAUCACACAGAUCGGACCAGGGGUUUGGGAAAUUUAGGGAAGUACUAAAAUGACCACAAAAGGGAAUGUAACACACGAAUAACUUAUGUUAGGAGAGCUGGGGAGGUUUCGUGUAAUUUCCCUUGUUCGUGGGAUUCAAACUACCGAACGAGAAGCCGUUCGGUAGUUUGCAUACGAAUUUGCUGCAGUGUGAAGGUCUCAGCGGUAUUUGCCUAACCGAGUGUCCGAUUUGGGUUCCAGACACUCGACAGCAAAACACUGCUGUUCGGGAGUUUAAAAUGGCCGCCGCCACGUGUUCGUCUCCUGAAUGGCGGCCACCCAGAGAACAAAGGACCCAUUACACGAACCGCCAAUUACCCAUUUGCAACAUUGUUGCGAACAGUAAUUGGAGGCACACUUAUUACUGAGGUGGUCUGAUUGUUCGGUAGUUUCAUUCUCAUAAUACUGGAGUGAUUUUACAAUCAGACGAAUGCUAUAUACACUUCACAUAUACAGGUUACAAUUCAACCGAAUACAUAGACAUAAAUGUACUUUUUAGGACAGCCCAAUGCCAUCCGCUACAAGAUCUUAAACUCCUGCUCGCUGACAUACACAAGCUCUUGGCAGCCGACAUGGCCCUCCUCAAGACAGAGGUGCAAACGGCCACGGACCAGGUAACAGCUGUAGAGCAAGACGUGGUGGAGGUCAAAACACACCUAACAACACUGGAUGAACAGGUACAAAAUAUACAGCAUCACCGAAAAUGCAAGGCACUCAAAAUGGCGACUAUAGAAGAUCGACAAAGGCGCACACACAUAAAAAUUAAGGGGAUCCCGAACACAAUCACAGCAGAGGAAUUGCCUCACUACGUUAGGCGCCUCCUGUCCACUAUACUCCCCCACGCAGCUGUGAAGAAAAUCUCCAUAGAUGGAAUCUACCGGCUCCCGACCUACACACACCUGAAAUCCCCUGCAGCUAGAGACGUUAUCCUAAGAUGCUCCACAUCAUGGCGGCGCUCAAGGACCAAACGCCACUACCCUUUGAGGACUCAGAGCUAACCUUUUACCAGGACUUAUAGAGGGCCACGCUACUUUGGCGUAAAUCGUACGGCCAGGCCACCACACAGUUACGUGCUGCAGGUAAAGCCUACAGGUGGGGAGCGGGGGCUCCUUGUAAGUUACCCGCGCAGGGACAACACAAGUCCUCACAUCGCCAGAUGAAGCCUCCAACUACCUAAAAACCCUCGGCUUGCCGAACCAGGCUCCGAAACGCCACGGAGAGCACAGGGAGCACAUGACUGCCUCACCUCACACCCCGGGAACAAGUGGACUGGGGACUUAGGUUCUGUGAACACUUGCCGGUUUGCAAAACCCAAGAUCUGACCAAGUCGGACUAUUAUUCCACACACCGGCAUCACCCCAACGAAGGAGAAACUCCCAGAUGUUACUUUAAUGUUUCAUGUUUACUAUGAUUUGUUUUCUUUUAUUAUUUUUUUUUUUUUUCCCUUCUCUUCUUCCUUUUCUUCUGAGCUGACUAACUCACGGAAACUCAGGUCCCUGGGCCUAUAACCCAUAUAGACAUAAGGCCCUAUGAACUCGACUACUACACGGAACGGACAACACGGUAGAAGCCCUGACAGGCUCCUAGUCCCCACAAACACACAUCUCCUGCCCCCUCGCCACCCCCUUGGUAAGGGGUCCCCAACCUCAAUGCAGAGGCAGAGCAAGACACCCCCAACGACAACACAGGUACAGCUACGCCAGACACGAACACAAAGCAUGUGUCCCUGGCCUACAACAUGAUAGACAUAAGCAUGGAAGAAUAAAACAACCACAAUGCCCCUCUGAGAGCAUACGACCAGCCAGACAGCGUAGUGCCUUUGAACCACCACACCUGCCCAGCAUUCACACCCUACCAAGAUCAGCUAGUCCCAUAGUAGACUAAAAGCUAUCACACAGACUACAUAGCCGAAAAUCACACAAUACUGGACCAACUCCACUGUGCAGAUGUGACUAACCAAACUGUUAUAUUUCCCUGUUAUUCCUUAUUUAAAAAUGUGCUAUAUACAUCUAUGCCAUGCAAUUGUCACUAAAUAUAUUACAUCAAAGCCUGUUUCCACUGAAAUGGCAGCACAUACCUGUUUAAAAAUACUAUGCACAACAAAAUAAAGAAUUAAAAAAAAAAAAAAACUAAAUUACCAAAAUACCAAAAUAAUAAAUUACCAAAUUACCAAAACACCAAAUUACCAAAAUACUAAAUUACCAAAUUACAAAAACACCAAAUUACCAAAAUACUAAAUUACCAAAAUACUAAAUUACCAAAGACUAUUGGAGUACAGCCAAAACACUAAAUUACCAAAUUACCAAAACGCCAAAUUACCAAAACACUAAAUUACCAAAAUUACCAAAAUACUAAAUUACCAAAAUACUAAAUUACCAAAUUACCAAAGACUAUUGGAGUACAGCCAAAACACUAAAUUACCAAAUUACCAAAAUACUAAAUUACCAAAACACCAAAACACUUAAUUACCAAACUACUAAAUUACCAAAUUACCAAAAUUACCAAAAUACUAAAUUACCAAAAUACUAAAUUACCAAAACACCAAAAUACUAAAUUACCACAUUACCAAAAUACUAAAUUACCAAAUUACCAAAACACCAAAUUACCAAAAACACUAAAUUACCAAAUUACUAAAUUACCAAAACACUAAAUUACCAAAUGACCAAAAUACUAAAUUACCAAAUUACCAAAACACUAAAUUACCACAUUACCAAAAUACUAAAAUUACCAAAUUACUAAAUUACCAAAUUACUAAAACACUAAAUUACCACAUUACCAAAAUACUAAAAUUACCAAAUUACUAAAUUACCACAUUACCAAAAUACAAAAUUACCACAUUACCAAAACACUAAAUUACCAAAUUACUAAAUUACUAAAACACUAAAUUACCAAAAUCCUAAAUUACCAAAAUACUAAAACACCAAAUUACCAAAACACCAAAUUACCAAAAUACUAAAUUACCAAAGACUAUUGGAGUACAGCCAAAACACUAAAUUACCAAAUUACCAAAACGACAAAUUACCAAAACACUAAAUUACCAAAUUACCAAAAUACUAAAUUACCAAAACACUAAAUUACCAAAACACCAAAACACCAAAAUACUAAAUUACCAAAACACCAAAAUACUAAAUUACCAAAUUACCAAAACACUAAAUUACCAAAACACCAAAAUACUAAAUUACCAAAACACCAAAAUACUAAAUUACCAAAACACCAAAAACACUAAAUUACCAAAUUACCAAAACACCAAAUUACCAAAAUACUAAAUUACCAAAUUAGUAAAUUACCAAAUUACUAAAAUUACCACAUUACCAAAUUACCAAAACACUAAAUUACCACAUUACCAAAACACCAAAUUGCCAGACUGAGGGAUAAAUUGUAAAGCUGAUUUGGUGAAGUUGCCCAGCUCAGUUAAAGGUACAGACUGGUUACUUGCUGGGGACAGUCAUUCUGUUACAUUCCCUGAUCACACCACAAUUAUAGGAAAAUAUCCAGCCCUGGAAUCCUCCCCCCUGAGCUCUUUGCCAGGAGUAAAGAUGGCCACGGGAGAGUGCGCGCCCGGCCGAUGACGCACGCACGCACGCACGCACGCACGCACGCUCGGCGUGUGAUCGCAGCGGGCGGCAGGCAGUACGCAUGCGUAGCACGCCGCCCAGGGAGCUGCGUUCAUUGCCGGGGACCUAGCACGGCGCAUGCGCAGUGAGCCCAGCGCGCCAUUUUGCUGGAGUUUGAAUGUGAGACAGCGCUGCUGACCCGAGGCCUUCUCUGCAUUGUACCCACAGCCGCCCUUCCCCCAGCAGGACAGGUAGGAGAACCCAGGGAGGAGGGGGGACAGGGGGGGAGAGAGAACCCGGGGAAGGGGGGGUCACAGGGGGGAGAGAGACUGGGGGGGGGCAAUAACCAGACUGUUGUAAUAAUAAUAAUAAUAUAUAAUACACCAUGUGCCCAUCACACACUAACCCCCCAUCACACGCCGUAUAACGGACUAACCCCCCAUCACACACCGUAUAACGGACUAACCCGCCAUCACACGCCGUAUAACGGACUAACCCAACCCCCAGCAUCACACGCGGUAUAGCGGACUAACCCCCAUCACCGCGCCCGUAUAGCAGGAUAACCCCCAUACCCGUAUAGCGGACUAACCCCAUCACCGCAUGGCGAGUAUAUAGCCGGGACUGGCCCCACAUCACACACGGUAUAGCGGACUAACCCCCAUCACCGCCGUUAUAGCGGGACUAACCCCAUCGCGGACUAACCCCAUCACCGCCCGAUACUUAUAGCCGGGAUAACCCCCAUCACCUGCGCCGUAUAGCGGACUAACCCCCAUCACACACACCCAUUAUAGCGGACCCCAACCCCAUCACACACCCAUUAUAGCCGGACUAACCCCCAUCGCACACCCGUAUAACGGGACUAACCCCCAUCACACACCGUAUAGCAGGACUAACCCCAUCCCGCAGCGUAUAGCGGACCUAACCCCAUCACCGCGCCAUUAUAGCGGACUAGCCCCCAUCACCAAAACGCGUAUAGCGGGACUAACCCCCAUCACCGCGGUAUAGCGGACUAACCCCAUCCUGCGCCCGUAUAGCGGGACUAACCCCAUGCGCCAUUAUAGCGGACUAACCCCCAUCACCGCGCGGUAUAGCGGUUAGCCCCAUCACCGCAGCCAUUGCCUUAUAGCGGACUAACCCCCAUCUUACCGCGCUGCAUUAUAGCGGACCCCAAUAACCCAUCCUGCGCCGUAUAACGGACUAACCCCCCAUCACACGCCGUAUAACGGACUAACACGCCGUAUAACGGACUAACCCGCCGUCACGCCGUAUAACGGACUAACCCGCCGUCACACGCCGUAUAAAGGACUAACCCGCCAUCCCACACGCCGUAUAACGGACUAACCCGCCAUCCCACACGCCGUAUAACGGACUAACCCGCCAUCCCACACACCGUAUAACGGACUAACCCGCCAUCCCACACACCGUAUAACGGACUAACCCGCCAUCCCACACACCGUAUAACGGACUAACCCGCCAUCUCUGCAUUGUACCCACAGCUGCCCUCCCCCCAGCAGGACAGGUAGGAGAGCCCGGGGAGGGAGGGGGGCCACAGGGGGGGGGAGAGCCAAGGGAGUGGGGUCACGGAGGGGGAGAGCCAGGGGAGGGGGGGGUCAAUAACCAGACUGUAAUAAUAAUAAUAAUAAUAAUAAUAUAUAAUACACCAUGUGCACUAACCCCCCAUCGCACACUGUGUAUAAUGGACUAACCCGCCAUCGCACACUGUGUAUAAUGGACUAACCCGCCAUCGCACACUGUGUAUAAUGGACUAACCCGCCAUCGCACACUGUGUAUAAUGGACUAACCCGCCAUCGCACACUGUGUAUAAUGGACUAACCCGCCCAUCACAAUAUGUAAUGAUUGUAAUGCUAAUUAAAUAGGUUAAAAUUCAAUGUACUGUACUAUUUAAAAUCUUGUUUAUAUCUGCGAGUGUAUUAUUUUGCCGUAGCUUGGGUUAAGGGUAUGAAAUGAAAUACUUCAGGCGUUGUCAGUCUGUGUGUGAUUUUGUACAAUUUGGAGGAAUUCGACGUGGAAGGUGUUGGAGUGUCCAGGUUGUAAUCACAGAAAUGAUGUGUUGUGUUAUUGCCAUUUCCCGUGAUGUUGUCUGUGUAGAUGUUACCGGCUUCUCUAAAGAUAGAGUAAAUUGAUGGCAGUAUCUGAAAUGUAGUGAUUGCCUAUAAUGGACAGUUGAUUAACCGUAAGCCCUGCUGGCGUCUUAAUUGCAGUUUGUUGAUUUUUGUGACAAGCAGAGAUUUCUUUUUAAUAGGUAUUAGGACAAUGUGCAACGCAGAAUGAUACAUUGGGAUUGGGUGGCAAAGCUUUAAAUGUGAUGAAUUGCAGUAUAAUCUCCACAGGCGAAAACAGCAUUUUAUUUCUAAACCUUGAAUUGAACAUUGAAUUUUAACCUUUAGGCCAUAUUAGGGGACAAAAAAUUCUGCUCGAUUUAUUUUUGUUGAAAUGUUGCUUUUAGGUUUUGAUUCACCGCAAAUCACUGAUUUGUAAAUAAAUCCAAAUAGAAUUCAAAUGGAUAGAAAGAUACUUGCCUACUUGUGUCAGUUAUUUAAAACAUAACAUUUAAUAAAUUUGUUUAAAAUCUUGCUGUUGAGAAUCAACAAGUAAACGGAAAUUACUCACUUCUAAGACUUUCAAUAUUAUAUACCAAAAAUCAAAUGUUUAAAGAAAAGAAAUAUAUAAUUAUUAAAGGAAAAGGACUAAUACAGAAUUAUCCAAUAUAGGAUAUAGGUAUUGGAUUAUUAGACUAUUAAUUUUUUCUGGGAUUACAGCAUGAGCACAAGUAUAAGAAAUUUAGAAUUGCCAGUGAAACGGAAACUAGCAAUCCUAAGAGACAUAAAGUAUCAGGAGAGUAAAUCUAACCACUCAAUCAGAACUAUAGUAUACUCUUGUAUCCGUUUCCCUUGAAGGGAACUAUCGGUAUCAAUGUGCUUAGGUUAUAAACUCUAAAAACGAGGAACCCAGCCUGACCGUCUCUAGUACCAGAUAAGAUCUAAUUAUUCAAUGCGUGACUGCUUUCCCAAAUAGUGCUGUUUUUUUACUAGAAUAUUUAGCAGAGAUUGGAACGUAAAUGACUUUAUAAGUGUUAAAAUACCUCUAGGUAAAUAGCCUGUGAUGUCAACUCUAUAUAAAUAUAUUAGUAGUGCUGUAUUCCUGGCAAUACCGAUCCCUCUGGCCAACCCCUACCCCCCCCCCCACCCUCCCAAUGACAAAAAAAGGGAAAACAAAAAGGACUAAUAGUGUAGUAAGUUAAAAACUUCUUGAUAGAGUAAGGAAAAUUAAAAAUGGUACACUCACACUUCCAGGGAGCUUAAAUACAGCUCCGACCUGCACGCCUGGGCGGAAUGAUCCCCACCUAUGGAUAUAUUGUGGUACAGGUUCUUCAAGCUUUCCUUACAGGGAUAAAAUAUAAGAGAGAAAAAAUAAAAAGUAUAUAGUGUAGUAUGUAGAGCUAAUAAGCAGGGGUAGGUGUACACUCACAUAUUAUGGAGCUUAAGUAUUGGCUCCGGAAGUAAUGCGUGUAGUGGUAAGAGAAAUAAAAAUCCACAAUAGUGUGUACCAUAAAAUAGUGUAAAGCACAGUAAAAAUAAUAAUGUGCUAUGGGAGGUUUAUCUGUUCUCCCAGUCAAUGCCUUGGCACUCCAAGCAGGGAUACAAAUUUGCUAGCACUAUGUAUAGAUAAAAUCUUAUGCUAAAUCUAAAAGGCAAAAGUUGUUUGGGGAAUGACAGUCACUCUUUAAAGGGUUAAGUUACCCCUGCAGUGGACUUGAAUUUGGCUUGGGACACAUCACAGGUUACGUACGUGUCAUUAGCUCUAUGACUUAUUUAUUCUACUCCAAAAUGAGCUUAGUGACCUAUUUCUAAAUGGUAAUAAAACAUACAGUGAGUAGGUAGUUUGUAUCCAUUUUUAAAGAGGUCUCUAUUGUCCUGGGUAAAGAAUUGAGCAGUUAUCUUGGAGCCAGGAUGAGAUGAUUGUGGGGACCCACUGAAAUAGUAUGCCAACUCUGGGAUUAACUGGUUCUUUGGUGUUCUGGUAUAUUAUAAAUACAGCGCAGCAAUCUAUGUUGGAGCUAUAUGGAUACAAAAUAAUAUACAUUAUAUUGGACAGAGCUGUACCCAGUCAGAUUAAAUCAGUAAUCUCAUCUGAGCUCCUGCUGUACAUGAAUCUGGUAGAUUGGCUGCAUGACAUUUUGUGGGAGAUUUAGAAAAGUGAUUCUAACUAGAAAUUAAAGCAAUCGCAGUGGAAUCAAAGAAUUUGAAUAUAAGAGGUGAAUAUAGUGUUUCCUUGCCCUGCCUCGGACGUGAAUGUAUAACCACUUAGUGCUGUAUUUUGUUUUAUUCUCCCACCCACAUUAUUCCCAGGGUGCUCUGUGCAAGCGUAUGGCUGAGAGAGUGAUUUACUAAAGUAAGAAUUGUGGGGAAUUCAAAGAUCACGUCAGACCUAAAGCCAAAAUAGCCCAUGUGAAACCCAGUAGAGGAGUAAUAACUCCGUGAGCUGAUAUAACUCUUUCUAUUGCAUUUAGGAGACCAUCCCCACACUUGCAAGUGCUCUCUGUCCUGCUUAUCCUGCCUGUCUCCCCCUGUCGGGACAUGUUUUGCGAUGAGAUGUUAGGCAGGGUUUAGCUGUGCACGGUGCAGACUGCUGAUCAUUGCAGGCCCAGGAAUAGUGAAAGGGGGAGUCAUGGUCGAAAUACUCAACCAAGCUCUGUUCCCUGGCCCCAGCCAUCAGGUGCUGUGAUUGGUGGAUGGGGCGCUUUCCCUGUGUCUGUUUGGACAGACUCUUUGUCACUGGUCCAUUGAAAGCCGUGUGGUUUGGUUGAGCCUGUGCUCAGUGAUUUUGCUGUGUGAAGGAUGUGUUUCAAGGAAUGGCCAGGAUACUUUAUUAUCUGACUUCCAGAUCUAUCAGAUGCGGGACAUGUUUCAUACAACAUGCUAAUGUAGUAUAUUGUGCACCGUUUCAGUCAUAUGUUCUGCCAGAUUACAUGCGAUUAAGGUAAUCACCAGUUCUACUUUAUAAAGUACCUGUUUUAAUCUGUUUGCCUUUUGGUAUUGAAGAUUAUUUAGGCCAUUUAUAAUUCUUAAUGAGUUAGAUUUCUCUAACCUGUUAUACCGUCUCCUUUUAAAAUCCUUUGACUCAUUCAUUAUCGCUAUUAUGCACAGUUUUCAUUGCAAUUAAAGGAGACAAUGCUUUUUCUAAUGAUGUAAGAUUUUAAUUUUGCGCAUUUUUUUCAGAGUUUAUCCCCAAUGCCGUGUCUGUGGAGGUGAAGAUGUAGAUUUAUGGAACCAGCCAUAUUAAAGGCUAAACUCCACUAUAUAACUGUGUGAUCUCUCUCUGCCCCUCAGAUCUUCUCACCAUGGAACUCAGUGAUGCCAAUCUGCAGGCUUUAACCGAAUAUCUGAAGAAAACGCUUGAUCCAGAUCCUGCUGUAAGGCGCCCAGGUUAGUUAUAAGAACCCAUGUUAUGUUCCCAGAGGCAGACUGUAUUGAUUAUCUCAUAGUGUUACUUGGAUGUGCUGUCACUGAAUAUCUUUUGGUUAUGAACGAUACUUCUCUUUCCACCAAAUAGCUGAGAAGUAUCUGGAGUCGGUUGAAGGUAAUCAGAACUACCCGUUACUUCUGUUGACACUCAUAGGAAGCUCCCAAGAUAAUGUCAUCAAAGUCUGCUCUUCUGUAACUUUCAAAAACUACAUCAAAAGGAACUGGAGAAUUGUGAGUGUUAUGUCGCAGAGGCUAAGGUUAAAGUUUACAUUUCAGCAAACCUGUUCUGUUUUCAUGUAAUGUCCGAUUUUAUUGCAAUUUACAUGAGCCCAGCUUAGUAUGUGGCUAUUACUUCGCUCUUAAUGCCCAAUUUCUGUUUUAUUCCUGCGUUUGUUAUAAAAAUGGCUUUAUUCUCCUCUUUCUUAGAUUGAAGAUGAGCCAAAUAAAAUUUGUGACCCUGACAGAGUCGCCAUCAAAGCAAACAUUAUAAACUUAAUGCUCAGCAGCCCAGAGCAGAUACAGAAACAGGUAAUAUUUUAAACUCUGGGCUUUCAAAGGGUAACACCAACCACAGUUUUUGCCCGAAAACAAGACAUCCCCCCAAAAAUAAACCCUAGUUGACAUCAUCGCUUACUCACUAAUCUAUGAGUGGGUAAUUUUCCCUGAACAUAGAUUUGUGGGAUCCCAUGCCCUAGUGAACUGGUCUAUGUUCGGGGGAAUUUUCCCCAAAUGUAGACCUGCUUUCUUGCUAAUGCUUGCUACCGUUUUCUCACGAAAAUUGACAUCCCCCGAAAAUAAGCCCUAGUGCAUUUUUGUUUGUUUGUUUUUGGAGCAGAAAUUAAUAUAAGACCCAGUCUUCUUUUUGGGGGAAAACGGUAUUACAAUAUCAACUCCAAAUCGGGUGAUUUUAAUGCAUUUUCUUAAUGUAUGUUUUAUAUAGAGAUCUCUCAUUUUCUUUUAUUUCCUUUUUUUUCCCACUUCUCUCUUGAUAAGUUUUAGAAUUUCCUUUUUUUUUUUUAUAGAAGUUCCUACACAGUUAGACUUAUUUAUAAGAUACUGUAGAAACUACAUUGUCUCACUGAAGCCCUGAUCGCUGGCGAAGUUUGACAUUGGGCUGCUCUUACAGCUCUUCCUGUUGCCAUUACUCCAUCAGCCGUCACAUAUGAUUUACGUUUAAACAAUUAAUACUGACUUUCUCUUUUGAUCAUUAGACAAGAGGGAAAUUAAUUUUCUAUUUUAAUUUGAGCCUAAAUCACAACUUAAAGGAACACUAUAGCCAUCAAAACAACUUUAUCUUAAUGAAGCACUUUUGGUGUAUAGAUCAUGCCCAGGUAGUCUCACUGCUUAAUUCUCUGCCAUUUAGGAGUUAGAUCACUUUAUUUUUCUGUUCAUGGUGUCCACACCUUGCCUAAUUGUGACUCUAACAGCCUGCAUAAAAAAAAUGCAUUCUUCAUCAGAUGUUACAAACUUCUAAAGUAACUUAUUUCCUGCUCUGUAAAUUUAAUUUUAAUCACAUACAGAGGGCUCCUGCAGUGUCUAGCAAGCUAAUAACAGAUCAGGAGAUAAUAAAGGAAGUGUACACAUUAGAUGUCUCUUUACAGGAAGUGUUUAGAAAGGCUGUGCAGGUUACAUGCAGGGAGGUGUGGCUAAAGCUGUAUAAACAACGUGAUUUAACCUAAAUGGCAGAGUAUUGAGCAGUGAGACUGCAGGAGCAUGAUCUAUAAACACAAAAAAAACUGCUUUAUUAAGCUAAAGUUGUUUUGGUGACUAUAGUGUCCCUUUAACAUUUGCUGGGUUGUUUGUUUUUUGAGAACACAAACAGUAGAAAUAAUGCAGAUUUUACCCAGAUCUCUGCUUUUGUAUGAAAACUAAGCAUCAAUAGGAGGGAAGUAAACUGCAGUUCUUGUGUUUUUCACUGCAAACCUCCAGGACCUGCAGCUCCCUUCAGUGACUUAUACCUAAUCUAGGAAAUAGAUGUCUGUCAGACAAGUCUGCCUAUUCCAUUAUUUGCACAAAUCCUUUAAUGUCUAUGGAACUAGCCCCAUACAAGCAUUAGCCUGUAGUACCCCUUUAAAGUUAUACUGCAAUAAUAUAAAACGUGUAGUUCUACCCCAAAGAAAAUAGGCAUGUAUUUUGUUUUUCAUGGUUUCUUUGGGGUAAAUUAAAUCCUGGCUUACAGUAGCUGCAAUCACAGACUCCCCAAUGCAGCUCAAUGAGAAGUCUUUGGAAGGCAGGUGCUCUGGGCAAUUGCUGCCUCUUGAGUUUAGCUAAACUGAGCUAACCAAACCAGGAAGUAACAAGACCGGGUGUCUGAUUGACAGCCACGGAGUGUAACAAGGUUCAUUUAUAAAGCUGAAGUGCUUUAUCCAUUUCUGCGUGUUCCUUUAAGAAAUUAAUUGAACAGGAAAUCUACACAUAACUAAAAUAACAUAAUUUCCUAAACGCAGACCUGACGCAUCUCUUGCUGUGAAACUUCCCUAACCUCCUGUCUCUCUUUCAGUUAAGCGAUGCCAUUAGUAUCAUAGGACGGGAAGAUUUCCCACAGAAAUGGCCUGAUCUACUGACAGAAAUGGUGAACCGGUUCCAGAGCGGAGACUUUCAUGUAAUAAAUGGCGUCCUUCACACGGCCCACUCGCUGUUUAAGAGGUACUAUGAAUAAACCUAUAAAAUGUAUGCGUUGCUUUCCAGACUGGCACAUUUAUUCUCACUAUGCUUGUGAAUAUGAUGUAAGUAUUGUAAAGGGACAUUCCAGGCACCAAAACAACUUCAUCUAAAUGGAGGCAAUCUUCUCUCAAGGGGUUAAGCUGUUCCCUGUUCUGUAUAAACUCUCCAGACUUGUUAUUUCUCAUAUAUUUUCUCACUGCUAGAUAUCGACACGAGUUUAAGUCCACUGAACUGUGGAUGGAAAUUAAGCUUGUCCUUGAUACGUUUGCUGCACCGCUGACCAGUCUCUUUACGGUAAGAUCUUCAUGGGAAUUGACGCGAUUAAUAAGUGACAUAUCAGAGCGUAAGAAUCUUAUCUUUCAUUUCUUUUAGGCGACCAUUGAGCUCUGCAACACCCAUGCCAACGAUGUCAGUGCUUUGAAGGUUCUCUUUUCCUCCUUGAUUCUCAUAGCGAAACUAUUCCACAGUUUGAACUUCCAGGUGAAUCUCCUCCACCAACCCUCCCCCUCUCAUAUAAUACUGGGCAUAGAUAGAUCAUUUUCCCUUAUAUUUAAUAUUAAAGCGUACGAUUUGUGUGUCUUUGAAGUAAAAUAAGGUUUUCCCUGGUUUCCAUUUAAAAGGGAAGCUAGGAAGAACUGGGGAUGGGCCUAUACUUUUUUAUUUUUUUUUCUCCACCAUAUGUUAAACCAUUUCUCUAUCAGUGAAGCUUUGCCUGAAAUAUUGGUUGGAUCAAUGCAUAGACAAGGCUCCCAUGUGUAAUACGAAAGCAAAUACAAACACACAACAUCAAGCCCUGCGCUUAAACUCCUACUACUUUUAGGCAGCAGCAAUGGCUGUAGUAUUCAUCAGCCCAAAUACAUAGAACAAAAAGUUACCUGGCCACUAUCCCAAAUUCCUAUUUACAUUUAAAGAACAGGAGGUUUUCAGGAUGACUCCAGUGGCCAUUAAAAUGUUUCUCCCAUGUGUAAUGUCCAUCUGCUAUUUUACAGCAUUGGUAAUUCAUGUUUACAUUGUACAAUGAUCCCAUAGCAGGUUUAGUGUGACAUGGUUUAAGAGGCAGGUUGUCUGUAAUUAAUAAACUUACUAAGGAUUGAUGGCUCGCCUGGUGCUUCGAUUUUGCAUGAACUAUCCUUUAUCUUGUUUUUUAUUAUAUAUUUUUUCCCUCUUUGUAGGAUCUACCAGAAUAUUUUGAAGACAAUAUGGAAACAUGGAUGACAAAUUUUCACAACCUGUUAACUUUGGAUAAUAAGCUGUUACAAACUGAUGUACGUUUUUUAUUUAAAAUUUAGUUUAUUCGAUCUUGGUUGUAAUUUUGUUAUGCUGGGUUUUUUAACCGGGUUCACUGUGUAGGUUAGGUUACAGUUAGUUAUACUGGGUGGGUUUAUAUUAUUAAAGGGACACUCCAGGCUCCCACACACGUUAGGUGCACAGUGUAGGUUAGGUUACAGUUAGUUAUACUGGGUGGAUUUAUAUUAUUAAAGGGACACUCCAGGCUCCCACACACGUUAGAUGCACUGUGUAGGUUAGGUUACAGUUAGUUAUACUGGGUGGGUUUAUAUUAUUAAAGGGACACUCCAGGCUCCCACACACGUUAGAUGCACUGUGUAGGUUAGGUUACAGUUAGUUAUACUGGGUGGGUUUAUAUUAUUAAAGGGACACUCCAGGCUCCCACACACGUUAGAUGCACUGUGUAGGUUAGGUUACAGUUAUACUGGGUGGGUUUAUAUUAUUAAAGGGACACUCCAGGCUCCCACACACAUUAGAUACACUGUGUAGGUUAGGUUACAGUUAGUUAUACUGGGUGGGUUUAUAUUAUUAAAGGGCACUGUGUCUACAAUAAAAAAAACUGACAUUUUAACUACAAUCCCGAGAAACACAUGGAAUAUAUUAAGUAUUGCCAUGAAGUGUUCAAUCUGUAUCAAACAAAAAGUGUGACUGGAGAAUAGAAUGUGACCAUGGGGAAUGCUACCCAGACAUGCCACAUGUCAAACUGCUCUGAAGCUUUGUGACAUAGUCUCUACUAAAUCCUGGCUAACAUGGAAAUGAACGUCAACAUUUGCUGUCCAUCUUUGGAUAUUCUGAGUAACUUCAAACAAACCCUUUACCACUACAUCUCCUGAUGGGAAUGUAUUUGUUUCCCUUAAAGGACGAGGAAGAGGCAGGGCUGCUUGAGCUGCUCAAAUCCCAAAUCUGUGACAACGCAGCCUUAUAUGCACAGAAAUAUGAUGAAGAAUUUCAGCCUUACUUGCCCCGGUUUGUCACCGCCAUCUGGAAUCUGCUGGUCACAACGGGACAAGAAGUGAAAUAUGAUUUGGUAAGUACUCUCGCUUUCAGGAUUGUUAAACUGGGAAUUGGGAAGAAUUAACAAAUUGCAUGUUUUAGGCAGAAAUAGCUGAACUACAACCUGGUCUUCUGUAAUAAACUCCAGAUUUAUUGGGGGCUUUUUCUUUCCUCCCUCCUGUAGCUUGUAAGUAACGCCAUCCAAUUUCUUGCGUCGGUCUGUGAGAGGCCACACUAUAAGAAUCUGUUUGAGGACCCGAACACUCUGACCAGUAUUUGUGAAAAAGUCAUUGUUCCCAACAUGGAAUUUAGAGGUAAGAAACGGCCCAUCCUUUUCUUACCGCACCUUUAAACCUAAAAAAUAGAAAUGUCUUGACAUCAAACCUCUAAACGGGGUCGUAUUAAAGGAAAACUGCUCCCCCCCCCUUACACACUAUUUACAUUGGUCUUAUUUACAGCCUUUUUGACAGUAUCUGUCCUUUUACUGAACUGCAAAUUAGAGCUGUGAUUGGUUUAGCGAAUGAUAACGUUUCCUGUAUUACUUCUGAAUACGGUUUUGUUAUCUUUUACUAUUAAUAUAUAAAGUGCUAGCAUAUGCUAUGAUACUUUAUAUCACAAAAACUGACAAUUUCCAUUUACCUAAAAGAUAAGAACCAUUACGAUAUACAUUGUGUCGGUAUCGGUGGCUGCCAUAGCCAUAUUCACCCAAUAUUGGCCUUACAUGUAAACCUUUCUAUGUUGUCGGCCAUGACAUCUCAGGGAUACACUCUGAAUUUCCUGGUACGUCCUUGAAUAAGCGUUACAACUGUUUUGACCUGUAUGUAUGACUGCAGUAUUAAAUCCUUUUGGAUCCCCAUGGCAGUCAUUCAGCCAAUCGGAAGCUACCUAUAUCCGUUUCGUCCAUCCUUAUUUUGUUUGGCGUCCUCUGAGAUAGCUGAAGUAGAUUGCUACACAUUGACUCUGUGAAACGUGAUGGCAGACGUCAGUUUUAAUAAAGAUGUUUUGUGAUGUUUAAUAGAUCUGUUUAUAGGAGAGAUCUGCUCGUUGCUACUGUCAGCCUUUCUGCUGUACAGGUUUAGAAUCUUUCAGUGGGAGUCUAUUGCAAAUUUUUCAUGGAUUCUGUGUUUACCUUCCUGAAUCUACACACGUGAUUUGCUAUGACUAGUUCGGGUUAAUUUGUCCAGUGUGUUUUCCCUAUCGAUUUUAUUAAGAACAAACCCUGCUUCUUUGUGCUAGGAAUCUGUAAGUUCCCCAUCCAACCUCUUGCCGUUGUUUAUUCACUGUUUGUCUUGUAGCUGCUGAUGAAGAAGCUUUUGAAGAUAAUUCCGAGGAGUAUAUUCGAAGAGAUUUAGAGGGGUCAGGUAAAGCCCAAGAAAUAACACAAUGUCUGCAUGUUAUCUAAUAUAGGACGUGGGUUUUCCCGCUGUUAUGUGGGCAUUUUUUAUUUUAUUUUGUAGCUAUUGGAGCCUUUUAUUUUGUUUUUCUUUCUUUUGUUGUCUUGAUUGUUUUUCAGUCUUGUGGGUAGAGUGGUGCUUUCUAAGCAGCUUAUGCUCGUCCACUGCAGAGAUUCAAUUUUUCUACUAAAUAACGCUUGCCCCGUUCUAACAAUGCAGCAGUGGGCCACAGUCCCAAUGAAACUUUGCCAUUUGAAAAUACUGCAAAGGUUCCCUCUGGUAUUCCAGCUUUCUGGAAAGGGUGUAUGGCCAAUCUGUGACAUGCGCAAUAAAUACUUCUAUUAUAUAAACCCACUAACUAUAAAUCCACGACCAUCUUUAAAAUAAAAUUACAUGAUUCAACAUAAACCAUUUUUCCUCCUGCAGACAUUGACACAAGACGCCGGGCAGCCUGUGAUCUAGUGCGUGGUUUGUGCAAGUUUUUUGAGGCCCCUGUAACCAACAUCUUCUCCGGUUAUGUCAGCUCCAUGCUCCAGGAGUACGCCAAAAACCCCUCAAUAAACUGGAAGCACAAGGAUGCUGCAAUUUUUCUGGUCACCUCCUUGGCCUCCAAGGCUCAGACGCAAAAGGUAGGCAAUUUGGGAAAAGUAGAUAAAUAGAAAUAAAUGGUGCAAUUCUAUGAAUAUGUAUUGAUGAUACUUAUCUAAUUACCAUGCUGGCAGUGUGCAGCUAAUACAAGUUUAAGAGUGAAAACUCCUAAAUACAUUACAAAUCACUCCGUUUCUUUUGACAGCAUGGGAUAACACAGGCUAAUGAACUGGUCAAUCUCACAGAAUUUUUUGUCAACCACAUCCUUCCAGAUUUAAAGUCCCCAAACGGUAAGUAUACAUUCUGAAAUCGCUGCACUAGUUCUGUAAGCUGUGUAUAAUACUCAUUUGUAUUAAAUAGUUUUAUAAUCCCAUACAGCUUGGGUGAAAAUUUCUUCUGUGCUGUGUUAAUAAUGCACAGAUCACCUCUGUGCACCCUGUGGGCCUUAAAGGGACACUCCAGGCUCCUAAAGCAUUUUACAAAAAAAAGGUCAGGCAACUGGUCCUCUUGCUUCCUGGUUUAAUUAGCUCAGUGGAACUAAAGUAAAGAGGCAAGGACUUCUCAUUGAACUGCAUUGGAAGUCUGAUUGGACAGCAACAGAGAGUUGGAGAAAUUUGGGCAGACUAGAUGGGCCGAAUGGUUCUUAUCUGCCGUCACAUUCUAUGUUUCUAUGGAGUUGGAAAAGGGUGAUGGAGUGGCUUCUAAAAUAAAUCUGCUGCUGUUUUUAGAUAUAGCCCUAAUGUAAAAAUGCAUAAUUAAAUGCAUGUCUGAUUAUAUUGUGGGGUAACUCUACAAAACAGGUCAUUUCUAUGCUUUUUUUUUUAUUGGGGGGAGGGUGGCGGCAGUGGAGUGAACCUUUAACGUCAGGCAGAACCAGGACAUACAUGUGGCAGUCUACUUGAGAUUAAUGGCAGUAACUCCUGAACAGCACCUGCCGCCGUUUUAAUUUCAGCAACUGAAAUGUCUACCACCAGGGAAUGCCCCGAUCUGACACUACUAAAGUAGUUCCCUUAACCGCUUCACUUUUAGACUAAUCUAAACCUAAAAUAUCAUGCAAUAAAAUAUAUACAUAAUAGCAAACCAUUUAUUAUUUGAAAAUUUAAAGUGUGUGUGUGUGUGGUCCUACAUUUUCAACACACACAUUUACACGUAAAUACAGACAGGCAUACAUUCAGGCACAGGUCCAAUGGCAUCAGUGUACCAGUUGGGGUGCGCUAGAUAUCUGGGUUCUGAGCGAUGGGUAACUUUCCGAAUGUAUUGUCUGUCUGUGCACGUGUGACUAGUUCUGAAUACUGUGUGUGUGUAUUGUGACUGACGGUGAGUGUGUGUUUGUAUUGUGACUGACGGUGAGUGUGUGUUUGUAUUGUGACUGACGGUGAGUGUGUGUUUGUAUUGUGACUGACGGUGAGUGUGUGUUUGUAUUGUGACUGACGGUGAGUGUGUGUGUAUUGUGACUGACGGUGAGUGUGUGUGUGUGUAUUGUGACUGACGGUGAGUGUGUGUGUGUAUUGUGACUGACGGUGAGUGUGUGUGUGUAUUGUGACUGACUGUGAGUGUGUGUGUGUGUAUUGUGACUGACGGUGAGUGUGUGUGUGUGUAUUGUGACUGACGGUGAGUGUGUGUGUGUGUAUUGUGACUGACGGUGAGUGUGUGUGUGUAUUGUGACUGACGGUGAGUGUGUGUGUGUGUUGUGACUGACGGUGAGUGUGUGUGUGUGUGACUGACGGUGACUGACGGUGAGUGUGUGUGUGUGUGUGUUGUGACUGACGGUGAGUGUGUGUGUGAAGUUUAAUUCCUGUUUGGGAUGAGCCAUUAUUAGGAUGACUUGGUAAAAAAAAAAUCCAUUUCAAUAUUCAUUUAUUUGUUUGUAGUCUGAAGUCUGCAUGUUUCUGUUUUUAUUCAUUUAGUGAAUGAGUAUCCGGUUCUAAAGGCAGAUGGGAUGAAGUAUGUUAUGUUCUUCAGAAGUCAAGUAAGUGGUUUGCCUCUCCGUGCAUUUUAACACCCAUAUCCCUGUGUUAUUAUAUCACAUAUUUCUCAGUCAUUGAAACCCAGGAAAGGAUGGUGAAGAACACAGACCUAAAUCUUGUCCUAUCAAUUAUACAUUAAAUUUCACACGAUUCUGGUUUAAUGUGCAGUUAGGGUCAUACCUUACGUCUUGUAAUCUGUCUUCCAUAAAUUAACCCUUCAGCAGCCAGGACACGGUCUCCCAUUAGAUCAGUUUUGUUGUACAUUAAUGUACUGAAUCGAAGACUGGGGCGGGUUUUAGACGUCCAUUUAGUGAGUUUGUUAUUUCAACUACUAGAACAAACUCACUAAAUGGACGUCUAUCAAACCCGCCCCAGUUUUCAUUUCCAUGUUAGCCAGGAUUUAGUAGAGACUAUGUCACAAAGCUUCAGAGCAGUUUGACAUGUGGCAUGUCUGGGUAGCAUUCCCCAUGGUCACAUUCUAUUCUCCAGUCACACUUUUUGUUUGAUACAGAUUGAACACUUCAUGGCAAUACUUAAUAUAUUCCAUGUGCUUCUGGGGAUUGUAGUUAAAAUGUCAGCUUUUUUAUUGUAGACACAGUGCCCUUUUAUAAUAUAAACCCACCCAAUAUAGCUAACUGUAACCUAACCUACACAGUGCACCUAACGUGUGUGGGAGCCUGGAGUGUCCCUUUAAUAAUAUAAACCCACCCAGUAUAACUGUAACCUAACCUACACAGUGCAUCUAACGUGUGUGGGAGCCUGGAGUGUCCCUUUAAUAAUAUUUGCUUUUUCUCGGUCACAGAUUCCUAAGGAACAUGUUCUGUCUGCAGUUCCUCUGCUAAUCGGCCAUCUCCAAGCGGAGAGCAUUGUUGUUCACACUUAUGCUGCCCACGCCCUGGAGCGACUGUUCACCAUGAGAGGAGGGGCGGCCAACACAACUCUGUAAGUUAUGGUGUAUUACCGUGAUACGCUAUUGGAGUCACUUUACGGUAUGCUGUGGCAAUAUGUUACAGCCGACCGGUGAGGACUGAAUACCGUAUGUACUUGGGAUAACAAAGUGUAAUCUUCCUCUUGGAAUGUCUCUCACAAUUAUAAAACACUGCAGAGACAUUCUAGUUUCUAGUUUAAGAACGUGUAGAUAGUAGAAGCUACACUGAUUGUGUAAACUGAUAAAUUAAUAUAUUUCUGCAGAAUUCAGAUACAUUUGUAUCACCUGAUCCCUCUUUUCAGUCUAAUGAAGAAGUUCCCCUUCCUCUUUUCCUUCCAAAUCUUUGUAAUAAAAGGCUGGGAGGGUUGUUAUGGGAAGCGUUUAAUAACUGUCGACCCAUUUUGAAUUGUAACUGGUUAUUUUACCAAUUCGGCACCUCCAAAAGGGUCAGUGGUGAUUAGGGGAGAGCGAAUCCUCCUGUCUUAAAGCAAUGUGAGCUCAGACCAUACAGGUAUCACGACAGGUAAUUGUGUAGGGAGAAUUCCUCAUUAUGAAGUCUACAGAUCAGGGUCCAGGCUUUGAGUCCAGGGAUUUCCAUUUCGAUCAUGCAGAGUUUGUGAUUUGACACUACAGUAGUUAUGGUGCUUGGAGUGCGUCUUUAAUAUAAACUGUUUGCUAUCCUGUCAGUCAUAAGUUUGGCUACUUGGAUCACUGACAUCAAGGUAUAAAUUACAAAUAUUGCUGAAUGCCAACAUGGUCCUCCCACAAAGCUGGGUUUUUGCAUCACAUAAUAAGUAACAGCCUCACGCUCGGCAUUGUGGGAUUGGGCUGUGACCAGGAUGUAGCAGAAUUUAGGAAUAUUAUCACUUAUUGUACACAAUCAUUUUUAUUGUUCACAUGAGGCUUUCCUUGUCGUCCGCUUUAAAAUCUGUGCACAAACUGACCAGUGAAUCGGGGGAAAAAAAACUGCAAAUUUCAGGCCAAGAAUAAUUAGUGAUAACUUUUACGUUAAAUUUUUUUCAGAAAUAUAACAUUUUUCUUUCCGUCCCCAGUAUCACCGUGGCAGAAAUGUUGCCUUAUGUAGAAGUCCUGCUUGCUAACUUGUUCAAAGCUCUCUCCUUACCGGGCUCGUCAGAAAACGAAUACAUUAUGAAAGGUACAAUUCUAAUUAUCGGCAUGUAAUAUUUAUAUAUGUGACUACAUAUUUAUUUAUUUUCUUUGACAUUGACUCUUACAUGGACCCUAUAAUUAUGUAUCAGUAGAACAAUGUGAGGUGAAAGUGUAGUUGUAAUUCCCUCCCCUUCCCAGAAUGCCAAUUGUUUAUAUAUUUUCUCCUUGUAACUCUCUCUCUAACUUGUGUGUUUAACUCACUGAUAUCGGACUGUUGGCAUGAUCGUAAAAGGAAGGGCAGUCAUAUAUCACAUCUUCACCCUCCUGUCUACUACACAGAAAUCAAACUGUAUUGUUCUUAUUUAGAAGAUGAGGAGUGAAGCGUUUAUUAAAGUGUUUAUGGUUCGUUAAUAUAUUUUGGUUGUAUGGUUUCUCUCUGUGUUCCUGGUUUAAUUCGCACAUGAAGCAGGAAUCCUUUCAUUUCCUCUGCUUGUUUAAGGUUUGGUCUGUCGGUUAUUGAGUGAGAUAAAUGGAUCCAAAAUGUUCAGUUGCCGUAUGGACAGGCAUGACUGAGUGUGAAAACUGUUGACCGGUUCUGUUGGACAAUGAAUAAAUCAAUGAAUAAAUUAGCAGUUUAGCUUUAAAUGUAACUUCCUUCCUUGGUUUAUGUGCCAUGUAAAGCCAUAGACAUAACAAUCAGUCUAUUGCCGGUGUGUGAUUUGUAUUGUUUACACUGAAGUUUGCUUUUAUUUGUUUGUUUUUCCUGUUGUGCAGCAAUUAUGAGAAGCUUUUCACUCCUCCAAGAGGCGAUAAUUCCGUAUAUUCCCAGCGUGAUAAGUCAGCUGACACAGAAGUUGCUCUCCGUUAGCAAGGUACGAUAUUUUAUGUUCCCUAGGAUUGGUAAAAGGCGCCCCAAGAACCAACGCUGGCCAGUCAUCAGAAAUAAGAUCUUGUGCCUGAAUUGUCUUUUUAUUUAUUUUACUUGUUCUUCGUGUGACAGUAACUUCUCUUCUUUUUGAAUGUUUGUUUUUUUUGUUUUUCUCUCUCUCAUUAGAACCCAAGCAAACCUCACUUCAAUCACUACUUGUUUGAGUCGAUUUGUCUGUCUGUCCGGAUCACAUGCAAAGCAAACCCUGCGACCGUGGGAAGUUUCGAGCAGGCGUUGUUCAUUGUUUUUACGGAGAUUUUGCAGAAUGACGUGCAAGGUACGGCACACUCUGAUUGCUGUAAAUAACGUGUGUUGUAUCUGCAGUACGAUGACUUAUUAUUCUUAUUAUUACACCAUAUAAUCCCAGCCCUUUAUAUUCUAUGCCUGGGACAGACCAGCAGGAUUGUGAUUGUUACCAAUAGUUCUCCAUUCUUUAAUCUUCCUAUAAAGCAGCCAGCAGUGAUUUACUGUGUAGCUGGGGCAGAACAUACAUUUCUUUUCACAAACCUUUCGCGAGUAAGCGCGUUAAUAGCAUCUGUUAAUGUGAGGUAAUGAGCUGCUGUCACUAGCAGAGAAGUGACAGCUCCUCUUUAAUGUGAGUUUAAUACUUGUUUUGCUUCCUGACUGACACUUUGUUACUGGUUUCUCAAUCUAGAGUUUAUUCCGUAUGUGUUUCAAGUCAUGUCGUUACUGCUGGAAAUGCACAAGAAUGAGAUCCCAGACUCUUACAUGGCACUGUUCCCCCACCUUCUGCAGCCCAUAUUGUGGGAGCGGACUGGUAAUAUCCCCCCUCUGGUCAGACUGCUACAAGCUUACUUGGAAAGAGGCGCAAGUACGAUAGCCGCUAAUGCAGCGGAUAAAAUCGUAAGUUAUCAUUUAAAACCUCUGUACGCUUAAAUGUACACCUGUCACUUUUUAUAGUAAAACUACCUGUCGUAUUUCUUCUAUACAUUUUUUAUAUAUAUAUAUUUGUAUUCGGGGCCAUUUCAGUAUAGUAUGAAAUAGCUAGUGAGUAUACUUAUCAUAAUAAUUAAAAGUCGGUAGAGGUGUGCCGAAACCGACGUGUGUGGUAGGCCUGUAAAUAAGAGGGCCCACCUUAAAUAGUAUUUGAAUAGAGGGAGAGGAGGGUGGGUCAAACGAGCAUCUGGACCAGACGGUGAAUGAGGUAGGAGGGGGAGUCCCUUUUAAAGGGAUAUAGCCCCUCCCACAACUUCAGGCCCUGCCUUCCAAUUUGUAUUCGGGGCCAUUUCAGUAUAGUAUGAAAUAGCUAGUGAGUAUACUUAUCAUAAUAAUUAAAAGUCGGUAGAGGUGUGCCGAAACCGACGUGUGUGGUAGGCCUGUAAAUAAGAGGGCAAAAAGGAAUACCCAUAUAAUGUUAUCAAAGAUAUUUAUUAACGAAACCACAAGACAUGGAGUUAGCAUAUUUACGAUGACAUUUUCACAAAUGCAUGCCUUAAUUCUUGUGUUGGCUGUGGUAUGUAAACAGCGUAAGCGGAUGACUUCCAGCGGCCCAAGGUUUUUAUGAUGUGAACCGGGAUGUCUAGGCCUGAGGCUGUGGAGGCUGCCCCUAUCCGGAAUGAAUGCCCAGAAUAGUUUGCGGCGUUUAAGCAGAGUCUGGUCAAUAGUAAGCGAAUAUACAUCACAAAUUUGGCGGUAGUGAGUGCUGUGCCGUGCAAUGAAAGGAGAGCGAGUGAGGUUUGUGUAGGUGAUGACUGUAGAUAGUUGUUAAAAACUUUCACCGGGCACCAUGCGUUGUUGGUGGGGUAGUAUUGAAUAAGAACCUCGUGCCCCAUCUGGCUGGUCUUAGUUGAAGGUAAGCUUAAUACGUAGUGGUCCUGUUUUUUGUACAAGUUAGAAUACCGGAGGCAAUGCUUGGACUCGUGUUGCCUAGUAAUGGUAAAUUCUCUGGGUCGUAAGAAACCGUAAAAAGCCAAGUAUAUGGCCGUUUUAAGAGUGGUGUUAGUAAGGGGUUCGAACGGUGUGGUAUCUAGUAGGUUUGACAAACGUUUAAACAGUUGAAUGUCUAUAGGCUCCCUACGUUGCGGUGUAGGUCCUUGCGAUUUGAGCAUACCCCUAAGGAGGGUUUUAAUGGGGUAGGAGGUGAGAAACCCUUGGUUGUUAGGAUGUUCUGUGAACAUAUGAUGUUGGAUACCUGUGAGGUAUAGUUUUGUGGUAUUAUGCGACAUUUUUAACUUAAUGUGGCAAAAAGUGGCAAAAGCCACCAAUGUUACAUUGUCAAACCAAUUUGUGAGAUUAUGGUCUGCCAUGAAUUUCUUGUAUAGGUAGUAAGCUCUAUCAUAUGCGCUAUGCGUGUUUUUUGCGAGAGCGAGUUUUGUAAGUAUCUUGCUGUGUUGUAAUAAUUCCUCUAGUCCAUGAUUAGAUCCUGGAUUUGGGGAGCGAUCGUGGCUACCGGUGACGCUGUUGGUAGAGACUCCCUGAACGCCUGAAACUGAAAGCGGGACAGCUGGUCAGCGGCUGUAUUAUAGAUACCCGGUACAUGGUAACAUACUAGAUGAAACUGAUGACAGGCCGCCAACCACGUAAGACGUCUGAUAAAACUCAUGAUGGUUAGAGAGGUAGACCGGCCUUUGUUUAUGACGUGGCAAAUCGCCAAGUUGUCAGAAAAACAUCGAACUGGUCUACCUGCCCAAGACUGUCCCCAUGUGACUGCUGCUGCUACUAUGGGGUACACUUCAAAGAGUGCAGAAUUCCUAAAAAAGCCUUCUAUUUGCUUAACUUCUUCCGGCCAUCUACCCCAUAGCCAGUUGUCCCCAAAAAUGGCUGCAAAACCUGUGGAGGCUGCUGCGUCAGUCCAAAUGGUAGGGGAAUCCUCUGUGACUUGGGGGAGGAACAUGCUCCUGCCAUUCCAGUUUGACAGGAACAAGUUCCACAUGUGUAAGUCUGCUGUGGCUUGCCUAUCAAGAGUGGUACGUUUGUGUUCGUCCGUUAGUGUCGGAAGAAGGCACAGGAGUCUGGAAAUGAAUGCUCUUCCUUGGGGUAUAAUACGAAUGGCAAAAUUUAGCGAGCCAAUCAGUGACUGAAGCUCUUUCCUAUUGCAUGAGCCUAUGCACAAGUACUGCUCAAUGGUCUGAGUGAUGUUGUCAAUCUUAUCUCUAGGGAGGCUGGCUUCCAUAGUUAUGGAGUCCAGUUGUAUCCCCAAAAACUGAAUGAUUGUAUCUGGACCUUCUGUCUUGGUGGGAGAUACUGGAACCCCAAUGGUGUUAAAUAAAUGCAUGGCUUUGUGUAAACUGUUAGGGGGGGUAGCGUUAUUUUCUAUGAAAAGGAAGUCAUCCAAGUAAUGAAUGACGCUAUGGCACCUGCUGGUAUUCAGGAGCAGCCAGCACAAGGUCUCUGCGAAAGUGUCAAAUAUUUUAGGACUGCUCUUGGAUCCAAAGGUGAGCCUUGUGAAGAAGUAAUACUGGCCUCUCCAUUUGAUACCAUGCAAAUGCCACAGCGACGGGUGUAUGGGGAGUAGUUUAAAGGCGUUAACUGUCGGUUUUGCUCAACCAUGCGCCUAUGCCUGCUGAGAUGAUGGUGGAUAUGGCGUCGUCUAUGGUGGUGUAUUGUAAAGAGAAUGCCUCUGACGGGAUCAGGGAAUUGAGGCUGGGUAUCACCGAAGCAUGUGGAGCAGACAGGUCUAUAAUGAGUCUUUGUUUGUUAGAUGUUUUCCCAGUGACUAGUCCAAUGGGAUUUGUUCUCCAAUUAGAGAACGGCGGGUCAAUAAAUGGACCUAAGACAAAUCCUUGGUCUUGUUCAAUUUGUAGUAGGUAGUCUACUGCGUCUGUGUCACAAAGGGCGGACUGGAGGUUGUUGGCUUCCCAUGUACCCCCUGGUAUGUGAAUGAGGCCAGUAUGAAACCCUUUAGAAAACCCUGCAAUCAAAUACUCCACAAGAUGUGUAGAAGGGUGCUUGGAGAGAAGCCCUGCCAGAACAUCAACAUUCACAGUAGUUAGGUAGGGUUUAAUGUGCAUUUUAUUAGGGCACAUAGCCUUUGCAUGUGCCCUGAAACAAUGGGAGCAGAUAUGCAGUAGACGGCAAGCACUAUAGGAGCAAGCCCCAACAUUAAAAUUAUUACAGAUCUGUGACUUGCCCAAAUACACGAUAGGGCGACCCAGCUUGUCUCUGCCCUGUUUCUCCCCCCUGGAAGUGCUUGGUGUGGCAAUGUUUGGGGCAUCGUCUGUGGGGACAGGACAGAGAUUUGCAGCGUGCGUGGUAGCCCCACAUAUUGCACAAGCUGGAGACCUUAGCCCGGCAAAGUGCCUGAGGAACAGCUCUGUAUCCAUUAGGCUCCAAUCCAUUCUUGCGUUGUACUGGGCGAGAGCUGUUGCCGCUUUAGUUGAAAAAGAACGGUGGUAAUCGUAAAAUGAUGACCCACCGUAUUUGUUGCCCAGGUCUACCAGCUUGUGCAUGUACAGGUCUAACUCUUCCCUUCUCUGUGGGUAAACUGAGCACAGUACGUCCCUGUAUAUGCCGAAUGCGAUAACGAAGUCUGGGAUUGCUAGUUUUUUGCUUAGUCUAGGAUCUCUGGCCUUGAGGACCACAGAAAUAUCGCCAUACGUAUAUGCGCGGUUCUCUGUGAUAUCCUGGGAAGCAAUAAGCAGAGAGACUAGAUUUACAUCCUUGCCCUCCAGGAUGUCUUUUUUAAGGUUUGCUGGUACCAUAUGGGCUGGGUUGAUCACUUGUGACCCAAGGAUAGUGGGGGUAUUAGGAUUACCAGGUUGGGCUUGUGAUGGCCCUGGGAUAUCGGUAGCAGGUGGCUCUGGUGUCACAACUGGACCGCUACGAGCUUCCAGUCUUUCCAGUCUCUCAUUUAUCUGCCCCAUGGAAGACACUAGUGAGGCGACCAUGGUAUGCAGAUUAGCAUUGCUUGAAUUACUAGUGCCUUCCCUGGCGUCAGAAUUGUCCUGAUUGGCUUGCAUAAGCCUGUACAAUUCUGCCUUGCGGGCCGUAGCUGGAUAAGGAAUACUACGUUUGCGUAGUUCGGCCGUGAUCCGUGGGAUGGUCCAUGAUCUAAUAGAUGACGGGCUGCCGAUGUCCCCUUUGCGUGUGGGGGUGGCAGUCCUGGUCGGUGUACUAGGCAUUGAUAGUUCAUCUUCUUCAUGAACUUGGGACAUACUGAAAUAUAUACGUAUGUAAUCGUGAGUUUCAUUAUGGAGAGUGUAAAAUGUUUAACUAGUGCCAAAGUGGCGAAAUAAUUCAUUAAACUUGUGGCAGGUGAGUCCCUAUUAAAUGCCAAGUGGCUAGUAGGAUUUAACUAUGGUUGGCGCGUGGGGUUGAUCUGUUGUACGUGUUUUACCAGUGGAGAUUUUAUCGUUAAUUGAGGGUUAUGACGGAUGACGCCCUAGCUAUGCAACAUGCGAGGCGUCUAGCUAUGAUUUGGCCCGUGGGGGUUUAAUACCUCUUACAUCGAGGAUGGAAGUUGGCCUCGCGGGACCUCUAACCCUAUGGCAGAAGGUGCCUGGGAGGAGAAUUACUUAAGUGGGCAUGUUGAUGUUUCUUAUACUGGUUGCUGCAACCGAGAUAACUUACCUGAGUGCCCAACGUUUGCCUGGCAGUCCUGUAGUAGUUUGAUUACUGUUAGGGAGGAUGGCCUAAACCCGGUGCUGGAUGACAGAAUGGAAGGCAUAAGGUACAUAUAAGUGUGUACUGCUAUCUUGUAGCUGAAGCCUGCCCCCCCCACGUUUUGUGGUGAAUGUCCUAGGACCACAUACCUAUGGUUGUAGGUUGAGUGCAAGUAGGUUCUGAAGGCCAAGUCCGUCUUAGUUUGGUUCUUGAGACUGUAAACACAUGUUAAACCGUUAUGGCAGUGUCCCAAAUAUCUGCUUGGCACAAAGUGCACUCGGCAUACAUUUGUGAGCAUAUGCACUGAGUGUCAUAUGUCUGAUUAAUGGGACAUACGUCGCCCAUAUGUUGUACAUACCAAGGAAGUAAUAGAAUACUUGACUUUGUCUUGGUCUCUGACCCUGCCAGGGGAAUCAGUAUAACAGGUCACCAAAUAAAGGGAAAAUAUUCUUGAACUUUGCAAUUUGUCUAUAACCACGCAAGUAAUUCUGAAGAUUUAAUUGAAACCGUGGUGUGAGUAUAUGGUAUAUAUUCUUGAGUCACAUAGAUCCACAUAUUAGGUAGAUUAGUCACAUAAUUACCUCACAAUUUAGUGCCCGAGAACAGCUUAUAUCUGACUUAUAUGCUUUAAACAGUUGUUUCCACAAAUCUAUACGUAACCGGUUGUGCAUGAAUUAAUUGAAUACUUUAUUAUUCCUAACGUAAUAUAUAAAUCUGACCAUUUUUUAAUAUUGCCAUUGUUAACACAUAUCACAGACUUUGACAUAUACCAGGUAACAUUACUAUUUAUAGGGCGACAUCUAGUGGUUACAACUUGUAUUGCCGUCAGCAUUGCUGUAAUUUUUUGACAUGCUUUCUGGCUGAGGCUGUGAAGGGAGCUCUGCCCGUGUGAGUGAACCCCUGUCUGUAGGUAAGUAAGAGAGGAGGGGGGAGGGGGGGGGAGGAGAGAUUUGUAAGCUGCUGAUACCCCAAAGGGUAUCAAGGAGCCUUGCAAAAUAUAGUAACUUCUAAUUUAAAAAUGUAUUUUUUAUUUUUUAUUUUUUUUCAAUAGUUUAUGUGACAGGGCACUUGUAGGUUGGGGUGGGGGGCGGGUUGGUGCGGCUAUUGUGGCAGAAAUCGCGGACCCCCGUGAAUUAGGUCCGUGGGGGUCUUGAUUGUAUUAGCCGCCUGACCGUUACCUGCCAUGAGCCUGGGGGGGUUCCCCACUCCUGGAGAGAGGGGGAGAGGAGUUAGUAGCCGGGUCCUACGGCUGCUGUGGAGUGAGGGGGGGGGUUAGGACCCGGGUGACACAUAAACCGGCUGUUGUGUAGUGAGAGGGGGGGUUAGGAGCUGGGUUACAGAAUAACUUGAACCGGCUGCUGUGCAGUGAGCGGCAGCAGGGGGGGAGGGGGAGGGAGGGCUGGUCUGCAUGAGGCCUGAUCCCCCGGCGGGAAUCAAGCCGAAUCAGCCCUGGCGAGGGGGUUUCUGUCCCCACAAUACUGUAGCCGUGGACCUCGGCGGGUCAGGCUAUGUGUAGGCUGCAGACCGGUACAAUGAUACCGGUCUGCCAACUCACUGUUUAGUAGGGAAACCGGCAGUAGGAGCAACAGAAACUUUGAAAAUGCAGCUGUCAGGAGAAACUGAAAACCACGUUGGGAACCAGCAAUUCAAACGAGCAUCUGGACCAGACGGUGAAUGAGGUAGGAGGGGGAGUCCCUUUUAAAGGGAUAUAGCCCCUCCCACAACUUCAGGCCCUGCCUUCCAAUAUAUAUAGCCAUUUUUUUCUUUCUUUUGUAACAAAAGGAAUUCCCAGGACUGGAGGGAAUGAACGUAAAGGGUAAUACUAACCAUUGUAACCGCUACAGUCGCUGUAGUGUUGAUGGUGCCAGGAGUACCCAGUCACAGUUUCCUGGUAAUCGGCAAAACGUUUAUGAACUGUUUGCCCUCUUACCUCUUUGAAAGCAGAUUUGACAUCCAGCUGACUCUACCCCUCAUUGAUUGGCUUAAAGCAUCAGCUGACUACUCUCUGCCAAUCAAUAAGAGUCUGUGCUAGGAAAAGCUUUUAAUAACCACAAAUAAUGAACUCUGAGAUGAGUUAAUGUCUACAUGUUGAAUUCAUUUUCUAUAAUUAAUUAAAUUAGGUCACAGGAAUAUUUGAUCUAUUUAUUUAUUUUUGCACUGAGGAGAGUUGUUAUCUAGUUACAUGCUCUUGGAUGGAUAUCCUCCAGAGCAGAACCAGAUUCAUGCUGAUGAGACCAACAAGAUUAAAACUGCCGUCCAUGGCUGGUUUCUGGUCAUCGGUUCUUUUGCAUCACAUCCCAUACUUUUGAUUAAAAUGCUGUGUCUAAAACUGUCCAUUGCUAAGGGUAUCAGCAGAAAUCCUGUAUGAAGUCUGAAACACAAUUUAGUAUCUGGAGAUUUUCUUUUUGUUUGCCUUAUCGUUGUGGGAUUGCUGGUCCUGCUCUGGAGCACCGGUGGCUGCUAUCUCCAUUAUUGAAACACAAUGUAUGUCUGAUCAUUUGCAUGUCAAGCUGGGAAUUCUGGGAUAGUUGUGGAAACAUGAUUUGUUGAGUUUAUGUGCCCAAGGCGGACUUCUCAAAGUGUGUGCGUGUGUAUAUUUAUAUAUUUUUAUUUUUUUUCUGGGAUGAGUUUAUUAAAGGCAGUAACACGUUUAGAGCUAUUCUCCAUGUGAAGUAUUGCUAAGUUAAACAAACAAAUGUUCACAGAUUUUAUUCUGUUCUAUAUUUUAGCCCGGAUUACUUGGUGUUUUCCAAAAGCUGAUUGCAUCGAGAGCAAAUGACCAUCAGGGAUUUUAUUUACUGAAUAGCAUCAUUGAACAUUUGCCAGUGUAAGUAUAAAUAUUUCAUUUUGUUUAUAUUUGUGUAUUAAAGAAUGGUGUUGCCUAUCCUGUGUUUUAACUGAAACCUUGCUUUUCUUUGGUAGAGAAUAACAAUUUUAAAUACACCCAAUGCUAUGCUUCUCUCGUGAAUAUUGACAUGCGCUGCACUCGUUUCAUAUUUGUCAGUGAUGGCUAUUUGUUUUUUUCCAUGACCUAUCCUUAAACACCUCUGUAAUGUUCUUUAAGUGCUUAAAGGGACACUCAAGGCAGCAAAACAACUAAUAAAGCAGUUUUGGUGUAUAGACCAUGUCCUCCAGCCCUUGUCAAACUUCCCCUGGCAGUGACUCUCACAACCUCCAAGAAAGAAAGGUUUACAUUUUCAAUCAGAUAUGACAGCAUGGUGUGUUUACUUUUGAAUUCCUUAUCUCCUGCUCUGUUAAUUGAACGUUAAUCACACAUAGGAGGCUGCAGCAGAGUCUAGCGGGCAAUUCGCAAAGCAAGAAAUAAGAACUUCUAAUUUAAACAUCCUGUGCAGGAAGACUGUGAGCAUAUCAGCUAGGGAAGGGGUGAGUAGGGCUGCAUUAACAAAGUGAUUAAACUCCUAAAAGGCGGAGAAUUAAGCAGUGAGAGUGCAGUGGUCAGUAAAUCAUCUAUGGGUUCUCUUAAUGUGAAGCUCAAAAUCUCCACUUGACUGUAGCAGAGUGAAAUUUCAACCUUGGAAGCGUGCCUUCCAUGGACGCUUGAUGUGGCAAGUAACUUGUAAGGCCUUGCUAGUAGUGUAGAACUUUAAACUCUGACCUUUCGUGUUAAGAUAAAUUGACAUGAAAGCCUUACAGUCGUUCAUUAACCUAAGACUUAAUUUGCUGACUGAUCUUUUCAUACAGCUCUAUGCGUUCCUGACGAGCGCUAGAGAAGUAUUAUUGAGGUCUACUUUCCUGUUUAAGGAGGGAACUUGUGUUCCCUACUUAAACAGGAAAGCCGUUUUCAGCUGUUUUGGUAUGUGUUGGGGAAUGUUGGCCAUAAGAAUAUUGUUUUAUUUUCUGUGUAGCUUGAAGCUUGAUUUGGCAAAUAACUCCCUUCUCGGCACGGUAUUCCAGGUUUAGUGAUUGUUUCCUCUUGGUUUCUGCAGGGAAUGCGUUGACCAGUACAAGCGGCAGAUAUUCAUUGUGCUCUUCCAGAGGCUGCAAAAUUCCAAAACCACCAAGUUCGUCAAAAGUAAGAACUGUUGAAAUUCCCAUGGAGUGCUGAUAACUAACGUGGAAUGAACUCAUGAAAUUCUGCUCUAUUGCAGCCCCUUUUGUGUCCAUUUUCUCAGCCUAACUAAAAGAUAUAGGUUUUUCUCUAAACUUCUCUUUCUCUCUUUAAAGGCUUUUUAGUGUUUUUAAAUCUUUAUUGCGUAAAGUAUGGGGCCAUCGCUCUGCAGGAGAUGUUUGACAGCAUUCAGCCAAAGUAAGUAAUAUCUCUUUACUUGACCAUGUGGUAGUGUACCGCGUGGCAGCUCGUUCUGAUGGUCUCCUGAUGCAUUCUUUCCUGCAGAAUGUUCGGAAUGGUUGUGGAAAAAAUUAUUAUUCCCGAAAUCCAGAAAGUUUCAGGCCCAAUUGAGAAGAAAAUUUGUGCAGUUGGAAUUACAAAAAUCCUAACAGAGUGUCCACCUAUGAUGGACACAGAAUACACCAAACUCUGGUGAGUAUAGUUCAAUAGAGGAUCCUCUUGCACAUAUUUGGCAAAUCGUUUGGAUUCCUUUGUACUUGCCAACCUUGUAAGACUUCUCUCUUGGUCACUUCUAACCAGGACGCCACUGUUACAGUCACUGAUUGGUCUUUUUGAACUUCCCGAAGAUGACACCAUUCCAGAUGAUGAGCACUUCAUAGACAUCGAAGACACCCCUGGCUACCAGACUGCUUUCUCUCAGUUGGCUUUUGCUGGCAAAAAGGAACAUGACCCUAUUGGGGAAAUGGUCAAUAACCCCAAGGUGUUGUUGGCACAAUCUCUCCACAAGUUGUCUACAGCUUGUCCUGGCAGGGUACGUUCUUUGAACCAUAUAAUAAUUGAUAUUUUAGCUGACUGCAUGAAAUAAAUUUCACAAUAAUCCUCCUGCGUCUUUGUAGCUCAGAAAACCCACCUUAAAAAAGCAUUUCACGCUCUGUAGGGAGUCAACAGAUUGCUCUAGUGAUUAUGGUGCCUGGAGUACCCUAUUGGCCCGUUUGGUAGCAGGUUGAUCUUACAUGAGGUUCAUUAGGCUCUUGCUCCAUACCCGCUCUCAGCCAAAAGUGAAAGCUCCUUCAAGGAGCUUCCCUUCGCUCUCCUGAGCUAUCCUCUGCAAUGCGGAGAACGGUCAACUGGGACUCUCCACCAAUUAGCUAAGCCCUGCAAAGCAGAGAACGAUCAGCUGGGACUCUCCACCAAUUAGCUAAGCCCUGCAAAGCAGAGAACGAUCAGCUGGGACUCUCCACCAAUUAGCUAAGCCCUGCAAUGCAGAGAACGGUCAGCUGGGACUCCCCACCAAUUAGCUAAGCCCUGCAAUGCAGAGAACGAUCAGCUGGGACUCUCAGCCAAUUAGCUAAUCCCUGCAAUACAGAGAACUAUCAGCUGACCUUCACAGCCAAUUAGGUAAGCCCUGCAAUGCAGAGAACGAUCAGCUGGGACUCUCAGCCAAUUAGCUAAGCACUGCUAUACAGAAAACGAUCAGCUGGGACUAUCAGCCCAUUAGCUAAGCCCUUCAAUGCUGAGAACAAUCAGCUGGGACUCAGCCAAUUAGCGAAGGCCUGAAGCACCGGGUUUACCUAAAUGAAGAGAACAUCAGGCUGAGACUAGGCCGGGAGCAGUGCCUGGCAGACUUCAGCGCUUGAAUCAUUACUAAACUUGGGGGAUGUGCAGCACUCCUGGUACCAUAGCCACCGCAGCACAUUAUAGUGGUUGUGGUGCUCAGUGGUUCUUUAAUGUAAGCUGCAUCAGUCUGGCUCUCAGACGUUAUAAGUAAAAACAUUUCCCUAAAGAGCCUUGUACUCUUGGCACCUACCUUUUGUCUAAGAGAUUGUUUCUAUCCUGUACUUCUCCUCUGACACAGUCUCUAAUUUUCCAGGUCUCCUCGAUGAUAAGCACAAGUCUGAACGCAGAGGCACUUCAGUUUCUCCAAGGAUAUCUACAGGUUGCCAGCGUGUCUUUGGUUUGAGUUUGCACCUUAAGUGAAAGCGCGAACACCCAACACUUCAGUAUAAAGUGCCGCUACAUAGCACACUGGGUUUGUUCUUGAAUCUUGCAUGGUCAAAGUGUAGCCUGCCUUGGACUGUAACAUAAGGUCUAAGCAGCAUUCUUGUUGUAUUUGGCUUACAGCUCUAACCGGGAUUUGUACGGAAUUCUUCUAGUAAUCACUACAGAAAUCCUCAAAUUCUGUUUUCCAUCUGAACUAAGAGAUAAGGUUUGUUAAUCAUGUCCAAGGCGCUCUCUGAUGUGAAGAGUUGAUUUCAAUCUUUUCAUCAAUAUUCUCUUCCAAGGAAACGGCAGUUAAUUUAUUCCUCCUGCAGGGUCUAAGGAACCCUUUCCAAUAAAGGCACACGUCAUUCUGUUCACUCGUCUUUUUAUGUUGAUAUCAUCUUCUGGAUUGUUCUUUCCUUUUUUUUUUCUAUCUUCAUUCUUAAAUGUUUGUUCGAACUGUGAAUAAAUAAUCCUUUGUUCAGACUCGUAGUGAUGUACCAUUUUUAUAUAUUUCAUUGCAGUGUGCCCCAUCCACUUUCUUUGCAUUCAGCUUUAUUUUAAAAGAACAUUUA